GCGUACCCGACGUACCGCACCACCGUCGCUGAGAAUCGUACGCGCCGUGUGCCCCGCACGUGAUCUUCGACCAGUAUAAUAGUGGUAAACACAAACGACCGAUAAAAAAAAAAAAAGAACAAAACGAAAUCAAAAACACGAAAGUAUUAUUAUUAUUAUGUUCUAAUUUAUAGUGUUCGGCAUUCCAUACUUUUAAAUAAUAAUAAUUCCAUCGUGUAAUAAAAGCGGAAAAAACGUGCAAAGAAAAAUAAUUAUCAAAAUCGCCACGAUGACCAAAAUUAUUCCGUUCGUUUCGUUCCUGAUUGGAUUUUCCGGAUUCGCGUCCGCUGGUGAGUACCUAUAUUAAAUUCUCAUAUUUAUUCACUUAUAUUAUUAUAGGUAUAUCUUUAUAUAUAUAUAAUUUUACUGUACAUGUGUAUGUCACUGAACUCCUCCUAAACGGCUGGACUGAUUUUGACGAAAUUUUUUAUGUGUGUUUGAAUGGGUCGCUGGAUGGUUUAUAUUUACAAUUGAACUCAAUAGGUUGCAAGGGUAACUGACACAGAGUAAUUGGUAUUUUUAUUACAGCGAUUUUUUUUUUUUGUUGAUUUAUGUGUUACCUUGGUGAUACGGAUGAAAUAAAAAAUUAAAAAAAUGAAUAAUCAGUAAGAUAUUCCGUGUAAGUUGUCCCAAAAUUGAAAUGUUCAUUCUGAUAGAAAAUGAAUAAAUAAAGAUAUAUCAGAGGGCGCCAAGAGAGUGAUACAAUCGAGUUAUUAUUUUUUUAAAUAUAAAUUUUAAUACAUCGGCAAAUACGCACAUUUAUAUUACAUAGGUAUGUAUAAAUUAAUUGAUAUUUUUUCGCCGACGCCAAACUUGAAAACGGACGGACCGAUAUGUCUGAUUUUUUUCACAUGAAGGUAUAAAACAAACACCGUGCCGUCUGCGAACGACAAUUAGUUAUAAUACGGUACACGCGCUUUCCCGCUGUCGAGCGGCUCCACUCCCUGAUAAGUUAGAUUAGACUUAACUUCCUUUGAAAUCCAUCAACCCUCCCUAUUUAAAAAAAAAUCGAGGUUUCGUUAUUUUUCGUAUGAAAAUCAUGGAAAAAAUGAAAAAAAUAGAACACCUAUUCCACCGAAGAUGGAUUACCCACUUUCCACUUUUUUUAUUCAUUACUCACACGGUAAAAAACUAAAAAGGAAUAGGGGUAAAAAAAACAAUAGAAAAUUGGCAAUGCUAGGUGGGACAGCUAGAGAAUUAUAUAUGUAAGAUAUAUACACCAAAUAAUUUAGCUAAAAAAAAUAAUAAAAAAUGCAACGGGCAACACUGAGCAGGACAGCUUCACAAUCAUUCUAAAGUUUUUAUCGAUAAUAUAUGGAAAUACACUUCUACUUUUCAUGAAGAAAUGUUAUAACAGAAAACUAUUAGACUACUCACUUUUUACCUAUUUGUUUUUAUUUGUUAUUAUUUAUUAACUGACACGGUCAAAACCAAUAACGAAUAUAGGUAAAAAAUGGCGCGGGAAACGCUGGGCAGGACAUGUAAUUUAUAUAAAUAUUAUAUUUCGACAUCCGGUGAUACUUAAUUGUAAUUAUAAAAACUCCAAAACCCAACAGUUUUAUAAUAUUUCAUUGUUGGAUCUUGUUCCGAAAUUUAGCGUUAUCAAUUUCCAUUAGGAUCUUCUGCAAUAUUUAUUUUACCGAAUUUUCCGAUCGAUAUAAAUCUUAUCAAUGCUUGUUUGUUGUUGUUCGCCACGGUUUAGAUGUAUGAUAACGAUAAAGCACUUACUUUAUUUGGCGAUACAUAACAUACGAAUCGUACAAAUUAUUGUGUUUCAUAUUAUACAUUGCAAUCUAAAUAUCCUGACAUUCGACAACUUCCCAAUAGAUCCAGCGUUUUAUUGGAUUAUUUUGGGAGGCGAGGUUGAAUUUGUAACCUUUUUUUGUGUAAUAUAUUACAUUUGUUUUUCUGGGGUAGCGGUAAUGCGUCGUUUCAAAAACGGACGAUGCCAUUAUAUUAUAUUAUUGUGUUAUGUGGUCCAAAAGUAAAAAAAAAAAAAAAACCAAUUUUAUUCGUCGUACAAAAAUUGAAUUACCUAUACCAACCACGUUACUUUGACAAAACAAAAUAAAAAAGUAUUACGCAAAAGGGUUAAUAAAAACGCAUAAUGUUGACAUUUAAAAAAAAAAAAAAAAACGAUUACACGACGCGAUGACAUUUUCGUCGAGUUUCGCGCUUAUAGGUACCUACAAAUGAUAUAAUACAUAAUACAUAUAUAUAUAUAUUAUGUAUAAUAUUAUACAUAAUAUUAUGUAUAAAUAUUAUAUAUAUAUAUAUAUAUAUUAUGUAUUAAAGUAUGCAUGUUGUAAAAAAUAGCAUAACAUGAAGAGUCAUUUCGAAUUUUGUUUUUCUUAGAAGUAAUAAUAUAUGUGCAAUAAAAUCAAGGGAAUUUUAUUAAAAUGUUUUAUUACCACAUCAUAAUAUAAUAUUUAUAAAAUCUCUAUACAUUUUAUAAAAUUGACCAAUACCAAAAUAUUGUUAUUUUUAGAUUUUGAGUGUUUUUAUAUUUUUUUUUUUUUUUUUUGGUAACAAUUAAUAACAUUUUUACCUAAAAUCUCGCUCAAAUCAUCCAAUGUAUGUCCAGGGUAUAUUCAGUGUAUUUCUGCGAUGGCAAAGUACAUUCUUAGAUUUUCCUUGUAGUUAUUUUGAGAAAACCUGUUAAAAAACCUAGGUACAACGGGAAAAUAUACGGAAACAAUACAAUUUCAUUAUUUUAGCUUUUGCUUUUUAGGUUUUAAUUGCCCUAAAAAUAAUCGUAAAAACCUUAAGAAUCUCUUCUUAGCCUUUUUUAGAUCCAUUUUUUGAGCUACUUAAUGAUAUUAUUGUUUUUAAAUUUUACAACUUUCUAGUUCUCUUUUAAUGAUUUGAAGGAUUAAAAUUAAUAUUAAAAUUAAAAUUCUUGGUAGUGAUUUUACACGCAGUAAGAUGUAUUAUUAUAAUAAGUAAAAUUAUUUAAAUGGAAUGAAAUAAACAUUUUUAAUUACAACAGAUAUAGAGACUUCGAUGAUGACGAUCCAAUCGGUUUAUUCGUCCAUAAUGAGUCUUUGUCGAGUAAAACUUUUUUAUGUACCAUAUACCUACCCAGUACCCGUCCUAUCCGAAGAAAAGUCAAAAUAAUAAAAAACCGUCAAUUCAAAACUAUACAACAAUAAUGACAACUCUAUCUUUCCCUUUAUUAAAAUAAACAAAUCGAAUCUUAAUUAAGUAUUAAUACAAAUACUCUAUAAUUGGUGUAUUCUAUUUUUUUUUUUUUUUUUUAAUUCUCAUCGUAGCGCGGAAUGUAUUGAUAUUUGUUGUGCCUGUGUGCACAUUUUCUAACAGAAAUUUUAUUCCAAUUUAAAACCGACAAUUGAGCUUUUUUAGAGCAUUUUGGAUAUCCAAUCUAACCUAACCAACUAUAUAGUUGGUGCAUUAAGGAAAUCAUAUUUUGAUUUUCCAAACAGUUUUAAUAGUUAAUGGGAAAAACCGAACAAAUUUACGGCAAUAAAAAUUGCAUUAUUUUAUAAUUUUUUUUUUCAAUUUUAUAUUAAUUUAUAUUUGUAUAUAAAUUAAAUAACUUUAUGUAUCCUAUACCUUCCCAACUACAGAAUAUGAUUUUAUUCGUACGAAUAGACGUUAUGCAAUUUUUAUAGAUUCUCGGUCAACAAAUAAAAACUAAUAACAUUUAUAACCAGCAACCAAAUUAACAAAAUAAACAAAAUCCGUAACUAUACUCAAGGAAUCGUCCCCGGUAUCAGCUCUUUUUUUCUUUUUAAAAGGUAUAAUGUUAAUCAAACAAUAUUAAUAUACGUUAAUCUCAAAAUCAAACAAAAUAAUUAUAUCAUAUCUGCUUACCAAACCAUAUGAUUUACUGAGAUAUUUUUUUUUAAUGUAAAUUAUUGAAAGGAAAGAAUGGUAAAUAAAUGCGAAUUUUACUGGAGAGAAAACAAAUCAAAUUACUUUUAAAUUAAUAUAUAAAAUGUAGAUUAUACAUACAUAUUUACUAUAUCGUCCAUGAAACGAAUACUCUCGUGUUCCCUUUGAUUUAUGUGUGUGUUUUUUUUUCCACUCGGUUUUCUUGUUUAUUUAUAAAAUGAAAACAAUUGAAUAUAAUAAUAUACCGAAUAGAAAAAAACAAAUAGGUAGAUAUAAUAUUAUACUACUCAUGAUAGCUGAUUGGAUUAUAUUGUGAAUGAAUAAAUAAACUUAAUUAAAUAAUUCUUAGUUAGGUAUAAUUCAUAUAAUCCUAUAAUAUGGUAUUGAUAUACGUUUGAUUUCUAUAAAUAUACACCGGGUGAUUCCUAUUAUUUAUACGUAGAUUUUGAAAGAAUUUGAUUUUAACGAUUCAGUUAUUAGAACCCUUUUUAGCUCGUAUUUAAUGAAAACAUAAUAACUUAUUGUAAUUUCGAAUCAGUUUAACUCGUGUUUAAUCGUAUUUAACUAGAGUUGACUCUUUUAAAGAUCUUGAUGAUAUUAUUUCUAGUUCUCUAUCUUUAUCAACGCAUAUUCAAUAUAUGUUAAUGAAAAUUGCAUGCCUGCUCGGUUUUAUAAUUAGAAACACUCACGAUUUUAAUAACAUUUUAUUUUUAAAAACAAUAUAUUUUUCGCUAGUUCGCUCAACAACUCUAUUUUAUGGAAAUAUAUUCCUAAGGCUUAUUAAUUCAAAAGUUCCUCAUGGUUAUACAGUCAUUGACCAAAACUACAAAUCUCUUAGGUAUUUGUUAAAUAUCAGUAUCACGAGUUCAAGACGUACAUACUUAGACGUGUUUUUAUUUAUAAAAUAUUACAUGGUUCAUCAGAAACAGUAAAGUUUUCUCCUUAGUUCAAUUAAUAUAACAGUUCCAUCUUUCAAUUCAAUUCCGGCCAAUAUUUGUAUACCAAAACACAGAACACUAUACUGCUUUUUUCACCUAUCAAUAGAGCUCUGACCCCUUGUAAUAAUCUAAAAUAUAAGACAUAGACAUUUUUCAUUUCUCUCAAACGAAAUUACAAAUCGGCACUUUACUGUCCUAAUUAUUCGUAACAUGUUAUUCUUUUCAGUUUAUUACCUAUUAUUGAUUAUAAUUUUGUAAUGUUAUAUCACUGAAUUUUAAUCACAAUCAGAUUAUGAGUAAUUAUUGUGAUUAUUAUAAUAUGUUAUCUUAUUAAUUAACUGUACUUAUACCCUCGGAAGUGUAUUCAAUAAAUAAAAAUAAGUUUAAUUUUACAAUCUCUAUAAAAAAAACUAAUAUAAGUAUUCUGUGAAAAUGUCACGUAUUAUUUUCACGAUUAUUUUUAACCGAAUCACAGAAAAACAGAAUUAUAGAACUUUCCCCUUGUUAGUAAAUGGUUCCCAGUUAUUUAGAAAAAUCAAAAAAUAACUCAUCAUUCCAAAAACUAGGGAUAAUUUUCUCUCGGUAAAAUCUACACUUUUUUCAGAGUAAGAUUUCUGGUAGAAAAGUUUUUUAUAGUCAGAAAAAAAAUAUAAUAAUACAAUUUAUUAAAUAUAGUUAGUAAAUAAAUAUAUGAAUGUAAAUAAAAUGUAUAUAAAAAAAUUUAAAAAAUUAAAAAUGCAUCGCCUGGAGUAUUAUGAUAAGUGUAUUAUACGACUGGUUUCGAAUUAAAAAUUCAUCAUCAAGUAUAGCACAGUUAAAAUGUAAAACGUGACUGAAUAUUAAAAACUAAAUGAAAGAAUAAAUAAAAAAAAAAAAUUAUACAAAUUGGUCGUUUUACAUAAAAAUAAUUUAUUUUAAUAGAAGAGAUUAUUUAAAAUGGAUUAUUAUUAAACAUAGAUGUAUUAAGAAAUAUAAAUCAUUUGGUUAUUAUUUAUUAUCUAAAAUUUAUUGAUAUAAUUUAUUAUUUUUAAAAUCGGUUUGUACAUUUAAAAUAUUAUUAAAAUUAUUUUUCUUUAUUUCAUUGUAAAUACCUGAUGAUAAAUUUUUAAUUCGUACAAUACUCCAGGCGAUGCAUUUAUUUUUUAUUUUUAUAUAUACCCUUUAAUUUAUACAUUUAUUUACGAGUAUUAAAUAUUUUGAUAAUUUAGUUUUUACUUUAUUAAUUUAUUAUAAUUUAUUAAUUUAAUAUCAAUUAUUAUGUAUAAUAUGUAUGCUAGACAUACGUUUUAUCACUAUCUAGACUCAUAAAAUUAUAUUAUUUAUUAUUAUAGUUUAACCGAAAAAUGUUGAAAAUAGCACUUUAAAAAUAUCAAUGAAUGAUUUCCAAUACAUUUUUUAAAUAAUUUAUUAAAAGUAUUAAAAGAAGUGUAUAAUUUUAAAUUUAUAAUGAAUGAUUUAAAAAAUAUUACCCUGUAAAUUACAUUUUAUGUUAAAAAUCGUUAUGAUGGUUAAAAAAAUUUAAAUCCACGUACCUAUACGCAGUGAGUAAGGUAAAAAAAAAUUGUAUUUAAUUUAGAUAAUAUAUAAUGUGGACUAUAUCAUUUUUCUUGUUUUUUUUUUUCAUUGUGUUGUCUGGACAAAAAAAACUCCGUGGUCCACCCCGCAUAAUACACGCGGUUAUACAUUGCGCAUGUGAUUAUAACAUAAUGAAUUAUUCAUUGUUUUGAAUCAUUUUUUCACUGGAAAUUUCAACAAUAGUGUGCACUAAAUAUAAUAAAAAUAAUAUUGUGUAUAAUACCUAUAUGCACAAAACACAAUAUAUACGAGGUGCACUCUAAAAGUAAAAAAAAAAAUAAUAAAAUAGUAACCGGGUACAAUGGUCGUGUGCACAAGGUUUGCAGGGACACUAGUCUCGCUUCGCUCACAUCGGUUAUUUCGGAGGAAUGAUAUAAAACAUUUAAGAGGUUUUUUCUUUUCUUCAAAAAUUAUUUUUUUAAAAAAAAAAGUAAUGUUAUAAAUACAAACGACAAGGGUUAUUGGAGUAAAAUACAGUUAUACAAGUAUUACAAUAUACGAACAUUGAUCGAUUAUAUAAUUAAUCUAAUCUUUCUAUAAAGACAUAAACGUUUUUUCUGUAAAGCAUUUUUAAACGAAAAAACUGGUCGUGCGCUGACCUGACUUGUAGUAUUUGUGAAAACUUGUAAAUUGUAAAUGUCCACAAUAGUACGUGUAAAAAGCCACGAGUAUGACUCUUAAUAUUCAAGAAUUAAAAAAAGCUGAUACUGCUGAUGUAUGUACGCUGUUGUAGGUGGAAAGUUGAAAUGUAGGACACAUAAAGUUAUUUAAUUUAUUUAUAUGUACGCAACGAUAAAUCAUUUCACAUAAAAUUAAAUAAUAACUAAAACAAACUCAAAAAUUUCAAAUGUCUAUAAAUACUCAAUAGUUUAAACAUUUAACCCUGUCUAAAAAAGAUCAAUAUAAGUCUUCUGUGAAAAUUUCAGAUCUCUAUAGUUAUUCUGACCCGAAUCACAACAAAAGAACUAAAUCGAAAAUAAUUAAAAUCGUUAUUUCCGUGAAUUUUCCGGAUUUUUUCAAAUUAUUAAGACUUAUACAAGUAAAUCUAAAAAAAAAAAAAGAUUUACGCAUCAAUUAGACAAUAUAUUUUCAUAAAAGAUAUUACAUUUUAAAUUCAGAAUAAGAUUACUGGUAAAAAUACAAAAUAGAAUAAUUCGAAAAAAAUAGAAGUUUUAUUGCCGAAAAUGUAUCUAAUUAUUAUGAAUACUGCUCGGAAAUCAAAAAAUUAUCUCUUCGUUGCACUAAUAACCAAGUUAUCUUAAUUGCUACAAAAUGCUUUUUCGUAAUUUUUUUGAUUGUAGAAAGAUUUAUUAAAUCACAUAGUAAAACCAAAUAGUCAGUUGCGCUCAGAAUCUUAAAUGUAAAAUUCUCACCAUUUAGUAAUACCACCAUCGUCUUGCGGUUCUUAUUUUCUGCAUUUUCUAAAUUUUACGUUAGCGUAUGUAAGUGAAAACAUGAGACUUUCGGAGGUCGUGCGAAUUUAUAACCUAAGUGAUUUACGCGUAGUAAUAUGCUGAAAAAACUAGACUUUUCCAUGCGCAUAUUAUUAUUAUUCGCGUUUUGCAGCGAAUCGGACAUUAUAUAUAAAUAUAUUUUUAUAAUUGACCCUAGGGGGACGCAUGCACUGGUCGUGAAUAAUGGGCAACAGAAUCUCCCCUACCCUUCCUUACCAAACCGUUUGCUGCGAUAUAUUAACAAUGAAGCGGAAAAACAUCCGUUUAAUAAAAUUUAUUUAUAUAUAAUUAAUUUAGAAAAAAUAAAAUAAAAUACACGCAAAAGGAUUAAACACUCACCGCGGUAAUAUGCAUAGAUCCAGAACCCAUUAAUCUUGAAACUUUAAAACGUUUAAAUGUCUGUAGAAAAAACCAAACAAUAAUAAUCAUAAUCGAGAUAUAUUUGUUAAUCCACAAUUUUUUUAAAAAUAAAAAUAAUAUUACAAUGUUAAUAUUAAAUAUUGAAUUCGUUUUGCAAGUCAUAUGAAUAUAAUCAUUAUUAUAUAGAAAGUACUUUUAGCGAUUAUACAAUUAAAUAAUAUUCGUAUCACAAACAGUUUACCUCUUGUUAUUACAUACUACAACAAACCAUGAACACCUUUAUGUUCUAAAGAUUUCACUCUAGUGCCAAAAAGUCAAAAAAUAAUAACACCCUAAAAAUGUCAAAAGUAGCAUAAAAUCAUCCUAGGUUUCAAAUAUUAUAGAAAUAUACCAUUAUGUACGAGUAUAGUUUCACAAGUUACAAUGAAAUAAUUUGUAUUUUAUACAUACAUAUGUUGUUUGGGCAGGAAGGGCCAAUGUCAUUAAAAUAAUAAUAAUAAUAAUAAUAAAACACAAACUGAAAAUUUAAAGUUGAAAAAAAUAAAUUUAUUUCCAAAAAUCUAACGUAGAGUCUAUGCUAUAAGUGUAAUAUAUUUUUUUUUUAAAUUUUCACUUCUUGCACCAAGCCACAUAAUUAAAUUAUUUUAGAUAUUACUACACAGAAUUAAUUGUUAUACCAAUACCUUUUUAUUUUUAAACUCGUUGCAUUUGUACUGACACCCAAUUUCGCGGAACAAAUUACCAGGGAUGCAUCUAUAAUACUAAAAUCAAAUGGUUGCAAAAAAUAUGCGGAAAUCCAUCUGUAAAGGGGGCGAAUUUAAAAAACAAAAACUACGUCUUAUUAUAUUAGUUUUUAAAUUGUUUUGCAGGUUUUUUCUAAUUCGUUGCCUUCGUGGAACGAUGUCAACUUUGAGGGUACCGAUAUAAUAAUAAUCGUCCACUUCGAAUUUGCUUUGGACAAAAUGCCGACUUGUUCUUAAAUUAAGAAAUGAAGGGGAUGAUUUAAAACUUUGUGAGCUGCACUUUUGAUACUUUCUACUACACCAAAUACUAGUCCUAUGUAGUCUGUUAGAAUAACGCCUGCAUGGCUGCACAUAACAUAGGUUUUAAACAUUAAAGAAAUAUGAUUCGUUUAAUCUCUGCAACACUCUUUCCGUUUGUUUAGUCUCUCUUCCCGUUCACUUCUAUAUGUAGUCAAUUUUCUAGUUAAAAUAUUAUUAAAACUUGAAAAUUAUACUCGAGAUCAAUAUUAUGAUAAGUAGGGUUGUGAAUUUAACGCACUAAAAACCUUUACAACAGGCAAUUGCCACUUUAAAAAAAAAACACUCGUGAAUUCCGCGGAUCUCGGUCACUAAAAUCGAAUUUUUCCCUAUCUGUUUUGUACAUUAGGUAUAGAAAUAUUCUCUGUAAAAUAAUAAAUAACCGAAUACUACAAUAUUAAAAACUAUACUUUAUACUUACAAACAUACGAUGAAAUUCAGUAAUAAAAUUUUGGAGUUGAUGAUGGGGGUUGUAGUUUAAAGUUUAAACACCCAAAAGAAACAUCCUUGAUACUAAUGCGAUACAUAUAUAUCUGAAAAAUUGUCUUUUUUCAGUUGCAAUUGCUUUUUUUUUUUGAAAAUUAAAUACUUUUUUUUAAAAGAUUUUUGGUUUAUUUAAUUCACUGGCCUAAUGAUAAGUAUACUCAUUUAAUAUGACAUAUUGCUUUUUUGUAGUUAACUAUAUAUGUCUUAAAUUAAAAAUACAAAAAUAAAAAUAUUUCAAUUAAAUUGCAGAAAUAAUGAACUACAAACUAAUAUUUUUGGAAUGAUACACCUAAUCAAAACGUAUUAAUAUGGAACUUAUAUAUUUAAACAAUAAUGUUGAUAUGGCCGAAUAAUAAUUGAAUAUCACCCAUACAGAACGUUUUCGACUUUUGUGACACAACAGCAUACAUUUAUUUAUAUGAGGGUAGAUGAUUUUAAAAUUGUUCUGUGAGGUGCAAAUAUCGGUAUCUACAUCAGGGAGCGUAAUAUUUACCACAGUAAUUAUUAUCCCUUUAACUAUAAGUCAUAUUGUAUUCCGAAUUUUCGGAAAAAUAACGAUUUGAUUUACAAUAUCACGACUCGUCAAUCAACAAGUCGAUGCAUCAGUUUAUACAUAGUAUAUAAUAUAUAGUAGUAAAAUAUUAAAUAGAGGGCGUUUCUCCGAAUCAAUAUUUUGAUAACCUUAAAAUACGCCUCCUUCCACCUACAUUUAGUGGAAAAAAAUAAUGUUCCACCGUUAUUCAUACGCUUUUAUUAUAACUCUACACGAUAUAAACAUUACGGUGUCAAAAAAAAAAAGAAGAGAGUAUGAGGAGAGGUGCCCGAGAACAUUGUACAUAGUUAAAUAUACUUUUUUUUUAUUCCGAACGCAAGCGAGGACCGUAUUGAUUUUACUAUAAUGUGUUUUUUUUUCUAUCUAUUAACAAUAUUUCUACCUGAAAUAUUACUCCGAUCAAAAACUUUAUAGACAUUUUAUUGUAGAAUAUUUUUGAUCUAGUUGGUGCAUUUAAGUUAUUUUCCUUGGUAGUUUUUUUAAUUGUGAAAAACAUAAAAUCUGUUGUUGAUUUGGUCAGUUACCUUGGCCAAAACACAACUAAUACUUCUCCGCCCAGAAUAUAUUUUUCGUUUUGCAAUGAUUUAUCGUUGUAUAAAAUAUACUAACUAAAUAUCCCUGUAAUCGGUUUGCAUAUCUUUCCAGUACCCAAUACCCACCUAUAACAGUAACCUAUCCCUGAGUAUGACCUUUUUUUUUUUUUGCAUUAAUUAACAGUGGUCUGCAGACAAUUUUCGAGACGGCGUUUCGCUAUUUUCUGCAGGGUAUCGAACCGAGAAUUUAAAAAGUACAUUUUACGUUAAAUUAUUACUUAUCCAUAAAGUUUUCAAAUAAAACUUUUUGAGACUUUCAUCUAUACUACUCCAAGUGUUUUCCGAGACAAAAAGCACACGUGCAUUUUUAAAAUUAAACAUGAUAUACAUUUUAUUUAAAUCGUAAAUAUUUACCUUCCACGGCGUCUCGGCACGAUCAAUUUUUCGUCUAUCUGUUAUCCGCUUAAUAAAUAUAAUAUAUUAUGUAGAGAGUUAUGUAUAACUUUAGUUUAUAAGUAUGAAUUUAUUUAAGAUUCAUAAUAUUUAAAUAUCCUAAAAAUAAAAAAAUACGUAUAAAACCAACGAAUAUAUUUGUAUAUUUCUAUUUUUUUUUUUUUUUUUUUUUUUUUUUUUUUUCCCCGUAAAUUUUACCCAAAAACUCGUAAUAAUAUGAAAUAUAAAAUGACAUUCAAUCUAAAAAUUCAAUUUAUUAUUUUUAUUACAAUGAAAUGUCAACGGGGUUAUAAAUACCUAAGUGUUUUUGUAAAGUUUUAAUCGGUAUAUUGAGUAUAAUGUAUUAUUAUUAUAUAUUGAAUGUUGGUGAGACUUUUAUUAAUUAUAACGCGAAUAUACGUAUUAUACGACAAAAUAAACAGUUCAUACAAUGUAUACAUUUAAUAUCACUAUAUAAUGCUCGUUAAGAUCGACUUUAUGCAUUUUCGAUAAUUUCUUGAUAACCGUGUUUAAAAAAAAAUAUAUAUAUAUAUACAGGGAAUAUCAAAAACCAUUCCCCGAGUGUACAGACAAAAUAUUUUAUCAGCAACCAUCAUCAAUCCCGAAGUUGACGUUUGGAGCAAAUCUUUAGUCGAAAAAUUUUUUAUGAGAAAAAAAAAAGACGUCCUAGGAUAAUAGAGACGAGUGAAGCCGCUGUUAUAGAUAAUUCAAUGUAUACCUGUAAACAACGAUAAACCAUUUCUAACAAAAAAACGAUUCUGAGUGCAGUUCUAUUCAGCUUUGUCAACAAUAUAUGUCAUUAUUUAGUUUUUUUAUUAAUAUUUGUUUAAUGAUAUUUCGAUAUUCUCGUUAUUCUUGCGUUUUUUCCGGUUUUCCAAUGUUUUUUCCGUUUUUUUUUUUUACAUUUGUUGGGAAAACUCCUGUGAAAAUCAUAAAAUUACCUCCUUAAAAUACCUUCUCAGACAGAUUUCCAUUCAAAAAAAUGUGCUAUCAUUUUAAAUCGGAGCUAAACUGUUGGUAAAAAAGUUGUACACAGAAAAAACAAACAAAUCGAGGGGUGUUUUGCAAUUAAAAUAGUCCGAGAACGAACGAUAGCUUGGGUCUCUAGGUACACCCAAAAUGCAUUUGUUUUUUCCUUGUUUAGGUAAAAGGAGAAAAAAAUGCAAACAAUUUUAUUCAAAACCCGGGUUUGAAUUCGGGCCCUUACAAUGAUAAUGAGCAUGUAUUACCAUUAGAUUACAACAAAUAUUCAAGAUAUUUCAAAGAGAUACAAUGCAGAGUUAUUUAACAUAACAUAAUAUCCGCAUAAUAUCAGAACUUCAAAAGCUCCAAUUUCGAAACUAAGUCAGUCCUCUCAAUUUUAACUUAACCAUUUCUAUUAAAUGAUCAAUAUAAAUAUGUUUAAUACAAGUACAAAACACAUUGAAAAAUAAAAUUUGUUCUACACAAUUUUUUACUCAAACGAUUUCCAUCAAAAUUUGCUAUUAAAAUUCCUUUAAAAAAAAAAAAAUACUCCAUUAAACUCAAUUUUUUUAUAUCUCAAAGUAAAACUCUUAAUGAACCACUUGUUAAAUUUUCAAGCAUUUCUGUUAAGUUUAACAAUUUUACACCAGAGUACCUACUGAAUACAAAUUACCUACAAAAUUAGCAAAAUUAAAAUGUCUAUAAAUAGCUCAAAAAUGGUUUAAAUUAUUUUUAAGUUUUACUACGUCUAGAAAAGGCAAAUAAAAGUAUUCUGUCUAAAUUUCAAGUCUCUACAAAUAUUUUUAACUGAAUUACAACAAAUAAAAAAAUUGAAAAAUAAUAAAAGCAUUAUUUUUGUAAAUUUCCCGUUCGUCUUACGUUUUAUCCUGGUUUUUCCUAGAUAUUAUAAAAACCACUUGGAAAAACAAAAAAUGACCUGGAAAAAUUACCAUUUGAAUAAAAUUCCUUUUCAGAAAUGGUGUCUCGUGUAUACAUCCAAUUCAUCUGAUCAAGAUUUCUGGUAAAAUUUUUGUACACAGUGUUAAAAAAAAAUAAACAUCUUUAUAAAUCCAAUAGAUUCUUCGCUGAAUUCAGAAUCUAAAAGGAAAUAUAUUAUCAUAACUAUCGGAAUUUCAAAAUUAUACAAAAGUUGUAAACAAGUUUAAAUCAUCGUAGCGAUAUAUGUACACAUAUUUUCGAAAUGAAUCGAACCUUGUGAUACCGCGUGAGAUUCAAAUGGCCUAACUGAAAUUCAAUAUAAGAACGGCGAAACUUCAAUUGAACAUUGAGAUAUAUUGUAAAACUUUUUCUUUUUAUAACGCAAUCGAUUUAAUGAUGCGUUUUUGUUUUGGACAGCAACAAAAAGAGAAAAAAACGACUCGGACGAGGUAUACUACAUUUGAAUAGUUUAACGGAUUUGAAUGAGUUUAAAAAAAAACGAAAAACAUAAAAAAAGCAGUUAAAUCCACAACUAUGUACUACCAUAGUAAAAAAAUAAUGUAGUUCUAAAAACAUACUUAUACUUUAUUAUACGACUACAUAUUAUAUAUCUAUAUAUAUAUAUAUAGAUAUAUACAAACAUUUUUAACCCGUAUAGAAUAACGAAAUUAUUUUAGCCUGUACAAUAAGAUACUUGAACUUCGGAAUAAUAUAUUAAAUAUUUUUUCAUGGUUAAGAUUUUUUUUUUUAUUGUUAUUGCAUUUUAUGAAAAAAAUUUAUGCCGCAGUUUUGGUUCUUUAGCUAAGUGCUGAAUAUUGUUACUGCUGCAGUCAAUCGAAUAAAAUAUUAUUGGCGAUGUUUCGACGAGGAAUCUUACGGGAAAAAAAAUCCCUUUCAAGCACUAAAAUAAUGUAAAAAGAGAAUGUUGUUGCAUUUAAAAAGCAAAAGACGAUACAGUCUAUAUAUUCAAAGCAAUUCUUGAAACAGACGUUGAUCACUAGUUCUUAUCGAUAUGAAACUGAAACCGAAAAAAACGUGAAAAAAAUUCAAAAUUAAAUUUUUACAGUUUCAAACGCUCAUAAUAAAAUUCUAUUACAAUAAGACGAUAAAUUCAUUUUGAAUAAUAUUAUUAAUAAAACCAUAAAAAUGUCAACCAUGAAUAGGUACCUACACUUAUAAUUAUUCCGAAAUACCGAUUUUUUACGUCGAAAAAAAUGGCUUUUUAACAAACUUAGAUUCAGAGUGAAAAAAUAAGGGAUCUAUUGUUUUUACUAUGAUCUGUGAUCUGUCUGUAAACAAAUUUUCUUCUAGAAAUCUAGCUCCAAUCAAAAUAUGACGAGAGACCUUUGUAGUUACUUAGUUGGUACCUAGGUACCUACUUUAUUUUGUUAUUAUUUUGAAAUUCUCAUUAAUAAUAGAAAUAAUGACGAAAAACUAGUUCUUUAAGUUAAAAAAGAUUAAAAAUAAGAUUGUCACUGGUAACCGUUUUUAUUUAGUUUUUAUUAUUUUAAUCUUUUUUAAACAAUCGUUGUUGUCCUGAAAACGCAAAUUGUUUAAAAAGCCAUACUAUUAACCGAGCUCCGCUCAGAAUAGUUUUUCGUUAGCAAUAAUUAAUCGUUGCGAUAAAAAUUAAAUUUCACUCUAUAUCCUUUCUUCCAAACUUCCCAUCUAAAACAGUAGACGCACCCGUCUCCAGUAUCAGCACUUUUUAUCAAAAUUUAGAUCCUCGUCCCCCAAAAAAAAAAAACAACAGUUAUCAUUUUUUUAUAUAUAAUUCAUCUUCUUGGUUAUUAAAAAAAAUAGUUUAUAGGUACAAACUAUAAUUAAUAAUAUACAAAAAGAAAUGAUGUGUGUGUAUGUUAUAUCAUUAUCCCAACUUUUUGGUAACGCUGAUAAAAAUACCAAGAAAUAAUAAAUAACACGGUUAAAAAUACUAUAUCAUUUUAUUGCCUAUAGCCUAUAGUCGUGAUUGAAAAAUCACAGCCAAAAUAUUCUAAAGAGGGGGCAAUCUACCUAUCGCCCCCCCUCAAAUACGCCUCUGGAUUUUAUAGACCGUAGAAUAAUCAUAAUGAUCUCUGAAACGAGCAAAAAGAUUUGAGCAAUUUUUCAAACUAUCAAUCGCUCGCCCUGAACCCUCGAGAAAAUAAAUGACUUCUGGCCUUUUUCGCUGCAGGUGCUAAAGCUCAUAAAUUAUAAUACAGUACUUACGAGAAAAAGAAUAGAAAAAUCGUUACCUAUGAAUAUAUUGUUUUUAUUUACUAAAAUAAUUACAGUACGCAAUUAUUGUGUAUUGUAUGUAACGUAGAAAUACAUAAUUUACAGUGAAACGACCUUUGUUUACUUAUUUAUUAUUUUCGUAAAUGGAUAGAGGUCCCGCCAUAAUAAUUAAUGUUCUGCAAAUGCAUACGCGUAUAUAGUGACGGUUUAACAUUUACAUUUUAAAACGAAGCGCAUAUUGCAUAAAUACCUUCACUUGCAAUAAUACAGGAUAAUUAUUUUAACUUGAUCUAUUGCACCAUUAUUAUAUCAUACAUUUAUUACCUUUUCUUAAUUUCUCUGUCUAAAUUGUAUACUUACAAUAACACUUAUAAUCGGUAAAUCAAAUAUUAGUGCUGUGCGUAUCAAAAUAAACUUAGACAUUAUUUUUUCGAAUCUUUAUUGAAAAGAAAAAGCGGUUGUAUGGUUGUUAUAUUUUGAAAGUUAAAAGUUAAUAACUCACUUUAGGUAUAAGUGAAGGAAGUAAAAUUUUGAAAAUAGUGUUACAAUAAACCUUAAAUAAUUUCAUAAUGAUUACAGAGAAUAAGAGAAAUCAAAUUUACUUAAAAUUCUUCGAGAAAAUCGCUGAACCGUGAAAAAAAUAAACCGCCAUUCAUAUACUUAUAGGUUAACAUUCCUAUAAGCUGAAUCGAUUAAAUAUUAACCGAAGAACCUAUUAAUAAUAAAAUAUUAUUUUGAAUGAAGCGAUCCUGGUAAAAAUAUUUUUGAGAUAACUAAUUGGUUUUGAUCAACAAUCAAGUCAAGGAGUUGGAAAGUAGGCAUAAUACUUAACAUAAUAAAUCGCCGAAGUCUGUCGUCAAGUGCGGUGUUAAAUUGAAAAAUAUGCCAUAACCAGAAUUCUAAUAUUUAUAUUUGGUUUACGGAUACUAAACGUAUAUUUUAAUGCAAUGAAAAAGAAAAACAGAUAGUAUUCAAAAUUAACGAAUAAUAAAAUUAUCCAAUGAAUAACACAAAACGUAGAAAACGAAAUUCCUUUCAUUUCUAUAAAAUUAUCAAUUAUAGAUAUUAUUAGUUAACAAGUAACAAUGAAGUUUACUUUUUGUUUUCUGUGAACAACUUUUCUACCAGAAAUCUUGUUUCGAUUUUUAAAUGUAGCACUUUUUCUAAAAGAAAAUUUUAUUUUGGUGGUAAUUUAAGAAGGUCACUUUUUGAUUUUCCAAGCGAUUUUCAUAAUAGUUGGAAAAACCAAGAAAAAACGUAGAAAGACGGAAAGGUUUACAAAAUGUAUUAUUUUCAAUUUUGCCUUUUCUAGGCGUGAUAAAAUAUAAAAAUGUGUUUUAAGUAUUUAUAGACAUUUUAAUUUUGGGAGUUUUUUUCGUAACUUUUAUUCUGUAGGUACUCUGUGAAUAAAAUUGUUAGACCAAACAGAAAUGCUUGAAAAUUUAACAAGAGGUUCAUUUUAAGUCGUACUUUGUGGUAAAAAACAAUAUGCAGUAUUUUUUUUUAUGGAUUUUAAUAUUAAAUAUUGACGAAAAUCGUAAAUAUUACGGUCUUUUAAAAUAUUUAUAACUGAACUCCACUCAGAAUCGUUUUUUGUUAGCAAUAAUUUUUUUUUAAAUAUAUACAUAAAAAAAAAUUUUUUGUCUGUACGAGACCAUUUUUAUUUAUUCAUUAUUUUUCAUGCUUGUGGAGUGAUCUGAUUUCGAUAAUUUUAAAUUCUGAGCACAGCGAGGUCUUUAUUGAUUUUAUUAUGGUAUGAGCUUUUUUGAUUUUUUUCUUUCUUUUUUUGAGCAAAUUUUCUACCACAAAUCUUGCCUCAAUAAAAAAAAAAAUAAACACAUUUUUUUUGUUAUUUUUUAGACCUAGUUAGUGCAUUUAAGAGGUCACUUUAUGAUUUUUCAAAUGGUUUUCAUAAUAAUUGAGAAAAACGGACAAACAUUUACGAUGCGUGACGUUAACAUUUCAUUAUUUAUGUUUUUUUCCUCCCUAUUGCAAAUCGGUGCUAAUUUAAUACAAUGCAGCAUUAAAAUUUCAGCUGAUUAGAUGUUGGAUUUGUUCACGUAAAUUUAUCUCGAGAAUUAUAGCAGCUUCCAAGGUUAACUUAAAUCAGUAUCUAUACAUAAUUUUUAUAUAUAUAUAUUCCGAUUUAUGGAAAUUUUAAGUGUAAUUAAAGACGACCCUUGGCCAUCUUACUUAUUUCGCAGGCAGGCAUUGCAUUAUGUCAGUAAAUUAGCAGCCAAUGGAGCAGUAGUAAAAUCUUGACCAAUUUUCUAGUUUCUUAUAUUUUUGACGAAAAGUUCAGAUUUUUGCCAUAAUUCUAUAGAUGCGGAAUUUCCGCCCGGAGCAGUGGUACUAUAAUAUACGAUAGUAGGUACACUUAAAAUAUUUUUAAUAUUCUCAACAGAUUAUUUUCUAGUUUUUUUUUUGUGAUAUGAUUUUCCAUCCUCGUUAUCGUUUUGGCGCUUCGCAGUAUAAUAUUCAUUGAUUUUAAAUUUUAUUCAUAUUCUACGAUGGUGUUAAUUUUGUCGACAGUGCACGUUAAAAUGAAAAUAUGUUUAACCUUAAACGUUGCACGGUGGCGUACUGCGCAAGUAUUGAAGACAUAAAAUUAUUAUGAAUUAUUAUAUUGUUUGUGUAUAUUUUCGAUGGAUUAAUAAAAAGUUAUCUAUUAUCAAUCCAAUAACUAAAUAUACACACAUUUAAAAAUCAGGGUCAAAGUAUUAUUACGGUGUUUGCAAUAUUAACGGGGAAGCGGUCGCGGCUGUCGGUUCAAAAUAGAUAACCAGCUUUUCGUGCGUUAUUUAAAAAUUAAUCCAAUGCGUCAUCCGGUAUACAAUAAUAAUAUUAUAAUAUAUUGUACAAUUUAAUAUCAAUAUAAAAUCACAUCACGCAUUAUGGAUAAGCUCCUGUUGUAGGUGGAAAGUUGGGAAAACGAAAUAUAUUAUAGGAUAUAAUUUAGAGUUUUGUUGUUUUAUUGUAAACGAUAAACCAUUACAAUUGAAAAUUAAUUCUGAACGUGAUUCUAAGCGUACCCAAAGUAACCCAGAAAUCAAGAAAAAAAACUAUGUAUCGUCACUUGUAUUCAGUUUUUUAAAUUUUAAUGAAAAAUUGUUUAAAUAAAAUACCACCGAUAAAAAAUUCAUAUCUUUGCAAUAUGAAUGAUUUAUGGAGUAUUUUUAAUAACCUUUCAAGAAAGAAAACAUAAUGAAAUCAAUAGCCUCAUCGCUACACUUAACAGAAUUGAAAAAAAAAACAUAUUUUAGGAAAUAAUCAAAUAACAUUGAUUUUGGUAUACAUUUAAGAACUUAGAUAUAUUAAAAUACCAGGUAACUAGAUUACUAUACUACUUGUGUGUAUUUUCUGAGUUGUAACCAUUAUGAUAUUCUGUAUAAAAUAAUUAUUGUUGAUAAUAAAUACAAUUUCUUAAAUAUACAAAUUCUACAUGUAAACAAAAAAUAGUAAUUCUUCUAUUUAUUCUUCGUUAUUUUUUUAUUAUUUUUUAAUUCGGUUAUUGUGUUUCAUUUCUGUGGCAUUAUUUUUAUAGUUUUGUAUAUUACCUGAUGACAAUUUUCGAAAUUGAAUCCGGUCGUAAAUACAAACACAGCUAGUAAUAAUACUCCGGGCUACGUUUUUCUUUACUUGCGUAUACUUACCUAUUUAUUUUUCUAUAUUAAAAAUGUUAUAUUUGAAAGGAAAAAAAAUAAGAAUAACCAGAUGCACGAGAACGAGAAAAUGGUUAGGUGUUCGUAAAACGUAUGAGCAAAAACAAAAGAAAAAGAAAACGUGUUACAUUUUUCAGUGAAUAACGUAUAGUUGUUCUAUAAACUCCCCGCGGAAUACCUCACACAAGUCUUUAGAGUCUUAACGAAUAAAUACAAAUAUGAAAAUACAUAAUAAUCCAUCACAGCGAAAAGAAAAUUAAUCAUUUUUCUCAGUAAUAACGGAUUGGCUUUUUAACGGGUGGAUUAUAAAAUCCCCAAAAUUGAACAGUAUUUUUACUUAUAACUUUGGAAUACUGCAAUAUCAUUACAAUUCAAAAAGCUAAUGUAUAAUAAACAUGACUUUUUUUUUAUAGGGGGGAUAUCAAAUAUAUUACAUAUAAAGGGAGAAGACUCAAGACUCAACCACUCCCCAAGAGGACAAAUUCUCAUCAUUCUGUCGCAUUUCCCAAAUAUUUUUUGCAGUAUAUUUCUUUCUUUUUACAAUAGUUUUUUUUUAAUUUUUGAUUAAUGUUUUUCAAUUAAAAUCAAAAAUACAAUAUUAAAAAAUAAAAUAUUGUGAGGCAAUGAAGACACCAUUUUUAUUAGAUUUAUUAAGAAUUGAAUACUAUAUUUCAUUUUUACGAUAUAUAAAACAAGAAAAAAAAUAUGAACUCUCCUCUCCCCAGGAUCUUCCGUGUAUAUACGCCCGUGGUUGUGUAACGUUUUUGGUCGUUUAAAAUCUACGAGACGACGAUAAAUUCGUUAACUUUUCGCUUUUACACCAUUAUACGAUGAAUACCUCACAUCCUCUUUCAAUGUAUUCGCAACGUAUGUUAUUCCUAUUCGUUUAUUUUCCUCCCUGUCGUGGUCGUCGUAAGAGAGCGGACGGGGUUGAUCGAUUUUCGAACUUUGUAAAAGCUAAAAAAAAACACAAUCCAAAACACCAUAAGGAGCUACACAAUAUAUAGUGUGUUGUCCGUAUACAAUAUUAUUAACAAUUGCAUCGUAUUCGUAUACAAUCAGCAAUCGUUCGUUUUAUGCGUAGGUAUAUAGAAUUGCGUAGGCUCGUUUUAUAAAAAGAAAAAACGGGAUUGAUAAAAAAAAAACCGAAUAUUAAAUGCACGAAAGAAAACGUGACACAAAACGAUUUUUGAUAAUGUUAAAGUAUAAAAGAUGCUUUAGGUAUUUGAUUUUUAUAAAGGUGUGGCAAUUUAUUUUAUUUUAAACUCUAUGAUAAAAUAAUAUAGUCUGACUUCUCUAAUAUAAGGUUAUGAGGAUCACUUUUUUCAAAGAUUUACCAGUUUUAUACUAAAAUGUAUGAUCAUAUGAAUAUUUGCUUUUCUCGGAAAAUUUUUAAAUUCUAGGAUGAAUAGAGUUGCUAAGAAAUAUACUGGUGUAUUCAACCCCAAAUUGGUCCAAAAUAUAAAUAAAAUAUGUAUCAAUUAAGGACCAAAAUAAAGAUUUAUAAUUUUCACCAUCGUAAUUAGUGAAAAAUAUAUACUGUAAUUUGCACCAGAAUCCAAAUAGAUAAAUCUUUUGAUAUAGUAUAACAUGAUAAUGAAAACAUACAUAAUACAUAUUAUAGACGACAGAUAAUGACGUCGGUAAUAUCAAUAUAAAUCAUAAAAUUAGCUAUGGUUAAUUUAUAUUUUUAAAGGGCCCUGUAAAUAAAUGUAAAUAGAGUUAGACGUUAGUGAAUUAAACUGAAAAGUUAAAAAUGGAAAAAAAACUAUCGAGUUUGUUAAGUAUUAUUAAUAUGAAUAAUAACUCAAACGUAUUAAUUAGUCCUUUAUUGAUAAAGGUAAACUCGGAAUGAAGUUAUACAUAAAUAUUGUCUGCGAGACGAACAACGGUGGGCAGUCCCCACCGAUCGUAAUAUAAUAUGCUAUGAUUAUAUAAUACUCAUAAUUAAUAUAACAUGGACGAAUAAUGUUUGUCGCGCCGUAAAUGCUUAACAUACAACAGAGUUAUUCGUUAAAUUAAAAAAUUUAAAUUUUUAAAAAUGGACAUACUUCGCACUUCCCACUGUUAUAGGUAAGAAGUUGGGAAGAUAUGAUAUACAUGGGAAUUCAAUAUAUAUCUGUACCAACGAUUAACGAAAACGAUAAUGAGUGGAGUUCGGUUAUACAUGUUUAAAAAGGCCGUAAUAUUUACGAUGUUCGUCUAUAUUUAAUAUUAAAAUCCAUAAAGAAAAAAAUACUACAUUAAAUUGAAUUUUUUCUUGUUGACUACUAAGUACAACUUACAUAAUGAAUCUUCUAUUAAAUCUUUAAACAUUUUUGUUUGGUCUAUCAAUUUUAUCGACAAAUUACCUACCAAAUAAAAAUUACGCGAAAAAUUCGCAAAAUUAAAAUAUCUAUAAAUAGCUCAAAUAUUUUGAAAAGUUUACCACGUCUAAAAAAGGCAAAUAUAAGUUUUCUGUCUAAAUAUCAUGUCUUUAUAAACAUUUUUAAAUUAAUCACAACAAGAAAACAAAAUUGAAACUAAUAUAAAAGCAUUAUUUUCGUAAAUUUGUCUGUUUUACCUACGUUUAUUUCCAAUUAUUAUUAAAACUCCUUGGAAAAUAAAAAAAAAUUACCUCACUAAAGUAAACGCACCAAAUAUAUUGGUAUACGUAAUACGGUAGUAUCCAUUAUAACGAAUGAUUUAAAGUCAUAAUAUUAAUCUGAAAUAUUCAUUUAUAUAUUCUCAAAAUUGAAAGAAAUGUAUUUCUACGGCAUUUGUUUUUAGAUUUCUAGAUUCUACAAAAUCGUAAAAUAUGCAAUUAUAUGCAAAUAGAAAUGGUAUUAUUUCGUUCAGUAUAUAACACCCGAUAAGUGAAUCAAAUUAGUAUUAUAGUAUGUUUGUCUUAGUUUAUCGGUAGUAUGUACCUAUUGUCGAUCUAGUGGUCACGAUUUUAAACCUAAAUUCCGCAAAUUUUUUUUUGCAAAUCACGUAGGGUAGAUAUCAGGGAAAAAACAAAUUCGUUUUGUUUCAAAAUCAAAUUUUGACGAAAAUCGUAGAUAUUACAGCCUUUCAUUCAAAACAUGUAUAACUGAACUUCGCUCAGAAUCGUUUUUCGUUAGCAAUGGUUUAUCGUUGCUUACAGGUAUAAAUUUAAUAACUGUGUAUCCUACCUGCCAAAUUUCCCACCCAUAACAAUAGCACACCCAUCCCCAGUAUCAGCUCUUUUUUAUUAUUAUAAGCAAACCCAAAACCUUAUCUACACAAAUAUAUUAUUUAUUAUAUAUUGUACAAAAUAUAUGAAAACAACGCAAGGCAAUUCUCUGGAGUUGAAUAUGUAAUAUUCAACAGUGUGUGAUCCAUCAAUACACCAAAUUUCUUUUUUAUAAUUUUUUGAGUAAGUAAAAAAAUAAUCUUCAGCGCAUCGAUAUCUGUUACAGUAACUACUGUAACAAAAUUAUGUAGGUAUACAAGCGAUAAAAUUAACUUUUUUAUACAUACUAUGUACUUUAAAGUACACGUUGUAUUUAACUAUAUUAUAUUAGAUAAAACCUAUACAUAAAUUGAAAAACUAGGGGGUGGAAUUCGUAAUUUGUCGAGCUAUUUAUUCCAGGGUUACUCGAGUGCAUCCAGAAUAUGGAAUAUAAUAAAAGAAAACCCGUAGAUUUACACUCCCUUCGGUCUCUGAUAUCAUUUUAACUUUGCUCCCAGGGAAAAAAAGUCUUAAAACGUAAUUUUUUUUUCCCUUUAUGUUUCGGUCCAAAUAGCAUAAGUGUAUUUAUUUUCAAAAUGUAAUUUGCUUGAAUUGAAAAUUAUGUAAUAUACAAUUUGAUUGAAUUAAUGCCUUCUUCCUUGGGACCAAAAAUAUAAUAUCUUACUCGAUGUUUUUUUAUUUCUGUUUUUCUAAAUUUAUUUUUCAAACAAGCCAUGAACUCAUGUCGUCGCCAAAUACUUAAUAUGAUAAUUAUUGUCAAUCUUUCCGGCGGCGGUAUACAAUAUGUGUAAGUACUCGAAAUUACCGUUGUCGCCAAGUUCCACUUCUCGCGUGUGAAACCCUGUCAGCCGCACACCUCGGCCGACUGUGGAAAAUCUCACGGGGACACAACCCCCUACUAAACGUACUCCACCACAACAUCUCCGUCCAUCCACUUCAACGUUAUAAACCGUAUUAUAUACGCUCCGAAGCAAAGUUUUUGAAAAGAUGUUUAUGCGACACGAAUCUACCGAAAGUUAUACACCAUAAGAAUACGUUCAAUCAGUCUUCAUAUUACAAUUUACAAACAUAAUAUAUCCUUCGUUCAUAUUGUAUAUAUGUACACCAAAAGUUGGUAAAAACACGUCACACGAAACGCUUCUCCGUAUAAUAAUUUGCAGAUAAUCAACUUUCAACAGAAACGUAUACACGAAUUAGUUAGGCUUUUUCGAUAUUAUCCGAAUUUAUCCCUAAAAAAUCUAAAUUUCAAACGUUUCUGACAUUUAUACCGCCAUAAAAACCGAAACUUAAGAAAUACCAUAGAUCAAACUUUUGAAUACAUAAACAGAGCCAAAAACAAUUGUUGUCCACAUAUCCCCACCCAAAAAAAAAAAACACCACGAAAAUUUCAAAUAACUCACAAAAAUACAAGGUAGAAUAUUUUGAAAAUUAUACCACGAAAAACAUAAGCUUGUGUAACAUAUAACUGGUAAAAAUUGCAGGUUUCUAGGAAUUUUUUCCGCUGAUAUCCAUUAAGAAAAACCUUCAGAAUCGAUUUUCUAACAAAAGCCGUUGUUGAUUAAAUAUCCCUGUUUUCUAAUUGUUUUUUUUUUUUUAAUCUCUCCCAUUAUUAUUGAGAAAAAUCAAGAUAAUUGGAAAAAAUUACCCCCCCAAUGCUCCAAAUCAGAUGACAUUUUCAAACAAAAACCAUAAAUCUACUAUCGAUUGAUGAUCGGAACAUCAAAUCGAAAAUUUUUUAAAUGGGAGAAAAAAUCAGACGUUAUCAUAAUAAAACUAAUACAUUGAAUAGUUUCGUGAUUGCAUUUAAACUCGUAUAAAUUUAAAUGUACAUCUAAUUACGCCCUUGUGUACAACAAUAUGAUAAUAUCUAAUCAAAAUGCCGACUAUAAUCAAUAGUAUAGGUAAUCAUAUUAAUUUAAAUACGCAUUACAUUAUUAUUACUACAUAGGUACUAUCCAAUAUAAACGAUCGGUUAGUAUAAACAGUAACGGUUUCCCGUUUUAUUGUGUAAAAUGUAAAUAUAUAUCUAACAGUGGAAACACUACUUACUCUAUAGUUACAUACUUAACGUCUAAUCAUUUGUCAUAGUGUUGUUAACAUUCAUCAAACCUAUCGCCGUCGCUUUUGAAGUUUCGACAAAGACCCCCCGGUUGAGGUGAGACCUUUUACAUAAUUGUGGGUAGUCUUCUUAUACUCCACCCAUAAAUCUUUUAUCGGGUCAUAGCACACAACAGAAUCUCUAAACGAAUUAUAUUGAGCGAAAAUAUUUUUUCUGUUCACAGUUUUCUAAAAUAAUUUACUUGAAACGUUUUUUUUCGUUUUAAUACGGAUUUUCGACGAUAAGCGGUUAUAGGCGAGGUUGAUAGUUUUAAGUAGGUAUCUAGGAUAUUUUAUACAAAAGAACAUUAAACAUGUGAAGUAUAGAAUUAAGAGUGGUUAGAUAAAAUGGAGAGAAGCGCUGGGGUGUUAGAAACGGGGAAGGGAACAGAAAAAUAGAACAGAGAAUUAAUGUAGCAAAAAUGAGAAAUUUUUGGCGUGGAUAAAUGGCGGCUUCGAUAGUAGACAAAAUGAAAGAAAAUAGACUGAGAUGGUUUGGGUAUGUCACGGGAAGAGAAAAAUAUGAAGCAGUAAGAACUGUAUAAUUAGGUAGGAAAAAAUAGAUAAAGAAAAAGAACGAAAAUAAGACGGUUGAAUACGAUUAAGAAUAAUAUGAGAGGAAAAUCAGUGUAUGCGAGGUGGGAAAUCUGGUCAAAUUGGGUUUAGAACUAGGGUGACCGACCUCAAAGAGUUGAGCAAAAGGAAAAGAAGAAGAAGAAUACGGAUUUUUUAUAUUAGUAUAGUAUUAUAGGAAUAACUUAUGAUGGACUUUAUAUCAAACUUUCAAACACUUUUUGAGUCCACGCAAAAAAAAAACUCGGACAUUUUGAAUGGCCAUAAAGAGCUUAAAAUUCGUCACAUAUUUUUAAAAACUGAAAGCACGUCUAGAAAAUGCUAAAAAUUGUAGGUUUCUUCGAUUAUUUUGAACUGAUGAAAAUAACAGAAACCGUUGUUACAAAGAUUUUACAGUUUUGUCUUAGUUUUUUAAAAAAAUUCUGAAGAAAAUCUCAAAAUAAACUCCUCAGUUCACCAACUAGACUAAAUUCGCUCUUAAAAAUAUUCUACAGCUAAUUACAGGAUCUAGAAUUCUAGUAGGAAUGUAGUUCACAAACAAAAAAACAAUAAUAAUUACAAUACGCAUCACAAUAAUAUAAUGAGACAAAAUAUGCAAGUAUUCCAGAACCCCGUCAACCCUGCAGUAGCGUAUAUGGAAAUUAAUUUGGGAGAGGGGGGGGGGGGUUAUAAAAAAAGCUUUUAAGUUUUAGUUAAUGCAUAGAUUAAAUAAAUUCAUAAAUACGUUCGCGUGCCGUACCAACCAUAAAUUUCGGGGAUGGGUGUUUGAACCCCCAAAACCCUCUCCCUUAUAUGCCACUGUAACCCUGUGUAUUAAAAUCUACAGAGUAUUAAAUAUAAAUAUAUAACUGUAUAAUAUAUAGUAACUGUGUACUUUUUUGAGUAACCCGUGAAAAACAGACUGUACAUUAUCGCCUGUUUCGACUCGUAAAGAAUUGUACGUGCAUAAUAUUAUGUAUGCAAUACGAGUCGUACGAAUGUUGUAAAUCCGAUAGGUUUUCCGUACCUAUGUUGUUCACGAGUGUCAGUAAUAGAUGCGUACCCCCGUAUUAUUAUAGUGAAAAGUUAUUGCUCACCCCUAUCAUAUUAUUAUUGGUUAAAAUAACGCGAUGCCGAGAUUCCACAACGGGCUGCACAGUACCGGAGCCAGAGUUAAACGGGCCCCGAUGCAAAUUUAAUUUGUGGACCUAGCAUUUUCCAUUAAUAUUCAAUCUAAACAUUUAUUAUGAAAACGAUAUGGACAAACUACGCACGAUGGGUGGGCCACUGUUAUAAAUAAAUAGCUGAAAAGGUAGAGGGGGAAAUUAAAUAUAUAUUUGUAUACAACGAUAAAUCAUUACUAAUGAAAAACGACUCUGAGCGAAUUUCGGUUAUACGUUGUUUAAAUGGCUGUAAUAUUCACGAUUUGAAAAUAAUACAUUUCGUAAAAUUUCCCAGUUUUUCCUACAUUUUUUUUCGGUUUUUUUCCAACUAUUAAGAAAACUACUUGGAAAACCAAAUGAACUCCUCAAUGUAGCACCCUAGUCUGAUUUCUCUUCAAAAAAGUGCUACACUUGAAAAUCGGAGCAAUAGAUUAUUGUAUUUUAUACAUACAUAAAUAUAAAUGAAUAAAGCCACUUUAUAAACGACACAGUAUAGAUAUUUUAAACAACAUCAUAUCGAUACUAGAUCGGUUUAUGUGCUAUAAGAUGGCACCUACCGUUAUCGCAUAAAUUAAACUUACCAAAUUUUGAUUUUAUUAACAAAAUAUUUUGUUAUUAGUAUAGGUACUUAAAUGAUUUUAAGUAUGGGUCCCAUACAAGAACUUGAAGCGAGGGGCUCUGGUGCAGUGAACCUCUUGCACCGCGGUUUCUACGGCACUAGGGUUGUAAAGGAAAAAGUCGACGUGUAAUAAAUAGGAGUGGAUUGAGCCGAAGUACGGGUGGGCCCACGAGCCGCUAAAAUUCUCCGGCCUUUACACUAUAUAUAUAUUGAACUCAUGUGUUAAAACAGUACACAUCUGCAAUAUUAGUGACUAUGUCAUAAUACUUACAAAACUAAUAAUACUAUAAUAAAGUUGGUGGUUACGAAGCAUAUUUUAAAAUAUGUGCUUGUGUGUGCAGGUUCUCUAGAAAGGGCUUAAUUCCCCAUUACAUUGAUUUUGUAUACUUAGUAUUUACUUGAUGAGUACUUAUGUUUAAAAGAAACUUAACUUAGUUUUAGGGGAGGUGGGGGAAAGGUAAUAUCCUCCAAAGCCUCCUCCUCUAUUUGCACCAAUACACAAAAUCAAGAGGACGUUAGAAUGUAAUAUUUAAAAACAGAUUCAUACCUUACAUGUUUUUUUUUUUAAUAUUUUGGCGGAAUGGCGUAUUGGUGGAAUGGCAUAUUGGUGUAAUUAGGUGCUUUUAUCUACGAAUCCCCGCGCCAAUUUUUAUCCCAGUUCAUCACUGGUAAUAAACAAUGUUUAUAAUGAUAUGCACAUACAUAAUGUAUACUGUUGCACAAACACAAAAUUAAUCUGUUGUUAUAUGGGUGAAGGGAAACGGGAAACUUUUAGGUAAACGGAUAAAAUAAACGUGUGAGCUUUUUGGCAAUAUAUAAUAUUCGUCCCGAUUCAGUAUAGUAUAUAAUAACGCCGAAACACAAUAACUUUACGCUUACCUAGUAUGUCGUAUACUAUAAUAAUAUUAUGUGUGUACACUGCUCAGCAGCUCGACUCCUCCUCAACGGAACAGAAACGUAUUCAUCGAUUUUUAUGUCAACGUUCAUAUUCUCAUAUACGCGCGUACACGUACAAUUUCUUCGCGAACGUACAUUUUUAUUUUCGUAUAAUUUUCUCAACAGAUAAAGCGCGAAUCCAAUAGUCCAAAUAUAGUACAAUAUUGUUAAUUUUAUAUUUUAUAACACAGUAGGUACGUACCUAAUAAUAAUGAGCGAAAUCCAGAUCUCCUACAAACUAAUAAGAAUAUUUUAGGUGACAAUUCAAAAUUCCUAUGAAACCAACUGUGAAUUGUUCGAACAUCAACAUCGAGAAGCUUAGUAUGAAUUCUUGAUUUCCAAUAUUAUGUACAAAUUACUGCCUACACAGAUAGGUGCUAGGAGCAGUGAGCUUGUGGUGACCAAUUUUUAUAGUUAUUUUUCUUUUUUAUAAUACUAGUAUAAUAUUAUCGAAUGAUAAUAAUAUUACCAUGGUAGAUUAAUUCACGUUGAAUAUUACAAAUUAAAUGAUAUUUAUGAUUAUUUUUUAGUUAAGAUUGUUUAAUUUAAUUUCUAUUUCUUUUACAGAUUUACACAACCACAUUGGCCCAUUUAAUUGACCAUAAUUACAUUUUACCAUGUAUUAAUUAUGAAUUUCUCAUAAUAAAUAGUAACUAGUAACUCAUAUAACCUAAAUCCACCUUGUAGUAAUUACUAAAACCAACCGUUAGUAUUAAGAAUGGAUCACUUUAAACCACAGAGUAAAAAUUACUCUAUGCUACAAGCUUAUUUCUCUUAUAUUAGAUAAUACAUAUAUAAAUAUAUUAUUAUCAAUGAUUCCCCUUAGCACCUAUUCGGAUAGGUGAUAAUAUGCACAUGGUGAUAGAGGCCCAUUUUAAUUACAGAUUUUGGUUUUCUAUGGUUGACAAUACUGGAAUGAUACAUUAUUAGUAGUAGAACUGGUAUCAUCCCAUAUAAUAUCAAUAACUUUUGAUAUGAUUAUAAAAUAUACGUAAUAAUUCGUCGAAAUAAAUAAUGUUCGUUUCGAUUCUCGUUUCAAACAUACUGACAUUAUUAUUUACAUCGUACAAUUAUUUCGGUUGGUUCGCGCGUAAUUAGCGCGUUAUUUCAAACGAAAUUCGAUAAUUAUUAUUUGAAUAUUUUAUAACAUUUGUUUAUUGUGAUAAUAAUAAGGGUAUAAUACUAUUCAGCUAUAUUGUUCUACGGUAUACGUUCUAUACAGAAUAAAAGAUAAUUUAAUUAGUUUUGAGUUUGGUUAAGGGAAAAUCGCUAUAAUGUACACUUUUGUUGUAUUCGAUUUUUCAUUAAUGAUGAUGAUGAUGAUAAUAAUAACAUUAGUAUACCUACAAAAAUCUAUAACUAUAAAAACUGAUAUAACUAAUGUAAAAUAAAUAUAAACAAAUAAUCAUACAAAUCACAAACACAAAAGGAUAUAAUAAUAAUAGACUUUCUAGUGCCGUCUCUAAAACAUUUAAAAAAAACCGCGGAGCUGAUUUAAUGCAAUAUAAAACAAUUGGCAGUUGCUGUGCCUCAAAAUAUCUCAAAGAUAUAGACAUAAGUAAGUGAAGGGGAGGAUUAUGGAGUUGUCUAAACCUCUGCUAUUUCGGAAUCUCAAGCAGUAAAUAAAUAUUAUCACUCAUAUUACAAAUAGCUUAUAAUCAGAACAUCCCUCACCUCCCCCACCCCCAAAUAAACAAUCCACACUUUGUUUACCUAAAACAUUAUAAUACAACAUUUAAUUAAACGAAAAAAAGUAAGUAUUCUGAAAAAAAACAGAAAUUGCUCAAAAAUGAAUUCAUUCGAAAAGAAAAAGUAUCGUUAUAUCACAAAAUAUAUUAUGCCUACCUAUAAUAUUGUAGUCAAUGAGUGUCAUGUGCGAUAUAUAGUGCUAACUAGUAUGGUUUAUUUAAAUUUUUAUUAAAUCCCAAUAAUUUCAAUCUAAACGCCACAAUUCAUAAUCUAUUUAAUGUGAUUUUGCUAUUAAGUAGGUUAAUAUGACGGAAAUAACACACGUAGCCAUAUACCCACAUCCCGCAAAUUUAUUAAUUUAUUCUUUGUAAUAAUUACGACUGCGAUACAUCUUUACGUCAUAGUGUACCCAAAUUUCUAAAUUGUAAAUGUCCAUCAAAAGUGUAUGUAGUCAUUGCGGUCAACUUUUAUUAAAUUAAUACAAUUAUUGGCGUACAAUAAAUUAUUGUCAGUUGAUCUUAAAUAAUUUUUUACAAUUUAUUUAUAUUUCUUUGAUCAGUUUUUGUACGUAACAAAUAAAUGAUUGUUUCAAUGUCCACAACGAAAUAAAACUUAAGUUAAAACGUUCAUUUCUGUUAAAAUUCGUACAUAAAAAAAAGUUUUCGCUAUAAGAAUUUGCAACAUUCCAAUAACCUAUGCACUCUAUGGCGUACAAUGUAAUAAUACGAAUAAAUGACGAACGUUUGACUAAUAACCAAAUAGUUUUCCGAAAAUUAUAUUAUUAAAUAUGAAAACAUAAUUUAAUACCUAUCGUUGGAUAGAGUAAACGAUGAUCACGCGGUACAAUAGGUACUCAAUAUAUAUAUAUAUAUAUCAAUAUUCGACGCGACGUAAAUUAUUGAAACGCGUAUAUGAUUGUAACUAAAUGCAUACACGUAAACUAAAUAAAAACAUAAUAUACAAUAAUAAUAUAUGUAUUGCAGACGAAAUAUUUAAUAUUUUAUAAAGCAUUUUGUAGAACUCUCGAAUUAUUCUCAAUUCGAAAGUUUCUUUUACGAAAAAAAACCUAUAUGCGGGUGGACGCACAGGUAUGUGUACGCAUUUUACAAUGUGUCCCCCGGAGGAUUCGCCGAUAAUUUAGUGUCGCGUAAAGUUUGCAUAUUAUGUAGGUAGGUACUUCCAGUCCCGAUUCAAGUAUAUAAUACUACAGAUAUGUAUUCGGGAAUAGAAAAAUAUAUUUACAAAAGUUCCGCGAAAAUCCUCGGCACCCUUUGAUUUAUCGUUUGACAAAAUUCUAACGAAAAAAAACUACCGAUUUUGUAAUUUAUUAUGCAUUAUGAUUUACAGCCACUAUAUAAGUCGUGAUUACAUAAUAAUAAUUUUAAAAAACGACGCAAAGUCGCCCGUUGGGAUGUUGCAGAGGAUUUGUAUACUUUAGGAAUACAUUUUAUUCAAAUUAUUAUUAUUAUAAUAUUAUGGCCGCAAUUUCGAUAAAAAUCCAUCCGCAUCACCGGAAAACUACAAUAUUAUAUAAAACAAAUACUUAAAAUAGAAAUCGAUAAUGGAAAAAUUCUAAAGCCUAAUUAUAUACAAUACACGUACAUUAUUUUCAUUCGCAUUGCUAUAGGUGAUUUAUUUUUUUCAUUGCAAGUAUGAAACGUGACCAAUGUAUAAAAACAUAUUUCUUUAGUCUCGAGGAAAAAGGACUCGGGUAAAUUUUUGGAAUUUUUUUCACGAUUUUGUCUUAUACAAUUAUUUUCCUCUAUAUUGUUUGGUCUAUAAUGACACAAAUGUACGGUACACAUGUUAUUAUAUACUGGCAAUUGAAAUAUUUCGAGUACCUACUUCAAUAACGUAGGUACUUUUUGUUUUAUAAAAAGGUAUAAAUCAGAUUAUUAUAAGAACGCCGUAUUUAGAUUAUUCCAUUUAGCAAUUAUGUUGUUAUGUCAUUGAGCAAUUUUCAAAAUUUAAUUUAAUUGUAUUAAAACUAUAAAAAAAUGUGACCAUAUGUUUACAAAAAAAGUUUACCACUUUAUUACAACACAAUAAAGUCGAAUCAAAAUUUUGUUUAAAAAUUAAAUAUUUAAAUUACUUGGUCACUAUUUGCAUAGUGGUGACGAAUUGUAUAGGUGUCUCAUUGAGAACACCGGAUUUAAAUCGCUCGGUAUUUUCGAUAUUUAUCGUUUCAUUGCAAAGAUUGCGAAUGAUGAUAAUAAUAUUAUUAAAACAGGUUAGCCAAUACACAAAACAAAUAUUACCUGACAAUUUAAAUCCGGCGUUCUCAAAUGGGACACCCUAUAUGUUAAACGUUAAUCAUUUCUGUCAAUUUCUUUUUUUUUUUACUUACAAAAAAUAUUCAAAGUCCAAGAAGUAUAUGAAUUUAAUUUUUACGUGUUCAGUGUAUACAAUACACUUUCAGUGUACACGAAUUCCCCGGAAAAUUAAAAUGCAUAAUUUUUUCAAUUUAUUCCUUUUUUUUCAUUUUUAAUGGACUUUUCGUAUACAAUACAGACGCGCAUACCAUCACGUUAUAUACAAUAAAGUUUACUUUAUGGUUUCUCGGAAUUUUUUUUUUAAAUUACAUUACAACAGUUAAUAUAAUUCAAUAAUACAUUUGGUAUAUGGAAUUAUUUUUAAUACCACAGUUGAAAAUUUAUUCGACCGAAUUUGAAAAGAAAUAAAAACUGUCACAAGAAUCAAAAGAAAGUUAUUUCGGAAACCUUCGCCUUGAUAUUCCGGAGAAAUAGGUAUUUGUUUUGCCGUCUCGUUGUGACCGGGCACGCGAGCUUUUCUCCCGUCGCUCUCCCGACAUUCACGGAUAUGGUUAGGUCUCUUGGGUCUACUUAAUUUUUUCCCAGAGGUUAUAUGUAAAUUCUACCCAGAUCUUAAAAUAAAAAAAAAGGUACCCGCAUUGUACAGAAAAUCUAAUCAUUGUCCAUAUCAGCAUAACGCGUAUUUGAAUAAAACAAUUCUCGUCGAUGCUACCGCUUCGUAAAAAAAAAAGUUUUAGAAGUCGAAGUGGUAAAAUCGAAAAUGAAUAUUAUCUAUAUUUUUAUAUUUGUACAACAUGCGUUCAGGUACAUGAGACGUAACUCGAGACGGUUUAUUGAAAAAAGUAUAGGACGCCAAAUACAAUAAACUAUACUCUAUCUUUUUAAACCUUUCCCCCCUCUCCAGACGUAACUUAUGCCUACUGAAAAAUACAAUCCCAGAUUUAAAUAUAGUAUGCACCGUUCUUGAACCUGACCAUACGGUUCAAAGCCAUAUUAUUGUUAAAAACUCGAAACAAAAAUGUUGAAUUUUUUGUGUUUAUUCACCCGACGACAUUUUCCAGGGUAACCGAACACUUUACGGUUUGAAUAAUAAUACGUUCUUUGAGCGUUGUGGAUAAAUCACUGCAUGCAAUGGUUUUUUUUCAUCUAAAAAUUCCAUAUAGGUUCGUUUACUAUUCGGUACUAUUCGAAGGACCAAAAAUAAGCAAUACGACGACAUAAAAUUGUAGCAUUUUAAGUAGUCACUUGAACAGCAUAUGGGAAAUAUCAUUGUAAAAGGAAAUGUGGUACGAAACGCCGAACGAUUUAAACAUCGACAGGUUAAAAUGUCGACCUGUACGAAAUAUCAAUUGAUAAAAAUCAUGUCAACGGCUAAAAAAUCGAUAGUUCAAUUUUAAUAAUAAAAACAAAAUAAAAAUAUACGAUACUAAGCCUUAUUCACACGAUGACACUGCAGUAGCAUUGAGUACCUUCGGUGACACCAGAGUAACAUAGCUUACCACGGUACCACGAUAUUCGCAUGUCUCCAAUAAUGUUUGAUAUGUGGUGUCCACGUGUUAUGCAAAAGCCAUUCCCGUAUAAGCAAUCCCACGUAUACAUUUUUGCAAGUUUUCGAAAUCUUAAUUUUAUCCGAGAAUUCAUAUUUAUCAGCUGUCUAUGUCGUUAUCUGUCAACAUUUUGUAAUUGCCGACAUUUUAACGUGUCGAUAUUUCCUACCUUCCGACAUUUCGACUGUCAGUAUUUUGACCUGCCAACGUUUCGAUCGAAUCCCCGAAAACUUACUCGAUUUUCAAAUAUUAUUGUAUUAUUGUAUAAUAUUAUUAUAACAUAUUACAUUCCCGAUGUACUCUGGUUUAAAUUUUAGAUUUACUAUAAUAGCACUUUUUCUAAAAUUAAAUCUGACUGGCAAGGUACUUUAAGAAGGUAAUUUUUUGAUUUUCCCAUUAAAUGGGAAAAACCGGAAAAACCGGAAAAAUCGUAGGAAAAACGAGAAAAUAGAUACAAUAUUAUUAAAAAUAUAUACAAGCCUAUGUACUUAUUUUACUAUAAUAAUACCAUAUAUUAGUGUUGACAAAGCAACACUAUCAACUGAACUCCGCUCAGAAUCGUGUUUUCGUUGUUUAUCGUUGCUUACAGAUAAACAUUAAAUUUCCCCUCUAAUACCUUUCCAACUUCUUAACUACAAUAGUGACUGCACCCACGUGCGAAGUAUUUCUGUCUUUUUCAUAUUAUUCAUGUGCGUCUUGUACUAAGGAUAUUCGUUGAGUGUACGAAAUUCACAAUUAGAAAAUUUAAAUAAUAGUAAUGCUUUUAUAUGAAACACUAUACGCUGUCGUCACUGUUAUAAUAUCAACGCCUUAGGUACGCCCCAUUGAAACCAUUUUAAAUAAUAUAAUAGUAAUAAUUCGCAUAGAUACCUAUACAAAAAUACAUUUUAUACAUUUUUAACCUAUUAAUUAAUUUAUAUUUUAUUUUUGUGCCUGUGAACAACUUUUCUACCAUAAAUCUACAUCUAAUUUUCAAGUGUAACUAGUGUUUCUAUCUUGUUGGUAUUUCUGAUUAGAUAUUUUGAUUUCCUUUGAAAUUUUCAAAAUAAUUGGGAAGGCCCGAAAAAAAAUGUAAGAAAAAACGGACAAAUUAUUUGCCAAUGACGCUUCAUUAUUUUCGAUUUUGUUUAUUCUAAUUAUGUUUGUCGAUUUUAUUUUAAUUCACUUAAGAUGUAAACCUAAAAUUUUCACUGGAUAUUUAUAUUAGUCUUUUCUAAACGUUGACAAAUAGUAAAUUAUGAGUUAUUUUUAGUCAUUUAACAUGUUUUAGUUUUUAAUUUUUAUUUAGAUUUAUGUAGAUGAAAUUUUUUAGGCCGGGCAGAAAUUCUGAAUAUUUUAUGCGAGGUUCAUCGUAAAUUAUAAUCAAUGGUAAAAAAAAAUUGAGCUUAAUGUAGUAGUUUUUUUUCAAGUUUAAAUUUUGAUGAAAUUCGUAGAAAUCACAGAAUUUCAUAACAUUUUUAACCGAACUCUUCGCUAAGAAUCGUAUUUCAUUAGCAAUGAUUUAUUAUCACGUACAGAUAUAAAUUAAAUAGCUCUAUGUACCCUACCCCUUCUCAACUUCUUAUCACCUCUAAUAGUGGUAUACCCCCAUUAACAGUGUCAGCUUAUAUUUUUUUUUUUUUUUUUAUGUGUACCAUUAUGCAAUCGUUUUGUAUUAUAUUUUUAUGAAUGCUAUAAAAUAUUAUAACCAAAAUGUUAAAAACGAAAUUUGAUUAAAUAAAUUGAAUGUAUACACACAUCAUAUAUAGAUAUCGCUGACGUGAAUACUUGGUUGAAAAUCGAUAAUUAUUGGAACUAUUGAACUUAAUUUCACGCACACUAUUCGUUUGAUUUCUAAGCAUUGUUUCGGAGUUUUCAACUAGAUAUACAUUGCUCGUUCAAUCGAAAUAUACGAGUAUCUAUAUAUAUAUUAUGUAAUCGUGUAUGUGUAUAUAUAUAGUUAUAUAUAUUAUAUAGUUUACCGAAAGACGGAAAACUUUAAGUUUAUCGAGUAAACUUGGUGAUUAUCGCAUAGAGCGGCGUAAGCGUGAAAAAUAUUUGACUCGAACGCAAUUAUUAGAUUUUCUCAAUGUUCCCGUAAAAUAAUAUUUCGAUUUUAGAUGAAAUUGCUCGUCUCUGGAGCGUAUGACCCGCAGUAAUAAUAACAACAAUAAUAAUAAUUGUUAUUAUUAUUAUUAUUAUUGACUCGGGGUCUAGUUAUCCCAGCUCCUUUACAUGUUUCGAUCAAGUUUCACCCGAAUAAUCUAACGCUUUCGAAUUUGUUUUAACUCGUUAAAUAGUGUAUUGCAGAAAUUAAUUUCCCCCAGGAAAGACGCACUCUUCUUCCACCAGCUUGGUAUUUACCUAUGUUUCCGAUAGAUGUAAAUGUCUUCGGGGCAAAUACUGAUAGUGAAAUCGUGCUGACUACAUAAAAGUAAUUAACCGAAAUCCGGUAACUGCUGCCUUUGAAACCCGGCAACCUCAACCACGAAUACUCUGCAGACUACAGUGGAUACGCGAUGACUUGACAUUUUAAAGUAAACCAAAUAAAUUCGUACAUCUACACACAAUUUAUCCUCGGAUAUUCGUUAAUUAAACGGCGAAAUGUGAUUCAAAUAAUCUCGAGUUCAGAGUUUGGGCCAAUAAAAAUAGAAAUAACGAAAUUCGAACUCGAUAAAUACAUAUACAUAUAUAUAUAAAAAUAAUAAUUUGCCAACCAAAAACUUUUCGAAGAAAGCAACCGGUGCGGCACUGCUAUAAAACGUUGCUAAAAACGUCGUCAACGUUCGAGAAAAUGUCUAUAAGCUGCGAUAAUAAUGAAAUACACCACACAAAUUGUUUAACUCGAUCGUAUAGAAAUGUCACGUCUCGAGUUGGUACACAAUCAACUUGGAACGUUUAUUUAGGCGGUCAGCUGCAGAAGUCAUAGUGGCAAUUGCCCGAGUUCUCUCUCCCUCAUAUUACUCCCGACGCAGCUCUACCGUGAUAAAACUUAAUUAUUCGCACACGAGUUCGGUGUUUAUGUAAUUCGAUCCGUCUAACACGACUAACUAACUAACGCCAUGAUUGAUGUGUAUAAUAUACAGUAUACACAUUGCAUAAAUAGACUGAUUUUUCAGAGGAGUUCUUCGUGAAAUAAUUACAAUUUCUCUAUCUAUUCUAUUAUAUACAACAAAAUCACGAAGGAGGAUCGAAAUAAAAGUAAAAAAACGUUUACAAAGAUUUAAAAAAAAAAAAAAAAAAAAAAAAAAAUGAUAUAUAUAAAAACCAAAUGAUAUUUUUGGCGUCUCUAAUAAUUAGUAACGAACCAAAUAAGAAACCUAACCGUUAGGUAGAGAAAUUUGAGCGGAUACAGCCAAAAAAUUAUGCCUUUUUUUCACACAUUUUUAUCAAUGCGUAAUAAUAACGCACAUUAUCGCAAUGCCUUGAUGACAACUGCAGUUACAACGUAUGAAAAAAACUCGCAAAACAGAUUGUCGACAACAAAAGUGACUUCGUAAAUCAAAAUGUAUAUUAUUAUAAUACUCUUGUAGAAAUACACAAUGAGUUAUCAACGUAUGUUGCAAAAAAAAAAUAAAUAAAAAUACUAAUACGAAAAUAAUAUUGGAAAAAAAUCGAUAUUGUUGCUGUUGUGAUUUGUUCCUUUGUAAACCCUUCCCCCCCCCCUCUUCACCUAAUUGAAUAAACGAAAAACGGCUUUCUACAACAUUCGCAUUAAAAUCAAAGAACCAAUUCCCAACAGCGGAGUCAUAUCGAAUGAAAAUUGUCGAAGUCAUGAUGAAACACACAAACACACACACACAUACAUAUACGUUGAAAUCAAAAUACGUGCCUCACGUAACAUCUCUUGGGAUUAUCGCACUUUCGGUGAACAAUACCAAUUAAAAUAUUUCGUCCCGAUAUUCUGUACUCAAUUGUUAAAAUAUUAACACGACUAUUAUAUUAAAUACCUAGUACAUACAAUAUUCUCAUUAAAACGAUUUAUCGAAUUUAAUAUGCGUAUAUCAUCGCGGUCGAUCGAAUUAUUUGUAAGGUUUUUCCUAACCGCCCCAUAUAAUAUAAUAUUAUAAUUGGUUUAUCCGCGUGACCAAAAAAAUCACGUUAAAAAAGAUUUUAAAAAUAUUUCCAUGACUGAGGACUGAAUAUUACUAUUAAAAGUUAAGAUUUUUAUUAUCUAUGUUUUUUUGGACAUUGAAAUUUGGACUUUUGGUUCUAAAGUACGGGACGUCAUAGUUUUGAUAAUAGUUGAAACGGAACAUGUGAAUUUUCAUACUAUGGAUCAUGUGAAUUUUGACAUGGGUCAAAUGGAGUCAAAAAUCACAUGAUCCAAUGAAAUUUGUUAGUUUUAACAUUUUUAACAACGUUACUCUCCGGGUAAAUGUAGACCUGUUUUUAUACGUUUUAAAACGAACUAAUUACAGAAUCGGAUUCGCUUUUAAAAAUCCUGCAAAUUUUAUUAUAUUCUAAUCAAAUUCAUUUGCGUUUAUUUGGUACCUAUAUGAUUACACCGUCGUCGUUGUCGUUGGCAUAAGUUAAAUCGAAACGACUCGGUAAACACUAUUUCGUUCUACGGGUACUUGGUAAACACUCAGUUAUGUUUAUAGAUCGAUACACGUGACCGACGACUCAACGGUACACCAAAACUACUAAACAAUAAGUUAGUUAUAACGUUUCACUGUACAAUAAGUCACCUAGACAAAAGCGAUGCUGUAAGUCACACAUACGGGUUUUUAUUACGAAACAUCAAGACUAUCAAACAUCUCACCCGCAGAUAUUUCGUUGAUGCCAUUCAUAUUGUUAUGAGCAGUGGAUUUAAUGCAUUAAACGGCAUUUAAAAAUAUCCACUCAUAAAUGCAUUUAAAAUUUCAAAAAAAACACUAAAAUUUGAUAUUUUUUUUUAAUAUAAUAAACUAAUAAAACAAUAACACUUCGAUAGAUCAAUAAUUGAAAAAUAAAUGAAAUUUUUUGAUAAAGUAUAACAAUAGUCGUACAGCCUGUAUAAAAUAUCUAACAAAUUAUAUAAAAAUUAAUAUAAAAAAAAUUGCCUAUUGAGGGCAAAAUAGUUACGAAAAACUAAAUCUAAAAUGUCAAUAAUCCAAAAAUUAAAGUUUUAAGCCUGAAUUUAUUUUUAUGUAAUUUUUACUUAUACUAAGAAACAAACAAAUGUUACAGAUUCAGACAUCUUAGGAGCAAAAGUAGAAAACAAUUUCGGAGAGGGGAAUGAAAAACGUAUCUAUCACAAUUGGCUUUUUACUUCUGUAAAUUCUGUAAAUUAAUUUAUUAUUUCAAAAUUUAAAUAUAAAUUGCAGGGUAAUUUAUGUUUCGAAGGGAGUUUGAUGUUCCUUAGUUCAUUACUGACAUCCCUACUUAUUAAACGCCUAAAAAAAUGCACUGUCGAUAAAAACUUGCAUGUGCUUUAUACAAUAAAUAAGUACAGUCUAGGGAUGAUUAAUAUUAUAAAACUAGGUAUCUAAUAUAAACAUGUUAUCCGGUAGGUACUCAUAUAACCAACGACAAUUGUUUUAGUUUUCUUAUCGAACAAUUUUAGAAAAGCAUUCGUUAUUUCGAUUGGAUAAAAAAAAAAAAUAAAUAUAUUGCCAAUACCGUAGAAAUAUUCGACGCCCUAUACAGAUUUUCGCGAGACUACACGCGAUCCGUAAUAAGUAUUGCAGGGUCUAACCGUUUACCGCGACACGCGUUUUCCCGUUCGAAAAUCAAAAACACGCAUUUGCGUCCGGUCGAAUUUUGGCACGCGAAAGUUUUUAUAACGUCCGAUUAUUUUUGUAUAGGUACCUACGUUUCCGGUAUAAAUUAUUGUCGUUUUACCGUUUGUUUUUCGGUGAAUUUUUGUUCUGUGUUCAGUGUUGGCCGAGCGGAUGAGGGUCUACACGUAUAAAACGGGCGACCGUAUAACGAGUCAAAUCCGUAAAAUCCGGUAAAUCGUUCCGGCGACGGGCGUUCUAUACGCGGGUCGGCUGCGGAGGAGCAGGGUGCGAUCAGUCGUCGCGAUAACGAGGCUGAACGAGGAGAACGAUACUGUCGAUAAUAUAUUAUACCGGGUGUAUAAUAUACGGUCAGUAUAAUCGGCGACGGGACCAGACGAAAAGAUCGAUUGUUUUUAUUUGUCAGCUUAUAUAUUUUUAUCGAUCGAAAACUGCAUAUAAUUUAUAUAUAUAUAUAUAUACGUUCGGUAAUAAACAACGCGUGUCGUAUGCGGAUGUGUCCGAAUAUAAUAUCCUCGCACGCGGAAACCAGUCGACGGAAUAUAACGACGACAACGUGGACCGUAAUAUUUCGGUGUAACCUCCAAAAUUUACCCCCGUGAUAUUUAACCGGAGGGUAAAAUUUCACUGCAGAGAAAUUAUACCCUCUCAAUAAAUUAGCUAAGGUAAAAUAUCAUGAGGGUUAAUAAUCACUAGUACACGAGAACGUAUAUGUAAAAAAAAGAGUCAGACAUAACUCCACUGUACGUAAGACGCUGAUACAAUAGGUACACCGUAGAGAAAUCGUGGGCAAAUCACAACAAACGAAGAACGAUAUUGAGUGGAUAGUUUAGUGGCUAACUGAGGAUUUAAUAAUAAUAAUAUUAAAUUCAUUUUUCCCCCUAGUUUAAACUAAGAUAAACCAUAAAUAAAAAAAAAAAUCCAUAAUUCAAGUAUGAGACCUCCGUAUAGAAAUAGCUGCGAGACGAGGUCAACUCUCCGACAAGGUUCAAAAUUUCAGAAGACUGCGUUUUAUUUAUAUAGAUUUCGUCUAAAAUCUAUGUCUUUAAAAUGUUUAGGAUAUCUAUUUCAGCUGAGAAUCUAGAAAAAUAUUUCGAAUAAAAUAGUUAUUACCACCGCUGUGGCCCAAAAAUCCGAAUAUUGUUUUAAGCCUUAAAGAUAUAGCCGGUUAUUAUGGUGUAAAAGUUUUUGAACAUUAUUAUUUAUACUUAAUGAAAAAUGUUUUUCGAGAAAUAAAACACAUUUUAAGAAACCUAAUAUAGUUCUACUAAGAAUCUAAAGUUCGCCUUAUUUGUAUUAUCAAUCUGUGUACAGGAUCAUGAAAAAAAACAGAUGUGAGCAAUAGGGCCACAAUUUUCCUCCAGCCAACUUGUACUCGUAACAAUAUUUCAGUUUUAUUUGAUUUUUUUUGUAUAAUUUAUCUAUUAUAGCUAUAAUUAAUAGAGACAAAUUACAUUUUAUUUUGUAGGGAUAUAUGAAACCCAGUAUUUCCUGUGAAACGAUGACAUUUGAGCAUUCAAAUAGUUGGUAAAGAAGUUGAAAUUGUAUACCUCCAAAAGCCAUAUCCUGAAUACUUACACCAUGCAUACACAAAAUUUCAUUCCUUGACUUCAUUUGGGGAAUCUAUAGCAGUGUAAAAAUCUUUUUAAAAAAAAAACCUCCUUCCGCAAAAACAUGGUGAAAUUCAACCAAAAUUUGAUUACUCCAAUCCACCUAUAAAACAACUCUAAUUCCCGAGUUUGAGGUCAAUUGGUCCAAAAAGAGUAUCGAAGUGUCCAAAAAUGGAGGGGAAAAAAUAUAACAGUGUAUCUGCUGUAUUAUGAAUGCAGUGAAAAAAAACCCGCACAUAAAUCGACAACUACGUAUGUAUGCUUAUACGAUUAUCGCUUUUUCCCAAAACGUUUAUAAAAUAAUAAAUAUUAUAAGAAGGAUAAACUCGUUUUAGCCACGAUAUAUCGCGCGCGCGUAUAUGCUGUUCUCGACCAUUUCGGAGGAAUUUAAAAAUAUAUUAUUGAUUUGUUAUAGAUAGAGAAAAAAAACCGAAAACAAACGCGUCCCCCCCGCCCUCGUAGACAUCGCGCCGCGAAAUUUAACGAUGCCGAUCGUAAAGUCGUAUAAAACGCACGUUUCCGUGUACACCACCACAACAGAAAAUUCGACGCUCCACUCAAUAAUAGUCACUAUACCUACCUUUAACAAAUUACUUCGAAAGGCGAGAAAUACUUGGAAUUCUGUAGAAUAUAAUACUAACACACGAGUACUGGACGAGCCAAACAAUUCUAAAAAUGCGCUGUCGAACUGUACGGAUACUCUACACGAAUUAAGUAAUAAUUAUCGAAAGGCUAGUUGAUGGAUUUUCCACUGUUGUGGUGGGAAAGUUGGGAUGGUAGGAAACAUAGAGCUAUUUUAUUUAUACACAACGAUAAACUUUUGCUAAUGAAAAACGAUUCUAAGCCGAGCUUGAUUAAGCAAUUCUUUAAAAAAAAUUACAUUAAAAACAUAUAUUAAGUCACAAAUUGUAAGUAUAAAACAAAAGUGUCCACGAAUUACUCCCUCUAUAUCACCACCGCACCCACACAAGUAACCACCGCCACUGCUGGUGUUAUACACUGCUACCCUCUACACUAUUUUUUUUUGCAUAAUAUUAAUAUUUAAUAAACAUUUAAUUAUAUCUUUAGUUUAAAAAACCAAUAUUGACAUUUUAUAAUUACAAACUAUUCAAUCGUUGUUCCCAUAACAGAAUAAAAACUGUUUGAAUGUUUUUUUUUCAUUGCCGAAUAAAAACUAUUCAGAUAUCAAAUAUCGAAUAAUUCUGUUAUAAUAAUGAUUAUAAAUAAUAAUAAUGUUAACUAUUUGAUUUAACCCCACAGAAACAACAUACCUAUACAACUGGAGUAUUUUUUUUUUACUCGCAAACCAUAUAUGAUAUGAGUAGUGCAGUCUUAAUAACAACUUUAAUAUUAUAAAAUGAUAUACAUAUUAUUUUAUCUAAACAACUAAAUAGGAAUCAAAACAAAUAUCUAAACCACAUAAACACUGCUAUAUUAUCGUCCAACGUUAUAAAAUAUCCAGGAAUAUUCAAUUUGAGGGGAAAAAAUAAUAAUCAUGGUUCAUGAAUGAAUCGUAUAAUAUAUUUUAUUAUAAUUUAUACAUAACCCAAUGAGAAUUUAAAAGAAGGAUACAAAAAAAAAGUCUAUUCAAUAAAUCAUCCGUUUUACCUUGAAACAUUGCUAAAAUAUAUAACUUAUACAAUUAUUAAAUAAAUACUCAUAGUUGUUGUAAUUUUAAGCCAAUAGGGGGAAUAUAAACACAAAAAUCCACUCCUGCGCACCCAAAGGAUUGUACGCUAUAUGGAAUAAUGUCAACAAUAAUAAUAUUCAACACAACUAAACACGUAUAAUAAUAAUAAUAUAUAUAUAAAAAAACAUCUCUCGAAGAAAUGUGUUAUGAUAAUCUUGUUCUCAGUAUAAUACAAAUUGUUAACGACACGACUUGAAAAAAAACUGCUACAGAAUAACACUUGAAAUGAAGUAGCUGGUAUGUACAAUAAAGCGACAUAUACGAAUAAUACUAAUGAGUACAAUAAUACAUUUCUUAAAGUAUGAAAUACCUAGGCACUCUUAUUUUUUAAAAAAAGUCAUAUUAAAUUAAUUGUGUAUUAUGCUCUAACAUAAUAACAUAUUAUUUUUUAGUGAUGAAGUUAUUUCAGCUCACAUUUGGAAUACGACAAAUAAGAAUAAAAUAAAAAGAAUAGAGAGAAAGAGAGAGAGAGAAAGAAAAAUAGAGGAAUAGAUACUUAAAGUCCGCAUUUUUACGGAUCGUAAAAAACAAAAAUAAUAACACAAAUAAAUAAGAACAUUCAUGUUAAAAAUUUCGCGAUAAUAUGUAUAUAAGCAACGGUUAUUCUUAAUUAUUCUGACAUAAAUGGUCACGUCCAAUUAAUGAAUAAAUUUGUAACGUGUCAGAUAAAAUUAAUUUUCUUGUUUUUUGUUUUAACGUUUGUUUUAUUAUUGUAUCGACCUACCCCAUCUAUACAUUAUAAACGCAGGAAAAAAUAUAAUUCAAGGAGAUUUGUAUUAAAUUUAAAAAAAAAAUUGUUUGUACAUAAUUAUAUUACUAUAUAGAAUAAAACUAUAAUAUUGUAAAAUUGUUUUCAAAUUAAAAAAAUAGUACAGAUUAUGUGGUAUAAAUAUUCACAAAUGCAGUAUAAAUUAAUAUUUCUAGACACAUAAAUGAAAUAGUGAAACAAUAUUAAUACAGCAAGUUUAUAUGUAUUAUUACUCAAUAAUAAUAUUAGCACCUAUUUAGAUAUUUAUUAGGAAAUUUAAAAAAAAUAUACUUCAGUAGAUUUAAAAAUAUAGAACUUUCAGUUCUGUUAAACACUUAAAGGUUUUGUUAAAUUGAAAUUAAUUUUUUAAUAUUAAAUAGCUAAAACAGACUUUUUUUUUUCAGGGGAAGAUCGGGCAGCUAGUAUAUUAUAUAAAUAUUGUACACAUUUUGAAUAAAUUAUCUAAUUCGAUCAAUUAAUAAAUGAUAAACUAUUUAAAGUAUAAUUUAUGUAUAAAUGGAAAUAAAAACCUCCAAUUGAAGAUGUCCACAUAAUAUUAUAGAAAUUUAAUAAAUAUUGAAUUUUAUCCGCUAUGUGUAUUUCUACAGCAGUUAAAAUUCCGUGCGUUUCUCUGACAUCUAAUUCGUGAAAAGAUUGUUUUUUUUUGUUACUAAGUGGACGCGACGUAUUAUUAUCGCGAUAAAUGUAUAAUAUUUAUAAGUAUAAGCAAGACGAUUAUGCAAUUUUAAUUUAAAAUGUAUACGAGUUUUGUAUAAUAUUGAGAACAAAAUAUUUAAUAUCGAAUUCAUUCUGCAAGUCGGACGUGGGACGUUCUAUAAACAAUAUUGUGUAUGAUGUAAAAAGAAUCGAAAUAACGCCGUAGCCUUUCGAUCAAUGUACAGUAUAAUGUAUACAGUCAAUUUGUGUGAGCAUAACAUUCCGGAUAAAUGCGUAAUACUCUCUCUCUCUCUCUCUCUCUCUCUCUUUCUAUAUAAUGGCGUACGCAGGAUUUUUCAAUGGGGAGGGGGCUUGAAAAUUUAUAAUUAAUCAGUUGUUUCGUCACAAACUUAAAAAAUAAUGUAAAGCAGUAGAUGCAUUCUUAGUUCCGAUUGAUAAUAAACUUAAAAUAUACACAAAAAAAAUGAAAAAAAAAACUUUUAGCUGGUAAAAAUAAAAAUAUUGGGCAGUAAAACACAAUUUUUAAACUAGUAGAGUAUUAAAAAAGCCAGAGAUCAACCAAAAUUAAAAUUUUGUGAAUUGUGAAUUGCAUUAUUUACCAUUUUUAUUUUCAAAUUAAAAAUCGAACAAAAUUCUAUAUUUUUACAGUCAUAAUGAACACUUAAACAGUUAUUUUUAAUGUGCAAAACUAUGAGAUACGUUUUAUACGAAUACAAUGAUGAAAAACCUAAGUAUACAAAAUUAUAUUCCUUUGACACACGAGUGAAAUAAAUAAAAAUAAAAUUAUCUACAUAAAUGUUUUUCAUUAAUUAAUUAAUUAAAGGUCAUAUUAUUAUUAUCUACAAUAUCCGAGGGCUAACUUAACAAUGCGUUAAUUGUUGCCUGUUGGUAACAUCAGUUUAUUAAGUUCAAUAUUGUAAUCAUAGAUAGUAUCUAAGGAUGUGUGGCAGUCCGCGUAUGCACGAUAACGCCAACCGGCAAAAUUAUAAUAAUAACAAAACUAUUGUUUAUAACGAGAAUCACCACAGUUAGAAAACAAUAAUACACUUAAAAACUUAAUAAUAUCUUAUUCUGUGAUAAUAUAGUAGUAUGAUAUUGGUGUUUAAAUUAAAUUAUUUAUUUACAAAAAUUAUGUGUUUUAUGAAAAAGAGUCCUUAGUUACUAGUUAUCGUUACAUAAAACUACAGAGAAAUCAAAAAAGGCUUUCUUAAUCACGAACUAGAUUAAUAAUUCAACAAAGAAGUCUUCCGUUCUUUUUCUAUUAGUGCAAUAUCUAUGGUAGAAAACAUAAGCUGUAAUAAUUUUAAAUAAUGAAAUCGUUGCACCGUAAUUUGAAAAUUUUUUUUUUUGUAUCUGUAAACAACUUUUAUGACAGAGUAUACAUUAUAGCGCCUUUUCUGAAAUUUUCCUUCGUUGCUGCGUUGAGAAGGGCAUUUUUGAUUUUCUAAGGUGUUUUCAUAAUAAAUGGGAAAAACCAGAAAAAAACGUAGGAAAAACGGGAUAAUUUACGGAAUGUAUUACUUUCAAAUCGUGUUUAUUACGGCCUUUUAAAACACUUACAACCGAACUCCGUUCAGAAUCAUGUUUCGUUAUCAAUGAUUAAUCAUUACGUACAGAUAUACAUUAAAUUUCCUCUCUAAUUUUCCAAGUUCUCACAUACAACAGUGACCCACCCAUCGUGCGAAGUAUAUCGGUAUAUUUCUUAAAGUUUGAAAUUGUAAUAACAUUUCAGACAACAAUUAGUAAAUCUAUUUGUUAAACUUUCAGAUGUAAAAUCUGACCUAUAAUAUACAGGCCCAUAAUUUACUAUUUUGAGCGUUCUAACAACAAUCGAUCUUACAAUAAGAAUGAUGCAUAUAUCAUAAUAUGCAUAUAUUAUAUGGUGCAAUAACGAAUCAGUAAGUCCAUUAGUCGUUACAGAACGAUUAUGCAAUCCUUUACGUCCAACGCCCUUAUAGAUGCAUUAUUUAAAAUAACUAGUCAAGAAUAUAUACAGGCUGUCCCACGAAGAUAUACCUCUUGAAUACCUUCGGAGAUAAUAUAAAUAAUCAAAUUCUAUUUUUUUUUCUACAUUACUCACAUGAAUGAGGACUACAAAUAUUUUUAUUUGAAUUAAAUUUUUUUUAUUGUUGAAAAAAUAAUUUUUUUUUUUUUAUUAUUUUCGGAAAAUGUUAAGAUAGCCAUUCGGUAUAAUUUAUUUGUCUGAUAACCAAUGUUAUCUUGGGAAUAGCCUAACUGUGUUACACGAUGACAGGUUUUCACACCGAUUGGAAUAAUUUAAAACGGCUGUUAGUUAGAAAAUAUUUAUCGGAUAUAAAUGUGUGAUACAAUAAAAUUUUCAGACAAAUAAAUUCUAUCGAAUGGCUAACUUAAAAUUUUCCGAAAAUAAUAAAAUAAAAAGUUAUUUUUUUAAUAAAAAAAAAAAAAAUUAAUUCAAAUAUUUGUAGUCCUCACCCCUAUGAGUAAUGUAAAAUAAAAACAGAAUUUGAUUAUCUUCAUUAUCUCCGGAGAUAUUCAAAGGGUAUAUCUUCGUAGGACAGCCUGUAUAUCUGCAAUAAUUCCUAUGAAAAACAGUCAGAGUCAACAUAUAAAUUAUAGCCAUUUUCAAAAAUAUCUAAAUAUUAUCAACAUUGAAGACAGCAUAUAUAUAUAUAUAUAUAUAUAUAUAUAUAUAUACACUCAAUACACUCACUAUACAUACAUAUUCAUAUAGAGGGUUAAAUAAACUUCAUGAGUUAAACAAACGGUCCAUAAAUAUUUAAAUUCCGUUCAAUAUUAUUAGGGAAAGGAAUUUUAUAUGUUUACAUGUUUACACUGAAGAGUACAGCUAGCUGUAUACUAUAUAUAAUAAUAUUAUAUAAGUAGAUACGUUAUGGAUUAUUACAUUAUUGUAGUGUUUAAAAUGUAGUAAGUUCUUUAUCCUAUCAUAUUGGAUUAAUUCCAUUAAACGAUAUAUUUAUUACUUCAAAUUUAAUAAAUAUAUAAAUUAUUUAUUUAAAAGGGUACAUAUUAUGAGUAAUCCCCUAUAUUUAAUAAUAAUUUUAUAUAGUUAAACGGAAGCAUAUUUUGUUGCGUUAUUAAAAAUCGUAUGGAUUAGAUGUAAUACAUAAUGUUUAGUGUACAUAAUAAAUCAUAACAUCGUUAGGUAUUCGAUUUAUUCGGUUUUGCGAAUACAAUAUAUUUUAUUUAUACGAAAAAGAUAAAUAUUCCAAAUUGUUCAGUGUAUACAGUGGCGUACCCAGAAAGGGACUAAUGAGGCUUCAGCUCCCCUCCCCUGUUGGCCGUGUUAAAGUUUAAACAAAUAAUAUAAACUAUUCAACAGCGAAAACUUAUUUCUAAUAAAAUAAUAAUCAUUGUACACAGGAGCGUAGUGGCCAUAUAAUUUACUAUCCUAAAAGACCAGUUAUCAACUUUAGAGGGCCAUAAAGCGUUUGCGCAUUGUUUGUUUACCUGUACCAAAUUAUCGUACAUCAUAUGCGCAUCAAUAUACCGAACAAUAGAAGAGUGUAAAAUAAUAUAUGGACACAAUUUUUUGUUAAAUAAGCAUUUAAAGUUCAAUUUUUGACAAAAUUUAUAAAAAUUUCCACAUUUUAUGUAUAAUUAUUCUAUAGUUAAAAAUUUAAGAUUUAAUUAAGCUAUUAUAUAUUUGAUUAUUUGAGUAAAAAAUAAUUAAAAAUAACUUGUGUUCAUUUGAAUUAGGCAAAUUAUAGUCAUAGUUAAAAUAUAAAAUAAAUACAUAAUAUAGUUUCAGUAAAAAUGAAUUGAUAAUAUGUUAAUAAAUAAAUAUGUAAAUUAAUUAAUCACUGAAAAUAAUAUUAUGUAGCAAUGCUUGGUAUAUUGUAAUGCCCCAUUAUUUUUAAAAAAUGAAAACUAACUAAGUCAUCUACACAAUUACGGUAUUACGGUACAUAAUCUAUAUUUUAAAACAGAAAUAUCUAUACAAUAUUUGAAAAUUGAAUAGUAAAUUUAGAGAUGUGUGAAUUUUAAGCUUAGUUAAGUUAAGUUAAAUUAACUUAAGUUUUUAGGUAAAUACACUUUUUUUCAGUCCUAUUGCUAAAUAAUAUUGAUGCACAAACGAUGUAUAACACAAAAAUCGAACGAUGCGCAACUGUCUCACGAAAAAGGUCAAAAUUAACAAUAGUGAUGAGAUGGGUCCUGUUUUUGUUUAGUCGGUGUAUCGAAGAGGUAAUUUUUUUCGAUUUUAUGUCAGCUGUUGUAAUUUGAUGAAAAAUAAUCAUAGAGACAUGUCAUUUUUACUGAAAACCUACUUAUAGUAGCAUUUUUUAGGCAUGGAAAAAUUGUUUAAAUAUUCUGGAAUUUUUUUCAUUAUUAAUAACUGUUUAACAUUUUUAAAAAUUUAUUUGAUUUUAUGUGGAUAAAAUGUCGUUGGUUCAUACAAAGACUAAAAAAUCCAGGACGAGGUUCAUCAUAAGUUCUACUUAGCGGUAAAACAAAAAGUUAAGCGUUAUUUAGUAAUUUAUUUUUACAUGCAUUUUAAAUUUAAAUUUAUAAUAAAAUGCAUAGGAAAAAAAAACAAAUAAUUGUAAUUUAUUUUGUAGUUACAAAUAUUAAUAAAACCGACAAGAGUCAACUUAACAAGAGCUGCCGUAAUCUUUGGAACAAUGGGCCAGAUAUUACCCAAUUCAUCUCACUGAUUGCAUAAUUGCACUAACUGCUCAACUAAGAAUUCUCUUUUAGAAUUUUCUUUUAAAAAAAAGAAUUAUUAUAAAAAAUGUAAACAUAUAUUACUUGAAUUAUCAUACAUAAAAAGUAGGUUGCGGAUUAUAAUGCAAAUUGUAUUUUUUUCUGAAUGUCUUAAACUAAUGUUUUCCAAGCACGAAUUUUGUUUUAGAUAUCAAAAAAUUAAAAUAUGAAACUUUUUUUUAUAUUUUAAAAACAUUUUUUAACAUGUUAACUUUUAAGUGCAUUUUUAGGUUUUUUAGGUUUUUAUUAAUUUAUAAUGAACCUCCUGUUUAAUUGUCAAGCAUUUCUAUUUGGUCUAACAAUUUUAUCCACAGAGUACCUACCGAAUUAAUAUUACGUAAAAAAACUCGCAAAAUUACAAUGUCUUUAUAAAUGGUUUAAAAAUGGCUUAAAUGAUUUUAACAUUUCACCACAUCUAUAACAGGUAAAUAUAAAGUUUCUGUCUAAAUGUCAAGUCUCUACGAAUAUUGUUCACUGAAUUAUAGCAAAAAAACAAAAUUGAAAAUAAUAAAAGUCAUUUUUUCGUGAAGUAUCACAUCUUCUCUAUGUUUUUUCGCUUGAAAAAUCAAAAAAUUACUUUCUUUAAUUAUCGCCCGGGUCAAAUUUUCUUUUGGAAAAAAAAGUGCUACACUUGAAAAUCGGAGUAAAAUUUCUAGUAGAAAAGUUGUUCAUAGAAAAAAAAUAAAUAUAAACAUCUAUAACCAAUACAUUCCUCGUUCAACUCAGUAUCGAAAAACGGAGGACUAUCAAAUGGUUGACUGAGUGUAGGUAUAAUUUGUUUUUAUUUUUUAUAAUUUGAUCGCAAUAUUGGCACAAUUAGAAUGUUCAAAAAAUUCGUAAACUCUCGUUAUUAACUCGAAGGGCUACACGACUUUCUAAAUGUCGUCUAUGCCAUUUUUCAGGCGUUUGUUGAAAUCUAUCGAUCAUCAAUUACAUUUUAAAACCGUAUACGAUAUCACAUUUAAAAUUAAACGGAGAUCGAAUACAGAAAUGAUUUUAAAGAGAAUAUGAUACUUUUCAUUUUCUCAUUGGACGGUUUAGAUAAUGUUCAAUAUGUUAUAUUAUAUACCACAAUUUCCGUGCACCCUAAUUGCCUUUUUCUGAAUUUGAAAAUAUUAUUUGUACUUGUAUUGGCUUUACGCCAGAACUAUAAAAGAAACGUCAAGAAGGACGAUCAUUUUUGAAACUCACAUACUUUAAGGAAUGUAUUUAAGUUGCUAUUUUACUUACUAUACACUCAGUAUGGUUUAUUACGAAAAUAUUAUCAUGAUUUUGUUAGUAUACGAGUAUAUUAGACUCAAGAAAUAUUUGCUAUUUUCUAUUUUAUUAAUCUGUAUUUGUAAAAUAAUAACAAUUAUUUGUCUAGUCUAAAACCAUUUUUGAAGAGAAUAACCAUUUUUACAAUUCUAUGCUAUUUGAUUUAGUAUCAUAGUAUGUAUUACAAGGUUUUUACACAUUUUGCAUUCAAGGGAACAUGAUCUGUUUUUUCCUAAAAACAUGCUUUAUGGGGUUAACACUCCUGCCUCGUAGAGUGGUCUAAUUUCGAACAAUUUUUCUAUUUAUUUAUUUUUGGAUACAUAACUAUACUUAUACAGGGUUUAGACUAAGAUUUUGAAAAAUUAUAAUUCCAAACUCUUUAAUUAAAGUUUAAAAUAAUUUCAUUUUACUUUUUUCUGUUUUUUUUUUUUUUUGUGGUUUUUAGUUAUAUACUCAAAAAUUGAAUGCACCUGUAAAAAUUUGUCCUUGGGAAAUUAGACGUUUUUACUAGGCAGGAGAAUUAACCCUGUAAAAAAAAAAAACAGACCCCUUAACAUAAAAAUGCAAACUGAUUGAAUUUUUUGUUAAGAAUUAUUAAAACUUUUUUAAAUAUAUAAAUGUUAACAAUUUGUUAAAAACCACGAUCAGGACGAUUUUUUGAUGAGAAAACCCGAACAAAAAGCGAGUGUAUACAGUUUCAGUUUGUACUUAAUUGUUCCGCUGUCGUCGCUUCUUAUACGUGUCGUAUGGACCAAAAAAUAUUUUUCUAGGUUAAUGCGAAUUGGAGUAAAUAAAUCAUUUCGAACGAAUCUCGCGAUCAUGAGCACGUCUACUAUUGUAUUCGUGUUCAUCACGCGGUACAUCAAAAUGACGAAAAUAUAUUUAGAAUACGCGCUUUUCGUCAUCAUCGCACGCCUAUGGAAACAUAAUAUAUUAGCUACAGAAGAAUAAAGUAAAUUUCAAGUGCCGUCGUCGUCACUCGUCAGUUGUAUUUCACGGUUUUAACAUAAACGUUAAUACGCUUACAAAAUAUGUUUACCUAGUUAUAUAUCACCUUUAUAUUUUCAAAACAAUAAUCAGUAUCGAUAUUAUAUUAUAUACGCAAGAAAAUAUCCAUAUCAAAAUUCAUAUACUGUCAUUAAGCGUCUUUACAUAACCUAUUCGAGUUCAGCCCGAGCCGAAACGUAAUCUAGUUGGUUUUCGGAGUUAUACGAAAAAUGAUCUACAUGUUGGGUCCAAAUCUGAUACAACUCCGAGAAAUUUAGUUUCCUAAGUCUAAACGUAGAAACUACUAAAUCGAUGAAAAGCCACGACGGGGUUGCGUAAUUUUACAUCGCAUAGACCGAAGUCUGUUCGGGACUGUAAAUUCGCUACCAGUCCCCUCCCCUCCAGACAAAAAAAAAUUUAUUGUGUUUUUCGUGUUUUAAUAACUGCAGUUUGUAAAGAAAAAUCCUUCGGUACCCGAAAUAUAUAGCAGUGGAAAUAAUUUUAAAGUCUAGCACAAUGUAUGUCGAUUUUUUUUUUUUUUUUUGAUUUUUCUACUAAACUAUAAUAUGUUACAUGUACGUAAUGAAGAACCGGAACGAUAUACGAGAAUUAUUACAUUUAAUAAAAUAUAAAUUAUAAUAAGUACACAAUAAAAUAAUUACACGUCUCCGGAGUGCGAUUUGAAUCUUCUUCCGUAUAUUUUAUUAUAGAGGAAGAAUAGUAUAUAACAAAGUUGCGCUGUAUCUGGCAUUCGGCCGAUUUAUACCGCGAGAACCGUACAAUUUCAUCGUCAUUUAUAUCGACUACUAUAAUAUAGUACUCGUGUUAUGUAAUCUCGUUGCAGAAUAACGGUCCCGUUUAAUAUUUUAUUGCCGUGGAAAUAAAAGAAAAUUGAGACCGUUAAAGAUACAUAUUGCACUGUACGAAGUAGGUAGAUAACAGUUUCGAGGGAAAUGAUUGCCAGCUGUAUAUUAUUAUAAUAGCUGCAGCAGGGUGCAUUGCGAUUUCACAGAAUCUACCGUCAUUUUAAUAAUAGGCACCUGCCUACGCGAUUGCACAUUUUCGUUGACGGGCCAAAAUAUUUCGGUAAAGAAAUUAUUAUUUUUUUUUUUUUGUCAUAUCGUUCAUCUGUCUAUAGUAUGGUCGUCUUUAAAUUAUUCUAUUAUUCUUUAACCUUAGUAUAGCAUUGUCAGUGGCGUGCCCAGGAAUUUUUAUUACGAGGGGAUGUAACAAAUACAAAUCUUGAAUAAAGAGUAAAAUCGUCUUCUCUGCCCAACUCGAUUGUGGGAAUUGCUAAUUUAAAAACCAAAUACAAAAAAAGAGCCAAUUUCUAAUCAAAGCAUCAAGCUUUUCCUUAUAACUUGUCUAAAAUUCAUGUAUUUAAGAUAACUCAUAUUUUUUUGUAUUUAUAAGCCAAUGGGGAGGGAUAUAACCCCUGCGCACGCCGCUGAGCAUUGUCGUUCAAUAAAUAAUGAUUCUUUGAUCUGUUUUAGCGAAUACAAAUUAUAUGGUUUUUAUAAAAUAAAAUAAAAUAUAGUUCAUUAUCAUUAUGAUUACUGAAGUAUAGUAUUAUAUGAAUAUCUGGAUCAGAUAACAUUACAAUUAUAUCAAUAGUACAAAAAUAUAUUCUCGAAAGAUUAUUAUAAAACGAUAGAGCUUUAAACGACCGAUAUUACAUUUCUGCGAAUUAUGUUCCUAGCUGGGUUUUCACUUUCUUUUUUUUUAUAAUAACUUUUCGUUUAUUUUCACUGUCCCCGUGAAACGGUCCAUUUUAUUAAACUCGAGUUCAAAGACGAUAAUAUUGAGGUAUCCCGUAGCUAUUGAAAUUUUUUUUUUCGCAGCGAAGCAUAUAAUGGAGUUUCUAUACAGUAAAUUCUAUGGGACACUAUAUGUAUAGGUACAAUACAGCAGUAUACUGCAUUAUAGCAGAUCAAAAUAAAUAUAUAUUUUUUCCUUUGCAUGUAGUACAAAUGAUUGUAAGAUUUCAAUCGAAAAUAGUUUAAUGUCGAUAACAAUGUAAUAUAUUUAUGCAAUUUGGUAAUUUAAAUAAGAAAGAUAUCCAAAAACAGUUUAAAAAAAAAUAUGUUAUAAUGGUAAAACCUAGGUACUAGAAAAUGACAUGUAAUAUUAAUGAACCAACCGUAUAAUAGUCGGUCGUUAUACUUGCAAGUUUAGGCUACUAACCAUGAUUAAGUUUUUUAGAUUUCGAGUCGAGCAAGUAUAAGGACACAGAAAAGCCGAGAAAAACAUUUCUACUGCGUCAAAGUUUCCUUAUAGUCUCUUAAAUAAAAAAGUUAACGAUAAUUUAACAAAAAAUAAGUAUGCCUAAGAACCAGAGAUUAAACUAAUAAUCUAAAAAUACCUACUCAUUUACUAUAUUAUUAAGAAAUUUACCAUUUAUCAUCCAAAAUCAAUAAUAUAAUUUUUAAAUCAUUGUUUUUAUUUGUUGGCUUCAUAAUUAUUACAGGUUUGUUUUAUAUAAUGUAUUUGAUUAUGGCCGUUUAUAUCUUUGAUAAAACAAACUCUAAAAAUCGGAAUCUCCAGUAAUUACUCAAGAACUAUUUGAAUACAUUCAUCUUUCAGAUCGACAUUAUUUAUUUUCUCUACAAAAUAAUUAUUAAGAAAUACAUUAAUUAGAUUGAAAAUACUUAAUUAACGAAUAAAUAUUCAAAUACGAUAAGUCAAUAUACGGUUGAAAAAUAAAUAAAAUGGACGAUUUUUGUUUCCAUCAAAAAGUUUAUCAUAAGUUCCUUUGGGACUGCACCCGUAUAACUUCUUUAUGAAUAAUUUUCAAGAAACUUGACUAACCAAACUGGGAUGUUGAAUUAUGUUAUUUUUAUGAAUUUUGCAAUUUUCGAUUGCUUAUUAAUUUAAUUGGUUUCAUCGUGACUAAAUUACGAAAUUUCGUUUUACUUUCUUUCCUUUUUUUUUAGUAAUUUCUAUUUUUUAUUUAUCUUUUUUCUUUUUUUUAAUUUAAAAAUAUUUCAACUCCUUUUCUCUUUUAUAGUACACUAUGGAAAUUAAAUAUUUUUAAAUUAGUUUUAUAAAACUAAAAUAAUAUAUUCCAUUUUUUUUUCUUUUAUCAACAUUAUGCACUUAACGCUGCAAUAAUUUGUAUAAAAAUAAUUAUUAUUUAAAAUUAAACGGUCUGUGUAUAUAGGGUACCCUAAGUAUUAUCCGAAUGAUAAUAACUCUGUUAAUGUUCAUUUUUUUUUUUGUCAUCGUUUAAAAUCCGAUUGAUAAAAAAUUUGUUUUAAAAAAAUGUUAUUGGUAUUCGGAUUACAUUGCAUGUAUUGGCUAAUUUAUAUUUCUUGCUGAGCUCAGAAUCUAAUAAAACAAAUUACUAUUACUAUGUAGCAUAUUGUAUUUCUGUUAUUUUUUGGAAGAAAAAAAUUAAAUUAAACGCUUUAUUUAAACUAUAUAGUUAACAGUUUCUAAUGUUUUACAUAUUUAGUUUAAUUAUACUCAUAUGCAUAGGUACCGUUUCUGGUAAAUUAAUUCAAGCGUAUAUUUAUCUAUUUAUUCGUUCUCGUCGUUUUCGAACUAAUACUCGUUAAUAAUUAUUCCGACAUUAAAUCAACUAUGUAUAUAUUAUUGUGCUACCAACUGAUAUAGGUAGGUAAAACCAUUAAUUAUAAAUAAUAGUAUUAUUACUAUUAUUUAUAAUCAAUGGCAGAAUUAUUUGAGAAUAAAUAAAUUGAUAAAUUUAAUAGUAAUAAUAUUAUUGUUCAGGUGAGGUAUAAAACAGGAAAAAAUUAUUAGCAAAUCAAAACCAAAUUUAAAUUUGAAAUUACAAAUCCGUAAUAUGAUAAUAUGAUCGUCGAAGAUUUAAUAUUACUUAGUAUUAGUUAAGAGUAAUGCGGAUGAAUAUUAAAGGGUGUCUUCCAAAAUUCAGCGAUGUUCAACCUAAAUUCCAAAACACAACGGUUUGAUAAUAUUUUAUUGGUGCAUAUCUUAUUCCAAAUGUUUCCAACUAAAUUUCCAUAGAAUCCAAUAUUACCGAUUAUUCUGACCGACAUCCCGAUCAGUUCUUUUAUGUUCUUAUCACAGAUGUGAAAUAUAUAUAUGGUUCUUAUUCGCCGUGAUUUAAAUUUAUGCUCCAAGCAUAAGGUGCCUAUUAUACUUGAUAAUAAAGGGAAAAUAUUGCAACCAUCUGAUCGGGGACCCUUUUUCAAACUCAUACAAAUAGAAUCCGUUUAUGGAAACUGCACCUUUCACGCAGCUUUUCACAUAAUAAGAAAAAGUCGUAUUCUUAAAAAUAAUCCAUAGUCGAAUCAAUUAUAUUAAAUAAAAACUUUCACACGAUUACUUCGAAUCACUUCUAAGCAGGUGUAAAUAGUUUUUCGUAAACGAAUCCUUGGCAAGUCCAAUAUUAAAAGUACAGUGAAUGGCACAGUUAAAACUCGUGUUAGAAAAUAUAUAAUUUUUUAUUGCUACGCCAUAAUUUAUUAUAUUAUAUACUUAAAUAUAAUAUGAACAUACGGUCUUAAUAUAGUUAUUUUAUAUUUAUAAUAGGCCUAGGAUUUAUAUGCAAUAAAAAAUGAUAACAUUUAUAAACAUGCAAAAUAAAAAUGUUAUCAUUUUCAAUAGAAUAAUACGAAUCGUGAACAUUACUCACUAAAACAACAUUUGGACGUAGGAAAAAAAUAUACAGUUGCAUAUAAAUCCAAGGCCUGUUUAUAAAAUAUAUAAAAUGGAUAUAGGAACUUUCGCCGUUGUUCGUUUUGCUGACGGACCGAUUCGCCGCCGAACAUUUCAGGAACAUCUAAAAUUAUAGUCUAAAAAACCAACGGGGGCUAUUGAAUUAUUAACUAAACAAAUCGGUACGGUGCACCAAUGUACGCGAUGUGGCAGUGAAAUGGCGAAACAGACGACAGCACUAUGGUGGUCAGUUGCAGCGAUACGGACAAGAUAGAUAAUAUUUAAUUUGAUAUACCAUUCUACACAUCAGUACUUCAGAGCACAAACAGAAAAUCGCUGUACAUUGCACAAUAUUAAAUAUUGAUUGUACCUUUAUUAAUGUACAGUAAUUAUACUCGAUUUAGUGAUUGUUGAUUGAUAGUUUAGAUUUUGAGAUAAUACAAAUACAUUUUAAAAUAAAAUAUCACGCAAUAUUAACUUAAAAAUGGUCUUAUCCAUUAUUCAAAUCAAAUAUAUUGCGCCGUUGUCACAUUCGUUCAAUGAGGAUCAUGUUAAUGGGAGGGAGAGGGACAGUAUGAGCAUUUUCCCGAAGCGCCAUAGCUUUUUAAAACUAUGUGGCACCCGGUUCAAUAUAAAGCUCGGAAUAAAAUUAACAAUAUUAUUAUUAUAUUAAUUGUAAAUUGUUUUAUUUUAAAAUUCUUGGCUUAAAAUAAUAAUGCAAAUUGUUUGGUGACUACGUGGAAGUAAAAUGUUGAUAUUGAAUAUGAAUUUAAUAAAAUGGUAAAUAAAACAAAAAAUUAGGGAGAUUACCCCCCUCCCCCCGGUAAAGCUCUAAGAGGGGGCCAUUUAAAUAUUGGUUCCCCUGGGAGUCAAAUGGCUUUACACGGCUCUGCAUUCAAUGUAAUAAUAUUCACGUUUAGUGGAACGAAGAUUCGUUUAUUACGGAUAUGCGUAGUUUGAUUUUUAAAAUGUAAUUUUUCAUUCGUAUACGAAAAUAUAGAGAAUAGUGCAUAUACGAGUUCAAUUCGAAGAAGUUUAAGAAUGGGGCCCCAAAUCAUGUUCCAUUAUCCAACGCAAUCUAAAUAUUUUUGUGUCCAACAACGUUCCAACAGAUCGAUCGUUUAUUUGAAUUGUGUUAGACAAGGUAAGCUAAAUAUUUUUAUCAUAUAAUGAAGCUAACACGUUAUCAGCCAAAAUAAAAAUACUCUCGGACCGCUGGUUUUAACGCGUUUAUGUUAUUUUAAUAUUAUAAUUAAUUAGAAUAAUGUGUACCGGACUCGGGCUCGGUUAUAAGUCUAACCUAUAUCAUACCUAUAACCUACACUGGACCGUGAUUAAGUCGUUCGCAAAUUAAAAAACCGUCCGAAUUGUAUACGCCGCGGCGGGCUCGCGAGUACAUAAUUUUACGCGGGAGUUUUUAAUUAAAAGUUGUUAUUAAAUUUAAUCACGCCCGCCAGGGCAAAGAAAAUACCGCGGCGGCUAGAUAUUAUUAUUAUUAUGAAAUAUCUUAAAUUUCACCACGGCGGCUCUAAUAAUUCGGAAAUUAAAUCCGGCGUAAACUGCUCACUCGGAGGCAACGGUGGUGGCGUUACCGGGAACGGGAUCGCACACAAGAUAAAGAGAGCCUUUCCGUAACCUGCACUCCGUCUACCUAUCUACCCGUCCAGCCACCUAGAAGCCCACCAAACACUGUGUGCGCAGCUGUUUUAUCUGCCGAGAAAUGGAUGAGAACCGUGUAUAGAAUUACAUCGGCAAUAUCUGCCGGAUAAUAUACAUUACAGUUAUUACCGUAUCAAAGCUGGCCUGCAAUAUACGAUACCGUGAUAUUCCUCAAUUCCUUCACAAAACAAAUAGGUACUGGUAUUGAAAUCUGUGUGUGUACAAAUAGAAUUAUGGUAAAUAUCACAGACCUAAUUUUUAGUUGGGUGCGCAAUAUUCGAGGUGUAACUACAGUCGAUGUUUAGACUGUUCCUUGAGUGGCCCUGCAGAGUGAGACCGUAACGUAGAAAGAAAAAUGCAAAAGUUGGAGGAACAAACUUCUUAGAUAAAGAAAAACCGUGAAAGAAACGAUGGACAAAUGGGACAAGAUGUAGAAACAAUGAUGAUGGAAGCAUUGGUAAUUUAAAUUCUAAAAAAGAUGGAUAAAUUUCGCACGGGGGCUGAGCCAUUGUUGUAGGUGAGAAGUUAGGACAUAGGAAGAAUUUUAUUUCUAUCUGUACGCAACGAUAAACCAUUGCUAACGAAAAACGAGUAAAAACAAAUAUUCUUUUAUACGUGCACGUAAAUUUUCCCGUUUUCCCUACGAUUUUCCGGUUUUUCCCAAUCAUGGGAAAACCGCUUAGAAAUCAAAAAAUAACCUUUCUACCAACUAGAUAAAAUUUUCUUUCAGAAAAGGUGCUAUACUUGAUACACCGGAGCAAGAUUUCUGGUAUAAAAGUUGUUCACAGAAUAAUAAAUCGCUACGCUCCGAAUCUAAAAUAUGAGAAACAAAAUUCAUAAUAUUAUAUAAGUACUUAGGUUUAAGUACUUGAUUAUAUUUAUCACAUUUUGUAUUCAUCAUUGUAUUGGAUUUGAUACCUAUCCUAAAAUAUAUAGCCAUUAUAGGUUGUUAAAUAAUGUUUACUAAAUAUAUAUAAGUACCUAAUUUAAUUUUUAUAAAUUAUUCAGAACAUUAACACAUCACAUGGUAACAAAAUAAUAAAGGUUAAUUAUGAUACUACUCAACUACUAUGAUAGCUCUCGUUAUACUCGGGUUCUUAUUUUAAUAAGUAAGAUUUAUGAGAUAAUUUUGGCACGUUUCAUCAAUAUCACUAUUGUCAUCCAUUUCACUCAUCCUAAUCAUUUCAUACCGUGUUUUUAAACACCUUUUUACUCAUAUCAUUCGUCUCAUUUCAUUUACUGAUAUCACUUAUCUAGAACACCUAAAGGCUUAAAUGCAUGGUUUCAUCUUAUCUUAUCUUAUUUCGUCACUCUCACUCGUCAUAAAAGAGCCUCCCCCCCAGUCAAGACCGCGAACAUAUAAUGGCCUCAUUUGGUAGUCUUAUCGUUACCUAUAGAUAGAAAUGACGAAUUGGACGGUUAGAAUCCAGAACCCGGGACAAUUGGGAAACACUACUAACGGUAGGGUAUCGAAAUUAUAUUUUAACCAAUCGUAAGACAGUAAAAAUUUAGAAAACAAAACGAAAUUAUAUGUAUACAAUAACCAAUAGCAUUGUUCGAGUGUGCAGACGACUGCAAUAUAACACACGAUCGGGUAAAGUAUCACGAUUAUAUAAAAUAAUUAAUUGUACACCGCUAAUAAUUAGUAAUAUAUUAUGACACAGAGAGAUUUUCAAGCAUUUCAACCGCCCAAAAGUGAUUUCGAAGUCGAAUUAAUUAUUAUACGGUUGACCACCGCCUUUUAUACACCCGACAAAAAAUCUAUUAAUUCAAUUCAAUCGCUAUUCCUAUAGAAUACUCGAAGGAGCGAACGUAGGAUGCAAAAGUCACAUUGAUUUUAGUGUUGAAACGAAAAAAUCAAGACUCUGUUCAAAUGGAUUUGAAUACCUGUUUGAUAUACCUAUAAAUACAUAAAUACGGGUGAAUUAAAAAUUUUCAUUUUUACAGUGGUAUAGUGAGAAAUGGUUUUUUGGGUAAGCUUGAUGUGUUUGGAUGAGGAAGACUAAUCAACUAUUUUUGAUUUUAAAAAUUGGUUACUGAAAAAUAAUAAUUAGAAGUUUUGACUAAAUUAAACAUAAAAAUAUUACAAUAUUUAUAUUUACAUGCAUAAUAUCAGAACUUCGAUCAAUAACCAAUGAAUGCGUUCAGAUAAGCAAUUUUUAAAAAAAAACUUCUCGUCACUAAGGUACUUCUAAAAUGUAUUUUUUCGUUGCUUUAACAAUUAAUGAAACAUAUUAAUAACAUAUCACAGAUAUAUUGAACACUUAUUUUUGAAAAAAAAAUCGGAUAGCCUCUGGGAUUAGAUUUACCAUGCUUUUUUUUUCUGUCUGUAAUACAUUUUCCAAUCAGGCAUUUUGAUACAAACAUCGAGGAGUGUUUUCUGGUAGCAAAUGAGAGCCAGUAGGUGCACUUAAUGGAGUUAGUUUUUUUUUUAUUUUUCCUUUUCGUUUUCUAACGGUUUCAUUAUUUUUGACUUUGUUUAUUCGUUGAAAUUCGUUUGAAUUCUAGAGAUCUAACAUUUUUACAGAAUAUUAAGAAUAACUUUUUCUUUACGUACGUGGUCAAAUUUUAAAAAAAUGUUGGCGAUUCAUUUUUAUUACUAGUUGGCAAUUGACGAUUUCAAAUUUUGUUUUUAGUUUUUAGUUGCUUUAUGUGGAUACAAUUAUUUUAGCUAAGCCAAAAUGAAAUUUAACACACGUGAUUCAUUAUAAGUUGUAAUUUAAGGUACAGAAAAGUAGUGCCUUAUAAAGCAGUUUUUUUAUAAACGCUUUAAGUUCAAAUUUUGAGAAAAAUCUUAAAAAUCAUGACAUUUCAAAACGUGUUUAACCGAACUUUUUUUAAUUCAAUCAACACAGACACGUAAUACGAUACAGUUCGAGUAGAUUAUAUUUUAAAUAAAUCACGCGCGCACUUUAUAACUUAUCACUUGCUAGGUUUCGACAUUAUGCAUAUUAUAUAUUUACCGAAACCCUAUCAUCAUAUUAUUAUUAUUAUUAUAAGUAUUUGCAAAAUGAACUUCAAUGAAAAAAACGACCAUAUUGAUUUUUAAACUAAAAACUUUGUCAGUUAUAUAUUAGUAUUGUAUUAGUUUUCAAGAAAGUUUUUUAGUUUUAUUUUUUUUUUUUUUUAAUACGCUUGAAUUGUCAAAGUAUUUUCAUUUAUAAAACGUGUAUAAAGUUAGAUUAUGUAUAUUAUUUUAUAUACAUUGUACAGGGUGAUUCACUAACUCUGAGAAAAAAAACUUAUAUUCAGAAAGAUAAAAAAAAAAUUAUCUUUGUUUAGGUUAUUUUGAAAAAUCGUCAACGUUUCUUUUUACGCAUUCCGCCCCUUUAUAGAUAACGACUUUUAAUUUUAAAUCUUUAAUCGUAAUUUUUUUGAAAAAUUGAAUAUAUUAUAUAGGCACAUAAUAUUAGUAUUAUUUUUAAUUAAUUUUAAUUUAAUUAAUAAAGAAAUAUUUAAUGUAACAAAAAUGUGUGUUAUUUUGCAACCCUAUUUUUGAAUAAAAAACCGUACAUUUCAAAAAAAAAUAGUUAAAAAUUACUAUCUAGCCUUAUACCUUACUACCUAACUUAGUUACGCCUAUAGAAAGUAUCUUGACCGUAAAUAGAUGCUGAACCUGCAUUUGUUGAAUUUUGAGUAUGAAUAUGUAUUAUCUAAAUAUCUAUUAGCAUUAAUAUUAACAUAUACUCCUCAAACCGAGUUUAAAAUAAUCAUAAACCAAAAAUCUGAUAUAAGAUUAACGGUUUUUCCAUAAAAAAAAAUAAUAACAAUAUCAUUAAAGAUUGGAACUAGAGUUCUAUAGGGAAACCGUUUUGAAAUCAAAAGUUUAUACGAGAGAAAGAAAGAGAGCGAAUAACAUUUUAAAAACUACAUAAAAAGCAGCGUUUUAUAAUGCAGUUAAAUAAAAAUAAAAUCCAAUAUACUUUAAAUCUUCAUAAAUAAUUGACAUUUUAUAGCAAUUGAAUCGCGCUUUGUACGCUGCAGUAUAUAUUUAUACACAAUUCAUUUGAAUCACAAUUUACUAAGGAGCGCAAUAUUGACGAAGUCAGACUUUUCGUUUUACCUUUACACCAAGAAUGAUUUACUCGAAUUUAAAAAUCGUUUUCUCCCCGUUUUAUAUUAUAACAAAUGACAAUAUAUAACGCCGUUGCGAUUUAAUUAUUUUAGCUUCGGAGCAAUUAACAUGACCGAAGUGUGUUAUUAUUAUUAAAAGCAAUUUAUUUUAUUUUACCGGGUUCCCAGAUGCUUGAGUAUAAAUUUAUGGGACGGGAUUAAGAGAGGGAAAGUAAUUUUUCAUUGAAAUAAGAACAUCCAGUGUUUGGACUUUCUCUCCAAUUAAAUCCGAAAUUCAUUUAAGUCCCUAUAUAUUGUCUAUCAAAUACCGAACGAUAAACAUAAAACAUUGGUUGUUAUUAUAUGAGAUUGAUGAGUUAUUAUAAUCCUUGUUGUAAUAGUAGCCCGAAGUGUAUUAGCGUCCUCUAUAAAUCCACUGACACUCGAUGUUUUCUUCGGAAAUUGAGUUUUUAUGUACACAGAAUCGGUUACAACCCUACGUAAAACGGAUGGUUUUAACUGUUUUUGCGAAGGGAUAAAAAAAGGUAGACAUUUUAUUUUUGUAUUUAAAAAAACGAAUAGGAAACCAAUCUCAUUGGUACUGAAUAUUGUAUCUUUUAAUCUAUUUAUCUAUUUAAUAGUAUAUAAAAGAAGAAACUAUUAAAUGAGUGAGGAAAUUGACAAUUAACCGACACCCAAAUAACCAACACGACAUUGACCGAUAAUCAAAAUACCGACUCAAUUAUUAAAUAUUACGAAAAAUAAUUAUGAUGAAAAUGAUGGUUAAUGAAUAAUAUUUGUCAAAAUCAAAAUAAUUUUAUAAUAAAAAAUAAAAAAUAAUUAUGGCAUUAUUUUAUAAUAUUAUUCUCGGUAGGGACAAUUAUUAAACAUCACGCAAUUAUAUAGACUACUAUUACGUUAGAUUGUUGGAUAUAACAAUAUACCAAUACUUGAUGUAACGAUGUAUACUAUACCGUUUGAUACUUUUAAAAAAGGUUUUAUGACGACUAUAACCAUAAUAAUAUCAUUUUUUUUUUUUCAUAAUAUUUAAUAAUUGGGUUAGUAUUUUAGUUGUUAGUUAACUAUCUAUGUUGAUAUUUUGUUGAUUGAUCAACUGUAUUGUCAAUUGCCUGUGUCAAUCAAUUAUCCGUGGCGACCAAUAUUAUCCUAUUGGUUAAUUGCGUAGCAACACACAGCCCUCACCGCUAUGUCAACAAACUGGACAUUUUGCACAUAGGUCCCUAUAUAAUUUAAAAAUCAUCGCAACAUAUUUUCUGAUCAUCCAUGUAUCUAAUGCACCCACAAUUUAAUGUACGAUCAGAAAACGUUCAAAGUGCGGGUGUAAGGUUCACUACUUCUACCAUCUUCGCUCGCCAAUUUGAGUGUCUCUAUGCGGCCUUUUUUAUAACCUCGCCUACGGAGGAAAGAGGAAUAGCAGCUUACCUAACCUAAAACCAUAUCUGAUAGUACUUCAAGGAGAAUAGUGACCUAAAUGUAAACCUAAAAUGUACUACGAGACCGGGCCUUUUAGUCGUCGAAAAGCCAUUCGGAUGCAAGAAAAAUACAAAACAUGUGAUGGCUUUGAACUUGAUAACCUCUGAAUUAUUCACCACAUUAUCCCAUUAGGACACAAUAAGAUUAUAAGUUGACUUGUAUGAUAAGACACUCUACUUAAAAAUGGGAGGAUGGAAUAAAGAACCCAUGACACGUUCAAACAUUCAAAAUCACAUCAAUUAGUUGACGGAAAUUAAAAAAUUUAACACCAAAACGUCAUCUAUUUAUGGGAUUUCGAGUAUAGGUUACUAUUUGAAAAUCAGAAGUAAUCGGUAUUUUCAACCCCAAAAAAUAAGGCUGAAAAUAAAACCGGCAAAGUAACAUUUUAGAGUUUGUUUCUUAAAUUUAAAAAGAAAAAGAAACGAAUAUACUUCACACGAUGGGUGAAUUGUUGUUGUAGGUGAGAAGUUGAAAAAUUAGAAAGGAAAUUUAAUAUAUAUCUGUAGAUACGUAAUAUGAUUACUAACGAAAAACAAUUCUGAGUGGAGUUCGGUUAUACAUGUUUUAAAAAUCCAUUAAAUUUAAAAUUUGAAAAUAAUACAUUUCGUAAAUUUUCCCGUUUUCCCACAUUUUUUCCCGGUUUUUCCAAUGUAUUAUGAAAACCCCUGGAAAAAUUACCUCCUUAAAAUAUCACCCAUCAACUUUUGUCAGAAAUAAUGGUACACAUGAAAAUCGGAGCAAAAUUAUUCACAGAUAAAAAAAGUAAAAAAUAAUAAACAUCAUUGUAAAACCAAUACAUUCCUCACUUCCGCUCAGAAUCUAAAACAAACUUCGAAAAAAGUUAACACUUUCCGAGUUAAAGAAUUUAUUACGUUAUAUUAAUCACCCAGUAUAAAGUACCUUUAUAUUUACUAUUGCCAACAAUUUACAGCUGAUCGGACGAAUUCGGGAUAAAAGUUAAAAUCAAUAUAGAUAGUAGUUGUAGGUGCUUAUAUUAUUAUAGUACUAUAGAAAGAUACGAAAUAAAACUACAAAAACUACACGAACAACGGAAUAUUAUUAUUAUGAAACUUAUAAUACAAAAUUAAGAAACUUAUCAAAGUUCAAAAGUCCAAUGUACAUUGUAAGUUGCAGGUGUACGACGAGUUUCGUUUAAUAUUCAUUCGGUUCAUGAAUUAUAUAUAAGAAAAUCAAUUGUGUGGGAAACAUAAUGGAUUUUAUUUUCUCUUUUUUUUUCUUUUGGUAUCUUUUGCGAAACUUGUUCUAAGCACCAUGGACACAUUUUUACACUGUCAACCGACACGCUAUUUUUGUCCAUCAUCCGACAUCCCGGGGGUCUAAUAUACGAAAAACAGAACAUUGUAGUUGACAAAGUAAACCUACCAACCUAUUUUCCAGACAACAAACUAGCGUACAAUAUCAGUGAUACGGUUAUAAAACCGUUAGUUUUGAUGGUGUGUUCUCUCUCAGGGCAUAUUUAACACGACUAGAAACGAUGCCUGUAGUUUUGAAGAAUCCUUUUUAUAACACGUGCCAUUGCCUACGUAGGUAGUUUAUCCUUACAAAUUAUUCUACAGCACCGCGAUUAUGAUGGAUGAAUACACAGGUGGUGUAAAUAAAAUAGGGGGGGAUAUUAAGAUUCAAGACGUUUUCCCCAUUUCUCGCUAUCGCAGUCACGAACCUCUCAUAUUUGAUGUCUACUGAAUAAAUUGUGAAUGCAAGGUAUAUAUGAUUACGAAAUAUAAUAAUAAUAACGAUUCUAAGUGGAUUUUUUUUUUUUAAAGAAUGUAAAAAUGAUUUGAAUUCACACAUUGGUAUGGGGCAAAUACUUGUAACGAAGUUGAUUUUGGAUUUUUAACACGGAGACGAGAUAAAAUGAAUUUCGUUAACAUUUAUUAAAAUAUCAAAUAAAAUACAAAGUUACACUUAUAUAUUGUAAAAUAAAAAUUAUAAUUGCCGCUUCUGACCUUUUUCGGUACUCUGGAAAGUUUAGAAUAAAACAAUACAUGGGGAAUUGAUAUAGACAACAUAUAUUACAUGACCUAUUAUUGCCUAUCUGCCAUAAUCCAGGAGUUUGAAGUACCGUGGUUUAGGCGUCGACUUGCUACCGAAGGUGCUGCUCCGCUAAGCGUGGCGACGUCGAAGGAGAGAGGUCGGCUGCGAUACGAUUGCAUGCGGUCCUUAUCGGUGGUACCUUUUUAAGCUGCGCGCAACAUAUUUUUACUUCUAUGCAACGUUGCCAAAUAUGUAGGUGCUCGGUAAAUUGGAUUUUAUCCAUCGGACUUAUUAUUUCUAAUACUAGACAAAAAUACGAAAUUAUCAUCACUUAUCUGGAAUUAUUAUUUUUACGGUAAAUUCCUAAAUAAGUACGUACAUACUAUUAUACUAUAAUAUAGUAUAUACCACUUCUAUAAGACCUACUCUAAAAUUGUUAGUAGUGAAUGGGCACAAAUUACGAUACAUCAGACAGCGGGUUGAUGGAUACCUACGUCAGAUAGAAGUGCUGUAAAAAACAGUGUACGUCCACAGUAUAAAUGACAACUGAUAAUUCCAUUUUAGAAAAUGCUCGUGAGCAUAACCACCCUGUAGAUUCAAUAAAAAAAUAGAGCUGAUACUAGGGAUGGGAGUGGCCACUAUUGUAAAUGAGAAGUUGGGAAGAUAGGACACAUAAGGUUAUUUCAUUUAUAUCUGUAAGCAAUGAUAAACAUUACUUGACGAAAGACAAUUCCGAGCGCAGUUCGCUAAUACAUAAUUUGAAGUGCCGUAAUUUUUUUUUUUUGCGAUUUUCGUUUAAAUUUGAUUUCAAAAUGCUUAUUAAAAAAAAAAAAAAAGUCCAAUGAUUUUGGAAAUUUUACCACGUCUAGGUAAGUCCAAUAUAAGUAUUAUUACCAAGUUUCAAGUCUGUACGUGUAUUUAUAACCGAAUUGCAGCAAAAAAACUCCCAAAAGUUAAAAUUCCUGAAAUGCUCAAAAGUGGCUCAAAAGUUUUAGCCAUGAUACCGUAAGAAAAUAAAUCAAAAAUGCAACAAAAAAGGAGUCUUGUGAUUUUUCGAUUAAAUCAUUUUUUUCAGGUAAAAAACCGUCGCCCGUGUUUUUAUAAAAUAAUUAAAUCGUGAAACUGUACAUUUUCCUACGUUUUUUUUUCCUAUUAAGUGUUUUUUUUUAAAAAAACGGCAUCAAAAAUCAAAAAUUGACUUCACUAAAGUGUCAUCUAGACAACUUCAGCUUUCAGAAAAAUUGCUACACGUAAAAGCCGGAGCAAGUUUACUAAAAAAAAACGUGUCCACAGACUAGAACAAAGAAAAUAAAUAAACAUCCUAUUAAAACUAAUAGCUCCCUCGCUACGCUCAGAAUCUAAAAUCGAUAGACAAGUUUAUGUGAACAUUGCAAAAGAAAAACAAUACGUUCCAUGUCUACCCUGCCAAUAAAAUUAAUCAGAACCGAACUUAUGAAUAGCGCAAAUACUGCAUUAUAGCGUAAAGAUGUAUAAUCAGUUAGAAAGGAUAUUUAUAUCGAAAGAAGAAAAAACUUCCCUCCCUACCAUACAUCUGUAGAAGAUGCCAUACUCAAUUGAAGGAGUUACAAAAUAAAGAUUUUUAAUCAUUGUAUUUUAUGACGUAGACUGAGUUUAUAAUAAACAUAUUGUAACAUGUUACAAAACGAUUAUGAUAUUUGGCAACGUCGCUUCAAAUAUCGCGCGCAGUCGUGUACCCAACAGGAUAAAACACGCGCAAUCGCACACCGGCAGUAAGGUCUACGUACUGGGGCGGAGUUGCCGACUUGCUACCGACGGUGCUGCUACGCGGUGUGCGUAGCCCGUGGCAGCGUCGCGGUGUCUGUCCGCUGGAACGGUGGCGGCAGUCCUCCCCGGUACUGGCGGCGGUCCUCUGCUGGUAGAGCCACGGAUAUAACGUGGUGCUACUACCUAGAGAGCGUAGCCCGUAUCAAGGCGGGCGCACACGAACGCGCCGAGCUUGUGACGCAACGUUACACGCACGGCGCGGCGUGAUUUUGAAUUCACUGCGGGCACGCGCCGUGCCAACGAUCCGCUGUGAAAGCGCGCGGUUUGCCGCGAACAUUUCCAUACAGUUCAGGGCCAAAAAGCGGCGUGCGCGUUCCAACGGCGAUAAAAACGUAGAAAAAACAAAAACAAAAACAAAUACGUCCGCACUACGCCGAAUCACAAUGACCUUUGUGUUCGGCGCUAAAAUCGACGAAAAGUGGUUCGGCACGAGUUCCGAGUACCGUCCACGCGAACGGGCGCGCCGAGGGUGCAACGUUGCAUAUUGUUAUCACAGGUCCGGCGCGCUCGUGUGCAUCAGCCUUUAUACCGUGUGCCAAUCAAAACCGUCACGAAUCAAUCGUGCUAAUACAGUGGGUUGCUUAGCAGAUUGAUAGAGUUUAGGAAAACUAUUUUUGUUAUUCGGUUGGAACAUGUUGAUUAAUACUAUUAUUUUAGGUUACCAAUAGGCCAUAAUCACCAUAAUUGUAAAAAUAUUCCCAAUACACACAAACAGUAUUUUCACUGGUAUUAUACAUGUCGAGCGUUGGAAUUGGAAUUCGGAAACGCCGUGGGUAGAUAACCAUUAUUUAACCACGGGAAACACGUUAGUACAUUAAACAAAUUUUAACGCAACACAUUUUUCGUCUUAAAUCAUUGGUUAGUAAAAUGUUAAUUGGUUGCUUUAUUUUGACGCGUAAAGGUUAGGUUUAUCACGCCCACCUGAUUAAACCCUAUUCCCAUUCACAAUCCGAUUGAUCACUUCCUCUCCAACUGAUUAGUACCUGAGUUUAAUUACAUUAAUAUCUAACGACUGACCGAUCUGCCAAAUUGAUGAACAGACGUUUAAUAGCAGGUUUAAACGCGGUGUUUCUGUCGCCAAUGCGACAAUGCUGAAGGAUUAGAUGAAUCCUAAUCUGAGGACAUUCGUCCAGCACUAAUGUAUAUUGCGGCGAUGUCGACCGUGUAACUGAGUGGGUUUUGUUUUACCACUUUCGUAGAUGAGUUGGCCAUCGGUGAUGAUUUAUCGUGGUGAUAUUGGUCACUCAUGAUAAUCUUGUAUGAUAUCAAAGAGGGGAAUAGAUCAGGGUCCCCAAAUAAGGGUGUUAACGGCACUUUAGGGUGACCGUAGUGAGUACGGAAGAGUGGUGCAUCACCAGCGCUGUCUAUUGGUGACGACCGGAUGCGGCGUUAUCGGUUGGUCGGUGCAUGUUGUGGUAACGAGGCCACCAGGCGCGUCGCUCACACACUAUUGACAGACCGGUGGUCCGGUUACAUACUCUAACGGUGCCUUUACAGCUUAAACCGUAGUAAACACACAGUCCGAUUAGGAUUGAACUCAACUAUUCGGUAUAAGUGGUAUAGGGAAAGUAUUAAAAUCAAAAAUGAGGAUUGACCACUGGUUAACCACUACAUAAUAACCACAUGAUUCAACCAAUCACAGUCCUAGAAUAUUUCACGUUUCACGGUAAGCUAUGAAAGCACCUUAAUAAUGGAAUAAAAUUAAAUAUUUAGGUACAGAUAAUAUGUAUAAUGUGCAUAGGUAUAAUUACAAAACACAUAUAUAAAUUUAAAAAAUUUGUGUGUAUAUUGUAUUCAUUUGAUAUUUUAGAAUAUUCGAAAACUCACGUCGAUCCACAUCAAAUUUUAUUUUAGAAUUUGGCGCUAAAAAAAAAGACAACAUUUUGAUUUUAGAUUCGGAGCGGAGCGAGGGAUUUAUUAAUUUUACUAUGAUGUGUUUUUUUUUUUUUUUUGUGUCUCUAAACAACUUUUUUACCAGAAAUUGUAUUCCAAAAUAUAGAGUAUAGUACCUUUUCAGAAAGGAAAUUGUGUAUAGUUGGUGCAUUAAACAGUUUACUUUUUGAUUCUCAAAGGGGUUUUCAAAAUACUUGGGAAAAACACAAAAGAAAAUUAUAGCUAAAACGAUAAAUAUUUACGGCACGCCAUGACGUUACCAAUUUCAUUAUUUUAAAUAUGUAUACACGAUGUUUUCUAUCAAAAUAUUACACCAAUUGAAAAAUGACAAAAGAUUGAUUUUGUUCCUUGUAUGUAAUAUAUAGCCACUAACAGAGAAAAUCAUUUUUUUUAUGUACAGAGUAGUUUUUAUAAUAAUUGGGAUAAACCAAAAAAGACGAAAAAUACGAUUUUUUUUCAAUUAACGAAUGAAGAAAGUCUAAAAAAACAAAUUCGAGUUUAAUUAAUUUUUUUUAUAAGCGUUUUAAAUCAAAUUUUGACGAAAAUCAAAAAAUUAGGACAUUUCAAAAUAUGUCUUACUGAACUUCAUUCCAAGUCAUUGUUCAUUAGCAAUGGUUUUUUUUUCACAGCUUAUGAUAUUAUAUUCGGGUAAAAAAGAGGUUUCCUUCUAUCAAUAAUAUAAUUUCUAGAUAAAUAUUUUUUUUAAAUGUAUUAAGCUAUUUUAUUAGAUUUUAUUUUGCUUAUAUAAUAAUAAUAUAUUAAUAAAUAUUAAAAGUAAUAAUUCGUAGAAAAUUAAAUUUUUAAACUAUCGGAUAAUUUGAAAUAUUCAACAAAAAUGUUAUUCUUUAAUGUUCAAAAAUAUUAUUUUCUAUGAUCUAAAUAAGCUUAAAUUUUUGUCAUUUUAAAAAAUAUUUAUUUAUUCCUUUUUUUGAUCUAAUAAUUUUUGAAUAUUAUUGAUCUUUUUUCUUAAAAAUUAGAUUGUAAAAAAAUAAACACUUAAAACAGCUUAUCUUGAUGAAUUUGAUCAUGAUUUCAAGAAAUCAUUUUGAAUAUCUAAAAAUCCGAGGGACAAUGUUUUUUACUCAAUCGAACAUUAUCACGAGAAGAGUAAAAUAAAAUAUGAAAAAAAAAAAAUCUUAGUCCACUACCCUAAUAUAAUAUAUCUAAUAUUUACAUCUCUAACCACCGGUAAACUUGAAGUGAAUUUAAAUGAUGCUUCUUUUAAUAUUUUUCUCAACUAAAACACUAGAAUAGUUUUAAACUAUUCGUGUUCCGUAAAUUCAAUUUAAGUAUAGCAGUGAUUAUAUUAUCACAAAGUUUGGUAAUUAUUGGAGUUUAAUUUUACACUGCGUACACUACAUAAUAUGUAAAUAUGUAAUAUUAAACGAUUAUUUAUGUUACACAUUAUAAUAUAUAUCAUAUAGGUAUUACAGGUAUAAAAUAACUGCACAAAAUAACACUACAGUAUAAUAUUAUAAAUAAUAUUUUUAAUUUAAACGUGAUGGUUAUUGAAUUCAAAAAAAACGAUUUUUUUUUAAUAGCGAUGAAAACCAAAACAUAUUGUUCCUAAUUGCUUUGUUUCUGUUAUUAAAGGACAUUGAACGAAAUGUAACUUUCGCGUAUAGGUACCAUCUGCGUCCAAUUGUCCGUCUACAACGGAGUUAUUGCGCAAAACUUUUUGACUGUUUUACAACUCCAACAAUAUAUGUUUAAAAAAACAAAAAAAAAACACCAUAAUAUUGUAAAACAAAUAUAGCUAUAAUUCAGCUCAAAAUCUAAAAAACCUGAAAUGAAUAUAAAUAAAUAAAUAUCUAUAUAUAUAUAUAUAUAUAUAUAUAUAUAGACAUAUAUAUAUAAGUAUAUUUGUAUAUUAUGAGAUCUCUGAUAAAAUAUGUUACCAAUGUUUGAUAUUUUAUGAACGUAACGUAUCAUUUUAAUGAAACAAAACGGAACUUUUUUAUUUAGGUAAGUACCUAUUCGCUUUGAGGGAAUUUAAAAUCAUUGAUUUUUUUUUCUUGUUAAUUCGAAUACGGUUUUAAAAUGUUUGGAGUUAUAUUUUGUAUACAUGUAUUAAUUGAAGCGUAUUACAUCUAUUCACAUUUUUUUAAUGUAACAGUAUAAUAAGCGUACAUAAUAUGAAUACGAAUGUAGAUUUGAAAAAAAAUCAAAUGUAUCAUCUACUUUUAUUUAUAAACAAAUUCGAGAGUACAGACGUACUGCUCGCACAUACGUCUGUGUUUAAUAUGUCUAAUUAUAGUGUUCUUGUUGAUGCAAUAAAAUAAUAAUAAUAUUUGUAUAUUCUAAUUUUACCAUGUUUGUAAAGGUUAGGUUAGAUGAAAAAUUUAUUUUUUUUACUAUGAUAUGUUUUUAUUUUUCAUUCUGUCUGUUAAUAACUUUUCUACUAAAAAUAUAUAAUAAAAAACUUUAUAAGAACUUUAUCACAGUAUUUUAGAUAUAAUUAGUGCAUUGAAGAAGUCAUUUUUUUAGUUUUCUUAUUCUUAAUAAUUUGUAAAAACGGGAAAUUUUCUGUUGAUUUCAUUAGUUACAUUACCAACAAGGGAAUAAACACGACUAAUAUUACUCCAAUUAGAACCAUAUUAUUUUUCGUUUGCAAUGAUUUGUACGAUGAUACAAUGAUUUAUUAUGGUAUACAAACUAAAUUACUCUGUAUAGUGUAUAAUGUAUACCCUACACUUUCAAUACCAACCUACAACAGUGGCCUACCCCUGAACAAUGUCACAUUUUCUUUUUCAUUUUUGAUUAUUCUCCUUGAAAUAUUUGAAUUUAUUACUACCUAUCUAAAUCAUUCUGUCAAUAUAUUAUUAUUAUCUUUUUACGCGCACAGAAAUUUAUAUUUAUUAAUAUAACAUUGAUACUUAUAUACUAUACUCGGUUGUUUAACGAUCAAUAUUUAUUUUAGUUAGUACGGAUUUUUCUUAAAGUUAAUUUAAGCGUUAUUGAUGAAAUUAUUAUCUCGUAUAUAAAGACGGUUUACCACUUUUGAAAAAGUAAAAUAUAAAUUAUAUAUUGAAAAGUGUAACUAGAUACCUACUAUAGUGACUUAAUAGUAUUUUAAUACAUUUCUUACCGUAUACAUACUAGUGUACAUAUAUGUGUAGAUCUCAACAACAAAUGAUACUAUUAACAUCAAUAAGAAUAAAACAACUGCUUAUUUAAAACAUCAAAACAUAAUAUUAACAUACACCUAAUACAUCUAAUUUAACUGUUCAAAACACUCCAUCUAUAUUUAUUACUAUUGGGUACUUCAACAAAUAAAUUUCAACUUUUAUUAUCUACUUUCGAAUAAAACUCUUUAAAUAUGCAUACAUAUAUAUACUCGAUGGAUUUAAGUAAAUUCUUUUUAAGUAGCCUGUUAUUUUUUCGCUCAAGUAUUGAAACAUUUUGUACGUAUUUUUAUCACUAUAAUAUUUUAUAUUCAGUCAAUAACGCCAAAUCCAUUAUUAUAAAAAACACUAUACAAGUUUUUUUUUCAAACAUUUUAGUUCAUAACUGCAGAAAUCGAUUUGAUCAAAAAUAAUCAAUUUUUCACCCUAACUACAAGAAUAAAAUAAAAACAACGACAACGAUUUAUCGAAUACUCGGUCAAUACAAUAUUGUAGAAUCAAGACAAUAUUAUUAUGUUGGACGAAAUUCAAACGAAUAUAUAUAUUUUGGUUUCGUUUCAUAUUUUUCACCACGCGCUGUAUUUUUCCAGUUGCCACUACCGAAAAAUACGGCCCAAUGUAAAUAGUUAAAGGCGAAAUUCAUGUAUAAUGCAUGACAAAAUAGUAUAAUAUAUACUGCAGCUGAUGUGUAAAAAAAAAGGUCGGUAUAUUCCUAAGUUCUAACCGUCUAAAAAAAAAAAAAAAAAAAGGAAGACUGUAUAUAUAGUAUAAUAAUAUAUUAUUAUUCUCAACAAUAGAAAUCUCAGAUAAGAUAUAGAAUUGACGAGAAAAUAAGACCGCGUGAAAAGAAGAAAAAACACCAGAGACAAGAAUAUUUAUAUACACCUGCAGCUUAUUUCCGCAUCUUUAACACCCGACAUCGAAUUUAUAUACGAGUUUGUUUAACGAACGUCCCAUUAAAAUUCAAAUAACUUAGUGCAGUGUUCCGCAAUCGACGGGUGUCAUGCACCAGCACCGACUUUGUCAAACGUGUAAACAGCUAAAUUAUUAACGGCUGCAACGAAUCGGGUCAUUCAAAUUAAAACCUACUGUUUGGAUUAUCGGAUUCGAAUGAAUGUAGUAUUAUAUAUUAUGUAUUUUUGUAUUAUACGAGAGUCCACGACGUAGCAAUAAUCAAAUAAACUUUUGAAAACGCGUAAAAUUCAAUUUCGUUGACGAUUUUUUAUUAUAAUAAAACAAUAUUGUUUGCACGUGUCCACAAUCAAUGCAUUUUGUUUGCAUUUGGAAUUUUGUUAUGUAUAUUUAAUUUUCGAUAUGAUUUGCGCACAUAUUAUAAUAUACAAACACAAAUUCACAACGUCAUACCUAACCAACAUAAUAACAUUAAUGAUUGACUAGACGAGAAGAAUUGUAUAGAAAAUUGGAUGGCCUGAAGGACACUGUUUUUGGCGAAUCGCAUUUUCCAACUGACUUGGCUAGAACUGUUGACGUUAACACUAUCAAAUAUAUUACGGUUGAACGAGUCAAAUGUGACGGAUGAUCACGGGUCCAAAAACAUGUAGUAUAACCUUAUCGAUGUGCACAGAGCUGGAAAAUGCGUCUUAUUCAUUUUGACGAUUUUUUUUUUUUUGUUUCUAGAAACCUUUCGAGAUAUAUACCAAAACCCAGUACUUUUAACACAAAAGGCACCUUGUACAAAUAAAUCGCAUUUCCACGACCUUUUCACUAGGUACCUACCUCCAAAGUAAUCAUGAAUGCGAGAAAAAAAGUGAUGAACAUUUUUCUUGAAAGACCGAAAUGUUUAAAUAUUUAAUAUCAUGAGAAACGAUUUCUUUUAAAAUAUAGUGUAUACCUACGUAGGCAACACACAACCUUAUUCGUAUUUUUUGGAGAUACUUAUUAAUGGUCUAUAUAUAGUGCUAUCAAUGAUAGCACAAUAUAUGCCUAUUAUAACUCAUUAAUAUAAUUUAAAUAAUUUUGAUUUACAAAUUAGAUAUUGAAAUUUUUAUCUACUAGAGUGCACAUUUAUUUUAAAAAAUAAAAUUAUGUAUUAUAAGUACUAUACACUUAAAGAAUAUGCACUUUUUAUAAAUAUAUAAUAUAUUUCAAUAACUUAAAGAAAUAUUAGGUACUUUGUAGUAAAAUAACAAUGAAUUAUUAACCAUUAGUAUAUGAAUAUUUAUAUUAAUAACUGUAAUUUUACGAUUUACUAAAAUAUUUUAGUCUUCUUUUGAUUACUAUUAUAAGGAGUUUCAAUAAAUGCAAUACAAUUUUUUUUCUGUUUUAGGAAAACAUAUAGAAUGUAUCAGAACUAUUUUAUUAUUUAGUUUAAAUUUUCAAGAAGAAUGCAUCUGCAGUUUUAAGUUAUUUUAUAAUAAUUAUAAAGUUUAAUAAAAAAAAAUAUUUAGAUGAUACAUUUAAAUUAUUAAAAAUACUAAUUUAAAUUAUUUUUGAAAUCACAUACCUGCAUUAAUUUAAUCUAACCGAAUAAAAAUAAAAUGUUAUAAAUUUUAAUAAAAAUAAAUGGAGUAUCAGUACUUAUGCUUUAGGUAUAAACAUUUUUAAACAUAAAUUAUAAUCAAUAGAAAUAUUUGUUGUAGGUAUAAUGCAAAAAUCAAAAAUUAAAAUGUAUUAUUUAUAAUUUAAAAAGUGUAUAUUUUCUAUGUAUUUUUACUACUAUUAAUCAGAAUUCAUAUUAUAAAAUUAAACAUUCAAACAUGCUUGUAUUUCAGUGGGUAUACUAAAUUAUAAAAACUGAAGUAGGUAUAUAUAAUAUCUUUUUUUUCAAAACGAUAUUUUUGAUGAGUAUAGUAACGAGUAUAAGUAUAAAAUUACGAUCAGUAAAAUGAAAAAAAACUAAUUAAUUCUUAAUAAAAACUAAUUGAAAACCUACAAUAACCUUUAUAGUAGCAUACCUAUUAAUAAUAUUAAUAAAAAAAAAAAUGUUAAAAUAUCAAUUCAAAAUUAGUGUCAAGUUUUAAAAGUUCAGCAAAUCAUGACAUACUAACGCGACUACAGUUUAUAAUAAUUACAAUCCUUUUUUAAUUAUAUCCCUUCUGUCCCUUCUGAAUUAAAUAUACAUAAGUUCCAAUAACAUUAGAUAAUUUUGUAAUGUAAUAUACAAUAUAUAGUAAACAUGAUAGUAAAUUUAAUUUAGAUUCUGAGUAGAACGUAGAAAACUAUUAGUUUUACAACUAAUAAGUUAUAAUUUUUUCAGUUAGUAAAUACUUCAAAAGAUGCAGUAUUUUACCUGAUAGUAUUUUAUUUAUACAUAUUUUUGUAACACUCAAUAUUUUUUAAAAAAAAUAUGCAUUAAGAUACUUAAGUUUUGGUUUUUAUUUAUUUUUGAGUUGCCAUGGCAACAAAAGAAAAAAACACGACCAUUACUACAACCUUGAAAGUUUACAGAUCUUUGUUCAGAGUUAUAUUUUAAUUGCAAUAAUUUAUCGUUACUUUCGAAUUUCAGUAUGCAAAUUAAAUUACCCUAUUCUUAAAUCAAUUAAAUCCUAUAACUUUAAGACUUCCCACCUUAAAAAGUAGCCAUAGUGCCUACCCAUGAUGGUGCGAAUCAAGCCCGACUUUUAUUGUUAUUAUUACUAUUUUACACUAGUUUUUAAACUCUGAAAGUUUUACGAAUCGGAAAUUGAACACAGACGAUACUUUUAGAUUUCUACAUACUUAUACAUAUAGUGAAGAAUCCUUACAGAGAACCGUUGUGCCAAACCCAUCUGUCAGACGAAUAAAGAAGCCCCACUUUCCUUUGUCAUGAUUAUUAAAAACUGUAUUACAGUUAUACGAAAAGAUUUUUACUCCUUUAAAAUCUUUGAGACUGUUAAUUAAUUUAUACUGAUGCGAGGGCAAAUGUGUAAUUUUUUAAACAUAUUAGAUUCAAUGUAACCACGCCACAUACAGCAAUGUUUUUCUUUAAUUUUUUGUAACCUAUUUUAGUUAUUUGUAUAACAUAUAUAUACAUUUUUUUUAUGCAGAGUAAAAGAAGCAAAUUAUCCAUUCAAUCUAAAAGUUUUGUAGAGUAACUUUUACAGAUCGGAAAUUAAACAAAGAUGGCGGGCAGUUCUCUGAAACUGUUUUAUUUUUUUAGAAUUUCUCAGUAAUUUUCCAGAAAGUUAGGAAACUAUAACUAUAUAGACCACAUAAAAACAAUGAAAUUUACAGUACAAACAUUUAAAAAAAUAUAUUAUUUAUUUAUUUUGACGUUAUUCGGAAAAUCAUUUUAUAAACACACAAUUUUCACCUGCAGUUGUUUACUUUAGUGUUUUAUAGAAAACAUAAACCCUCAUAACAAAAGUAUCAUUUUAAAAAUAUUUUCCUUCAAAUUAACAAUUUUUGAAAACACUGUCACAAUACUUUCCUACAGUACUUUCGAUUUAGUUGUUUCAUUUUUGUCAAUGGACAAUAUCAUUUUUUGAUUUUCCUGUUAAUUGUUUUAAUAAAUGGGAAAAACUGACAAUUUUUUUUGAUUUCUGGGUACGGUUAGACGAGUAGAUAACAUGAUACGGAUCAAACCAUCGAACCGUGAAAAUGUUAUCUUAAAAAGAGAAAUGGUCAAGUCAAAUCACAGCGAUAUCUGAAUGAUGAACAUAUUAACUACUUCAUUUUGGCCAGGCUGCUUCCUCGUGUUAUAUAUAACCAUAUUAUCUAUACUCUAUAACCAAUAACCGUGUUUCUGGAUUACCUUGGCAACAAGGAAAAAAUAAGACUAAUAGUACUCUGCUCAGAAUAGGUUUUCACUAGCAAUGGUUUAUCGUUAUGUAAAAAUAUAAAUUAAAUUACUCUAUAAGUCCUCCUGCCUUUCAACAUCUUUUUUAGUACAGUUAAACAGCAGUAUCAACUUUCUUUUCUUUUUCUUAUUUUUUCUUAUCAACUAUACGUUGUUUUCAGUCAGUAUAAUAGCAUUGAGAAUAUUGACAUCACAUAUACGAGUAAAAUUAACGUAUAACCUAACUCGAUAAGAUGCAUGUACGAAAUUACAUAAUACAUCAUUAUUAUUAUUAUAUAUUAUUGCAUAUAACACAAAUAUAUGUUUUUUAAACUACAUAAAAUAAUGCUAUAUGCGUUCACAUUGAAAAUAUAAAAAUUAACAUAAUUAUUAUUCUACUGUCGUUUAUUUCACAAUGAAAAUUAAACCGAAAACUAUUCACCACCCCUUUUUUGUUUAAAUUUAUGAAAACCUCGAGGCAUUGUUUUUGUUUUAGUAGCGUAAUAAUAAUUCAGAUUUUGUUCAUAAUGUUCACCGCAUAUAAUUCCUUUAUUUUACUAUGAUAAUUAUAUAAUAUUCCACGAGAAAUUAUACCAUCAAGUAAAUUAUUAUACGAACAUAUUAUGCUUUAUGUGCAAAUGGAAUAAACAAGAAAACAAAUUAUAAAUUAUUUUAUUGUAUUAUAAAUAAUAUUACAAAUUUUCAAUUGACCCAUUUUUUUUAAUAUUUUCCAUUUGUACCUUAACAUAAAAUACAGUUUUUACUAUAAUAAUUUAAUAUCAUUAUCGUUGAUCCUGAUAAGGACAAGAAUUAAUUUUAGUCCACACUGUUUAGAAUGAAGAGUGGCGCUAUAAAAAAUUAAAAAUAUUGUUUUAAAAAUUCUACAUACUUAAUAUAAAUAGUUGAAUAACCUGUAUUGCAAUUACAGACAUUUAUUUGUAAUUUAAAAUACUUGUACAUAGUUUACGGUAAUUCAUUAUCUCAAAAACCUUUCAAAAAUUUGUUUGAAAUUCAUAAUCCAUCUCCUUCUACGAAUAUUAAUCGUGGAUUAAUCACGAUUGGUUGCAUCACUGGUUUAGAAUAUAUGAACAGGAUAUUUUAAAUGUUUAUUGUUAAAACACUUAAAAAAACAGUUUUUAAAUUUUCAAUCAACGUACUAUGUUUAUGAUGCUGUGAGGAAGAUUAUUUAAACCAUAGAGAAUAUUAAUUGUAUUAACUUGCCUUUAAACUAAUAUUAAAAGAAAAAUAUGAGCAAAUAUGAGUCAGAAAAACAGCGAAAUAUUUUUCAAUAAUUAUAUUAAGGAAACCAACAGUUUUCUUAUUAUCAUUGAAUGAACAGGUUAAUGUAUGUGUAUACUCUAGGAAAAUAUACAUUUAAUACAAUUGUAUGAACUUAAAUAAAUACAAAUAUUAUUAACACUAAUGAAUCAUUUGCACAUUUUUAAAUAUCUUGAGUAAAUUCUGAAAUCAACGAAUAAAAAGUUGUCUGCUUAAAUUAAUUAAUAUCGCUUUAAUAUCCCGAACAUUAAUGGAAAGAGAUUUUUUUUUUAUAUACAAAAUUAAUAUUUUAAUUACGUGUAUAAAUAUAUAUAUUUAUAUAUAUAUAUAUUUUUUUUAAUGUAUUUUACUAUAGUAGCUUUAUAAGCUAUAUACCUAUUGAGCAAUCUUCCCCAAUCAAUUUAAAUCUAAUACUACAAAAAUAAUAAUAAUAAUCAAAAUUGUGUUAAAUAUUAAUUUUGAAAAAAUAAAAUAUAAAUUACAAAUGGAGAUGAUAUAAUUCAAGUACCUAAGUAUAUAGUCAAUAUUAUUCGUUGAAAAUAUUCUAAAACCGACGAAUGUAACUGUUUUUUUUUUUUAUUAUUAUUAUCAUUGUAGUACGUAUUUAAUUUAACGGGAUAAAGGUUUACGUCGCAGGUUAACGAAUAUACGCGCCUUUAGAUUUUAUCUGAACCGUAAAAAUUUAAAGCAGUCGCUCAGGAAUAUUAUUCUCCGUCGGGUAGGGUAAAAGUCGAAUGUUGUGCAGUCCCCGUUGUCGCCGGUCUCUAUGUAAUAUAAGCACAACGACGAGUAGGUACAACGUGAAAUUUAUACUGCUAUAGGGACGAUUUUCUGUGCAAUAAAAUCUCGGGUAACGCGCAGUCGUAUAAUUAAAUAUUAUUAUACGCCCCCGCCUGCAGAGGGGUCGACCUUAUUAUAUAUUAUUAUUAUUAUUAUUAUUAUUAUUAUUGUUAUUAUUAUUAUUAUCAGGUACCUAUACAAUAUUAUAUUAUUUUAUGUGUAUACUAUUUGAUUGUAUUUUAUUUUAUACCCGACGAUGGAAAUAAUAUCAUUAUUAUUAUUAUUGUUAUCGUCGUCGUCGUCAUCGUCAAACAAUACGGCCUGCGCGUAUAAUACGAAAUUCCGGGUAAAAAUAUAAUAUUUCAGUUUAUGAUGUUUCGCGAGAAUAAACGUUUAAUUUGUAUGCUCGCGGAUACUUCAAAGUUUUACGCUAUAUAACCAAUGGAUAUAGCACGCAGUUAUAUAGUAUGCAAAUACAGACGCCAUGUAUUAAUUUAAUUCGCAAUGACGAUGAAUUCGAUAAUAAUAUUUGUUGGUCGAGUCGCUUGUGAUAAUAAUUUAAAGUGGACUGACACGAGAUAAUGUUAAACACAUAUUGUAAUAUACGUGAGUUACCUCCAAAUCUAUUAUAUUUGCCAACAUUUUAAAUAAUAAAAUCGUUUUUGAAGAAACAAAAAUGGGAAUAAUUCAUGGAAAAAAAUUUAGAACUUAAAAAUACAUUAAUGACAAAAAAAAAAGUUUUUUUAAGCCCUCCCUAAGAUAUUUUAACAUAUGUAUAUUCUUUAUCAUACGUAAUAAAUUAUAUGAUUUAUAAUUAGGGCAGAGGACUUUUAGCUCUAAAAAAACAAUAAAUAUGAAAGCACUUAUACACUUAAAAACCCUAUAAUAUGCACUAAAAAUAUGCUUUUAUAUUUUUUUUUUUUUAAAUGAAUCAUUUAAAAAUAUAGACACCAUUUUUUUCACAGAAUUAUUAAUAAAAUUUGAUUUCUUUAAAAUUUGUCUUCUGAUUCUAAAAACAAAAUUGUUUGUGUUAACUGUUUAUAAAUAAAAUGAAUCUAAUCGGCGGCCCUCAAGACGUGUUUCAAGAAAAAAACCAUAUUAUUAUAUAUGAUUAUAAAACAACCAUAAUACCCAUACAAUACAAAUUUAAUUAAUUUUAAAUUCAACAAUAUUUUAGCUGUAUGUAAGAUGAAAUUAAAACGUCGAGGGAAAUAUAUUGAUAAAUUAUUUAAAAUAUGCUUCUAAAAGUAUAAAAUGGAAGUAAUAUGCCCUAACAUAAAAAAAACUCGAAAUAUGCCUUGAUGUACAAAAAAAAAUUUCAAAACUAGCCUUGUGAAAGCAUGAAACGUAUUUGUUUCAUACUCUGUUUUUGUUAAUGUGCAAAAAAAUAUGCAAAUGCUACAACUCUGCCCUUUUUAUAACCAAUGGUAAUAGUAGCUAUUUAUAAAAUAAUAAUAAUAGUAUGUAAGUAGGUUUUCAUUGGAUUUCCAUUUUAAUGUUCCUAUGUUCCAUAAACUAUGAUCAGUUGAUACCCUAUUAUAACGACUUGCCGCCCAAACACAUCGUCGUGCAGCUAUACGGGUGCCGUGUACAAUAUUACACCGCGUCGUCCAAACAUAGAAAUAUCACUAAUAAUUUAUAACAUAUGAAAUAUACGAGGGGUUCAGGAGCAACAAACCAGAGAAGUCACUUUUUUCCAAAAUGGUAAUAUUGAUACCAAACAAUUUGUAUUGGUGUGCCAUAUUUUUUAUGCGAUCGAACCGGCGAAAAAACCAGAUUAGUCGAAAGUAUUAAGCGCCAGAAGUUUAAGCCUACAGGAAAGAAACAGGUAAUUCAAUUGAUAACCAGACAUGUGUUAGGUUAAUACAUGGCUAUAGCCGUUACUUAUAACAUAAUAUGACAUUAUUGUAUUGUGGUUACUACAUUUCAAAGUGUCACAGUAAACUUAAUCCGAACUUUUUACUUUGUAAAAAAAUUUGUUGUUUUGAAAUUAAAAACACGUUUUUCUCAAUUUGAAAAAAGUAACCUUUCUAGUUUUUUUCCUGUUCCCUUCAUAUGCACAUAAUACAAUUAUGUUUUGAUAUGGAUAUAUUUCAACCUAUAUAAAUAGCUUUUUAGACCAGUAGUCCUUUUGAUAUCAAGCUUUAUGCAGAACCAUUUAGAAUCAUAUAUUGACAUCCAUGCACUCGGAAUCUAUAAGAUUCUUUAUAGGUAUUAUAGUUAUAAUAUUUGCAUUAAAAUCGACCAAUCUUUUAAAAUCAAUCGAAUAUAAUACUAAUAUAUUAUACCGUAUAAAAAAAAACACCAUCCUCAAUAUUAAUAUAAUUAUUUAUCUAUAAAUUGAACGAUUUAGGUGCGGAUAAAGUAUAAUUUUUACUCCGAUAAAGUUCGUUCUAAGCGACGUUAAUUGUAAUUCUCUGACAGACACAACAAUAAUGCAUAUAAUAAUUCAAUUCGAUAUUUUAUUGUAAACAAAAAAAUAAUAAUAAAAACUAAUGGCCGUGUUGUUUUUAUUAUUAUUAUUAUUAUUAUAACAUUAUAUUCUUCCAUCGUCACCGAUCGUCUAAUCCCCCCGACUAUAAAUUUAAUAUAAUAUAAUAUUAUAAUUAUUUUUUAUAGUAAUCGAUCUAUGUCAAACCCCGCCCCCCCCAAAAAAAAAAAAAAUAAAACUGAUACAUAUUUAUAUAAUUAUAUCCCCCGACAGUUUUUACUCUGUUUCUCUCUCUCUCUCUCCGGUGCGACAGUCGUCCGGUUUCAUAAACUUGCUAUAAUCUCCCAGAGUAAAAGAAAACACCACCGCGGGGGGAUUUAUUAAUCAAUUUUGACGCAAAUGCCGAACGGGUCCCAAACACAUAUACCUACCAAUAAAGCUUUUAUUAAAUCAUCGCAAUACAGUGUAAUAUUAUAAUUAUGAAUACGGUAUGGAGCAUUAAACUCGUGUGUUUUAUAAUAUACAAUAUAUACCUAUACGUGUAUACCUGAAUUAGAGGUAUGACGCGUGUAUACCUAAAAGUUUUUAAUAUCAGACGGGCCAUUUUUACGAUUUUUUAUGUAUUUUAAAAUUAAAAAAAAAAACCUCGAAAUUCUUUAAACGAUAUUAACAAAUCGAUAUUAUUAUAAUGGCGAUAUAUUCUGUCCUCAGUGGCUUAUUUUAAAUUUGUUUUAUUGCACAAGAUAGACACACGUGAUGUGAAAAUAAUAAUAAUAGACUAAGACAUUAAAACAUAAUAUUUAAAAAUUUUAUAACAUUUAUCCUUGAAUUCCGUAACGACAAAUGCGCUCAGACAUCUUCUAGACAACAAGACGAAAAUGAUUGAAAUCAAAAACUAGUUAACACAGUAUAUUGAAAUAUUAUGAUUUAACAAUUUUUUUUUUAUAUCGUAGUCAUACACUAUGACAUUUAACUAGUCUUUGAUUUCAAGAAUAUUCAUCUUGUCGUCUGAAAGGAAUCUUGAUGCAUUUAUCGUUACGGAAACCAGGGGAAAUUCGUGCCUUCGCGCGUCGCACUGUGCCGAUGCCAUAAAAAAUCGGCACAAAUUAGUUUUAUAUUAUUUUGUAUUUUUUUUUUCUAUCAAUAAACAACUUUUCGACCAGGAAUCGUGGUCCGAUCAACUUCAGGGGUGGUUUUUGGUAUAAAAUGUUCUCUAGUCGAUGUAUUGAAAAGGUUAUUGUUUUAUUUUUCUUAUGUUUUUCUUAAUAAUUGGGGAAACUCGUCGAAAAAACGAAAAAGUUAACCCAAUUGUUUCCGUUAUUUUGGAUUUUGUUUUUUUGUUAUAAUUCUGUUCAAAACAAUCAUAAAAAUCUGAAAUGUUCAUGGAAACGGCGUUAUGGUUUUGACCCAACCAAAAUAGCUGAAUUUAACACGAGGUUUAUCAUAAGUUUUCUUAAUAGUUAAACAAAAAUUGAGCAUACUCGUAAUAUAGUUUUUUAUUGUUUUAUAAUCGUUUAGAGUUCAAUUUUUGAUGGAGAUCAUACAAAUCACGGCGUUUAAAAACAUGUUUAACCGAACUUCGCUCAGAAUCGGAUUUUUUUUUGUUAGCAAUUAUUAUAAAUAGAAAUUAAAUAACUCUAUACUCAGAGUCUUCCAAAUUUCACGGUACAUUCAAAUUUUCUACAAAAUACUUUUUUUUACAAAAAAUGUCUUAUUUUUCAGUUUUUCACUAUUUUAACGCAGCGUGUGCGCCUUAGCGCAAAUGAUGAUCCACCACUCUCCCACUAUCCAAACUUGAAAGCAUCAUAAUUAUUAUACAGAACUAUAUAUAAUGCAAUCCGGUUUCUUGAAAAAUCGUUUUCGUUUUAAAAUAAAUAAACACGCAAACACGCAGUCCUUUGAGUUUUGACUACCGACAUCGCGUGAAUUCUAAGCUCUGGCAAACUCCCCUCGGCCAAACAUAUCAAAAGAACGUUCGUGCCGUUUUCGUUUUUAACGGUUCUCGCGUCGUCAGCUUUUUCCAUCUCGAUCUGUGGCGUUGUCAUGGAAACCCGACAAAUAUAAUAAUAUCGCAUCGAAACGUCAGGAGAACAAAUGCGAACUGCAACGAAUGGCCGUUGUCAAUACUUCCGUUUGUAAUUCAAUUAUAAACGAUUAUAAUCUGUCCUCAAAGUUGACGACGGAAAAAAAAUAUCAGACUUUUCUGCCUACACAUAUCGACAAUAUUUCACGGAGAAUAUAUUUUUUAUACCACGUACUAUACGGAAAUAGAUCGGUCAAAUGUGUUAUUGCAUAAACUUGAAUCGACUUUGGCUACAUAUACAUUUUUCGAUUAUGAAUUCGAAUAUAAACAAUUUUCGGUUUAGAAUUGGCCCGGCGUAAUACGUUUUACAGUAAACCAGGGGUUAUGGAUUUUUUUUUUUUAAUUUAAGUUCCAAUACACAUUCGUAGAUUCGCUCACGUUUGUUUUUUUCUCAUUUAUUAUCAAGAGUGCUGGCUAUAUAUAUAUAUAUAUAUAUAGGAAUCGGCAGGUGGUCCAACAUUAAAGUCAAUAUUUAUUUAUUUAUUUUUUUUUUUUAUUGUCUAACUGUAAAAUAGGUAAAUGCACUUUUUCUCCGUCUUUAACCUUUAUAUUAGCAUAUUGAUCGUAAAACGUUUUUAUACCGCGCACAAUUCAUCGGUAUUAUAAAUAUAUUUUUUUCUUGUUCAAAUAAAAACCUCCCUCCCUUCCACGAGUUUUAUAUUUUUUGGUUCAUACGGUUUUCAUAAUAAAACAAGAAGAUACCAUACUUUUGGUAGAAAUAAAAUAAGCUUUGAGAAUUUCAAUGUUAUUAAAAUUAAAAAGAUAUCCUAGGAUAAUGGAGACAGGUGCAGCCAUUGUUAUAGGUAAUUUAAUAUAUAUCUGUAAGCAACAAUAAACCAUUGCUAACGAAAAAACGAUUCUGAUCACAGUUCAGUUGAUAGUGAUGCUUUGUUAACAAUAUAUAUUAUGUUAUAUUAUGGUAAAAUAAUUAAAUGGGCAUUAUAUAUUUACUUUAAUAAUAUUUGUUUAAUAUUGUACCGAUAUUUCCUGAUUUUCCCAUGUUUUUUCCCGGUUUUUCACAUUUUUUGAGAAUACUCCGGGGAAAAUCGAAAAAUGACCGCUUUAAAUUACCUCCCUAAUCAGAUUUCCUUUUAGAAAAAAUGCUAUCAUAGUAUAUCGGAUAAAAAUUUCUGAUCGAAAAAUUGUCUACAAAACAAAAAUCUUAAUAUUUUACUAAUAUAUUUUGUAUUUUCUCCGUUUUUCACGAUUUUCCCAUUUAUUGGGCAAUCUCCUGGGAAAAUCGAAAAAUUACCUUCCCAGUCAGAUUUCCUUUCAGAAAAAGUGCUAUCAUUUUAAAUCGGAACGAAAUUGCUGGUAGAAAAGUUCUACACAGAAAAUAAAGUCCAUAAUAUUGUUUUACUAAUACCUACAUUUCGUACAUUUUCCUUGUUUUCGACAUUUUAUCUCGGUUUUUCCCAUUUAUUAUGAAAACCGCUUGAAAAUCAAAAAUGACCUCCCUAAAUUACCAUGGAAAUAAAAUUUCUUUUCAAAAAAUAAGCUGCACUUAAUACAUCGGAGCAAGAUUUCUGAUAAAAAAGUUUGCACAACAAAUUGAGGAGUAUUUUGCGAUUAAAAUAGUCCGAACAAGCUAAGAAAAAACUGAGAAAAAAACAUCCGGACCUAAUAAUAUAGGCCUUUACAGUAUGAAAACGAUAAUUGAAAACACUUAAUAUUCUUGCACAGAGUUAUUUAAUUUGAAUUGUUUUUUUUUUUAGUUAGUUUUUAUACUUAUAUUGUAGUAGCAAACACAUGUGUAUAUUACUGCAUGUGUAUCUAUAUGUAAGCGUACGUCGUUAUUAUUUGCAUAAAAUAACGACCUUAUUUAUUUUAUAAAAUUACAUUUUCGUAAUAGUUUAAUGUAACAGAGCAAUAUAGUAGAGACAUAGUAUGGAAAAUAACAAUAUAAUUUCGUUAUCAAUGUUAAACUCAUUUUUCCGUUUUGAAUGUUUUAAUCGUGGCCGGUAGGUACACACAUACGAGAAUUAUAUAAGGUCCAACAUUUUUUGUCUGAAAAAAUAAAUAAAUGGGUGUCAGAAUUUUAGGAUUUAAAUUGCACUCAUUAAAACUGUCGUUUGAGUAUUCCAAAUGACCAAAAAUGUAUGUGCUCGCAAAAACCUUUAUAAUUACCUACCUUUAAAACAUUGACCAGCAACACUAAAUGUAUUUACUUUUUAUAUGUAUAACAAUUGAUUGUAUUAUGUAUUUUUUAUUACAUGAUUUGUAAAUAGGUUAAAUUAAACGACAGCAAAAUGUUGUGGUUUAAACAUUUAGACAGAUUGUGAAACCAAAAAUUACUAUUUCAAAUAGGUAUGUUUAAAAAUAUAUUUUUUAUAUAUAAUUAGUAAUUAGAAUGUAAGUAAACAAAAAGUUAACCAAAAAUAGUUAAUGGCCAAUGUUACAGAAUUUGUAUCUAAUGAUCAAUAAAAAAAAUAUAUACAUAUAAAUAUAUUUUAUUUGAUUACCUAAAUAGAAUAUUACCAGUUGGAAAACAGUUAUUUUUUAAAUUCAUCAAAUGAACGUUCAUCAUGUUUUAAUUUUUUAUGUAACUAAGAAUUAUGUAUUUAUUUCAUUUUGAAUUGAUGUUUUAUUCCGAAAUAAUUAUAUCUAUUUAUAAUUUGCUAUUCAAUUUAAUAUUUAUUACUUUAUUUGGUACCAAAAUAUUAAUAAAAUAUUUUUAAAAAAACAUAUAAAUAAAACUGAUCCAAGUUCCAAUUUUUAAAUUCUAUCACGUACAAUGAUGAUUAAUAGAAACAAUUAGAAACUAUUAUUAAUACUUAUUAACUGAUCACGAAAUUAUUACCUCAUGGGGAUUUGAGCCAAUCGGAUAACAGAAUUGGCUUAGAGUUUUCUAAAAAUGAACAUUGUAUUUAUAUAAAGAAUGACGGAUUAUACUCGGGCCCCGCAGAGCACGUAAAGGACCGGAAUACGUUUUUCGAUUAUUUUUGAUAAAAUUCGCACUGCAGACCGAAAAAUCGAAUAAUGUUUAUUGGCACGGUGGGUAACUUUGUAUAAAUCGUAUGUCACCACAUGGAUUUCAAUAAACGCAUCCCAAAAACCACUGACGACACGCGUCUCUGGUUUUAAUAAUAUGCGUCUGAUAUUAAGUUCAAAAUCAUGCAACGGAAUUCGAUGUUACUGUUGGCGUGUUAUUACGAAUAUCGCAACGUACAAAACAAUCAUUUAUCAUUAUUAUCGAGUAUAAGUGAGGGAUCUGAUACAAUCCGAUUAUAAAUAAACAUCGUGAUGUGUAUCAGAGCACAUCUGGCAUUUAGCAAUAAUCGAUAAAUUGGUGUGAUUGAAAAUAUGCUAACCUUCGUAAAGAUCUACUUCGAAAAACCUUUUUGAACGUCGUUUUGUUCUUUGUCCUUUAAUGAGUUAUACAUUUAACAACAUAAUAAUAUAAUAACGGUUAUCAUUACCGAUAAGAAAAAAAAACUAGAAAUUAUUAUUGGUUUUGCCGAAUUUAAAAUCAAAUUAUCGUUGAAUUACCAACUAAGUAGUAUACUUUUCCAAGAAUUUAGAGAGGGUUGACCGUGUGAUCCCACCAAUUCCAGCCUUGGUAAAUAUUACAUUCGUAACGACUUUCAUAAAUUUUAAUAUGUAUAAUUGUGAAAAUUUACAAAACAACAAAUCGAUAUGUAACUGAUGAAUGUUAUUGUAUUAAUAAAUGUAUUAUAAAUAGUAUGAAAUAUAUACUGUUUGUUACGAUAUUGUGUUAUAAUAUUAUCCCAUUUGAUUUUAAUUCUUCUUUUUUAAUAACUUAACUGUUUUUGUAAAACUUAAGCUGCCACAUGCAAUCCUUUCCGUUUCAUCCAGCCAAAUGCUAGUUGUUCAACUGAAGUAUUUAUGUCUACCGUCCACACAUAACCUUCUCUACUGCAUCCUUUCAUCUCGUUUGCGGUAUACCUAGUGAUCUUGUACUCUUUUCUUAUGAAUGGUUUCGGUAAGAGCUAUUUUUAGUAAAUCAUUUUCCGCUCUCAAUUUGUGUCCUAACCGUUCUAAUUGCUUUGUUCUUAGAAACGAAAAUAUAUCCAUACAGCUUGUACAAGUCUUCAUUUUUUCUUCUUUCAAACGUUUUUUACUUUGAGUUUUAUACUGUCCCAAAAAUGUUCCUCAAUGUCUUUCUUUCAAAUAUUACUGGCCUAUUAUUUUCAUCUUUAAUCAUAGACCACAGUCCACAUCUAAAAGGUGACUACGGGUUUCAGAAAACUUGUGUAAAGGAAAAUGUUUUACUUAUUUUUAAAUAAUAUUUUAAUAAUAUUUUAGACUUGAGUAACUUAUUGAUACUAUUAUAGCAGUGAAGUCCAAUAGCAACUAUUUUGCUAACUUCUCGAUGCAUAUCAUUUUUACAAUUUAUGUUCACUCCUAGAUAAUUAAAGAUUUUUAUUUUUCCAAACGUAAAAUUCACUACUUGUAAGUCAAGCUGGCCUUCAUCUCUCCUGGAGAGAACCGUACGUUUAGUUUUUCCUCAUUAACACAUAGGUCCAUUGUUUUGCAGACUGCUAAGAAUUUAGACAUUGCUUGGACUAUAUUUUAUCUUGUAUUACCUAAAAUGGCUAUAUCAUCUCCUUAAACUAAUAUUAAUUCAUUCCCAACUAUCUUAACCCAUUAUACAAGCAUUAUUUUUCUUACAGUUUUCUCUAAGUCGUAAUUAAACAGGGUCGGAGAAAAGGUAUUUUCCUGACGUAAACCUGAGUUGACUUCGAAAUCCGAUACCUCUCCCAGAAAUUUCACUUAAAAUAUUAUUUUGGUAUUACAUAGUUAAAUUAUAUCUAUAUAUUUAUUCGAUAUCCCAAAAUUAAUUAUCGCGUUUCAUAGCUCCUCCCUAUUUAUACUAUCGUAUGACUAUUUGUAUUCGAAGAAUACCAUAUAAAGAUUUUAAUUAAAUUGCGAAUUUCAAUUUUUUAAGUAAUAUAUCAAAUCUAUAAUACAGUCAUACAGCUAUAUAUAUAAAAAAAAAAAUUGUUUCUUAAAAGUAUUAGAAAAAUAUAUAAAAAUUAAACUACACUGCGACAGGUAAUUCUAACUAAACUCUUGACUUAAACUACGUUUUGAAUGCUCGUUUUUAAUAAUAUAUACUUCCAUAUUUGCCGAGAUACUCGAUGAAUAUUAAACUUUAUAAAACGAUCAUUAAAUAUAUAUAUAUAUAUAUAAAUAGAAAAACAGGAUUUUUAUAUAACUACGUACAAAGAGGAUCACGUUGCUUUUAUAAGAUGACAGCCAUCUGAUACUUCAGUUACUUUACGAACUCCAAAACACUUUGAUUUUCAUCUUAUUUUUUUUUUUUUCAUAAAGUUUUUUUUUUUAUAAAAAUUUAGACCAAAAAAUAGUAAUUAUAGAGAUCAAUCGAAAAUUAUUUCAAGCUUAUAAUAAAGCAUUAUAGUUGGACUUGAAGUGAACAGUGAACAACACCAAACUACCACGAAUUUAUAUAUUAAAAAAAAGGUGCAACAAUUAGAAUUUCAUCCAAAAUCAGCGAUAUUCAAUCAAAAAAAUAAUAUACACUUUGAAACUCAAUUAUGUUAACACAGUUUAGUAAAAUUGUAUUGUUGAUUUUAGGCCCAAGAUUCAUUAUUUUUAGAUGGUGGAUGCGCAUACAAUCGUAUAUUACACGUACAAUGUAUUUUUGAUAAUUUAUUAAACGAUUUAAACAUGGUCCGGUCUAAUGUAGCGAGGUUUAAGUUUACACUUAGAACACUAUCGUCCUUGCCGGUUUAGGUUUAGGGCAGGUUAGCGGAUAUUCACUGUAUACGAAGAGGAUCGCGCAGCUUCACUCAAGUUGACGUUCGAAGCCGUGACAAGCGUAUAGAAAGCCGUCCCCCGCGCACGUACUACAGACACGAUAAUGCUGCCGUGACCCAAUUAAUGCACUAAAUAAAAUACGCCUAAACCUAAUUUAUUUUUAAAAUUUGGGAUCUAACUCGAGGUUGUCCACAAAAGAUGGGUUCUCAUCUUACGCACGUGGAUACUCAUAAAUUCAAAUAUACAAUCGCACGCGUGAAAAGCGUACACAUCCAUCAGCCUAUAAUAUUGCAGAUCGAAGAUCCGCCGUUCAAGUUUACCAAUUUUUACUCUCAGAUUUUUUUUUUUAAUUGUAGAUAGCCCACUACCCAAAACGUUUGAAGACCCCUAAAAUCAAAUUGAAUUUUGGAACACAAUGUAAGAUAUAGCUAUAAAAUUUCACAGAAGAAAUUGAAAUAAGACGAAUGAGCAAUACUAAUUUAACAAAUGUAUAGACAAUUUCAUAAUUAUAUUAGCCACAGAUUACUAAGAAAAUAAUAAGAAACAAGAAGAGAGUUAAUCUCUUUUUUAUCUUUUCAUUUCGUCUUUCGACAUAAACAAAUAUAAAAGAGAUAGGUAUAAGAGAUAAUUAUAACAAAAUAAUAACAAACGCCAAAUUCUCAUUAAUUAAUAGAUUAUGAGAUUCAUUUAGAAAGAGUUCGAAACAAAUUAGUCUUGAUUAUUGUAGUAAUAAAAUUUAAUAUAUACAUGCCAUCAUUUUAAAUAUAAUAAUCUGAUUACAGUUAGGUAGGUAGGUUAUAUUAUAUAGGUAUCUAUAUAAGUUUUGAAUAUUAUUAAGUACGAUGUUUUUGCAUGCACUGGGUAUAUAAUAAAUGGCGACACCAAAUAAUAUUGGGCGUGGAUAUUAAUAAACUUUUGGUACUUUCUCUAAGUAUUUAUAUACACUCAUGUUUAUAUUUAUAUCAUUUUUAUAAUCUUUAAUUUACUUUUUAGUUUCUAAUAUGUACCAAUAAAUCAUUUUAAUAAUUUUGAUAAGUACUAUAGUCUAUUCUAUGCUAUAUGUACUUAAAAAUUAUGGUUUAGUUAUUACAUGUACCGAUUUGAAUUAAUUAAAUAAUCUAUUUUCAGCGCCUUAUGGCAUACGAAACUUAAAUGACGCCGUGUUCUCCACCCCACUCGGAACAAAACAAUGUCAAGUUUCGGGAGUAAUUUAUAACCACAGUCAAAAGGUAGGUGUAUUAUAAUAUAAUACAGUUACACAUAUAAUAAGUAAUGUUCACUAUAUGAGUAGAUACAAACCAAAUAACAACGGAAAAAUCAUUUACAAAUAAAAAUAGGUUUUAUUUUUGUCGAUUUCUCAGUUUUCUAGGGCCUCGAGCCUGGCUCGUUUUCUGAUUCUGAGUACAAUAAUUUAUCGUUGCUUUCGGUAUAUCAACUAAGUUAUAGGUUAUAGGCUUAUAUAUCCUAAUCUUCCCGACUUUUCACCUACACCUGCAAUCACCUACCCAUAGAGCAAAGUAGUUUUUUUUUUUUUUUAUCUUUUCAUUUCGAAUAUCAUCAUAAUUAGUCUUUCGACAAAAACAAAUACAAAAGAGAUAGGUAAGAGGGAUAAUAACAAACGCUGAAUUCUCUUAAAUUUGAAUUUAUUUGUAUUAACCAUAUUAUUAUUAAAAUAGAAGUGGUUAAACUUUUAUGAUGCACUCCCCGAUUAUACUAAUAAAUUAUAUUUUACAGAUACUAUUCACCGACCACUGUAAGGCGUGUAUUUGUAUCGACGGUCAAAUAUUUUGCUAUUGGCAAUGCGAUGAAGCUACUCCAGACACAAUGGACCCAGACGUUGAGGAUGCAGAACCACAAUCUACGUCCAUGGCGAACAGUAAUGACUAACUAUAAACACUAUAAUAAUACACGGAGGUCGAGAAAAAUUAACAGAAUACAAAAAUAAUUAAUAACCUACCUAAUACAUCAAAAUAUUAAUUUUUAUGAAUUAUUUUAUACGCAUUAUACGCUCUGUAUGACUGCAUAAAAUAUUAUCAGGAUUUACGAGUUACAGCAGAGUAUCUAACUUUUUACAUGUUUUAUAGUCAUUUGACUAACAAGAAAUUAUGUUGAAAUUUUAAUUUUUUUUUCUUCUCCUUCCUUUAGUCUGUAUAUUAUGGAUGUUAAACAAUAAAAUACUAUUUUAGAUACACUGGUAUACAGAUUGUUGUAGAAUAAAGGGCCCUCAUCGUCUUUUUCGAUUUAUUUAUUCCGCACGCUACUUCCUGGAUGUUUGUUUCUCAACGAACGCUCUUUAUGAAUUAAUUUGUAUAUUUAAUUAAGUUUAUCAAAUUUGCAUUUAUUUCACGAUUGUGUAAAUAUUUUUAAUAAACAAUUCCGAAUAAAUUUCUAUAUUAUAUAUACACGAAACCCAAGCAAAUUAAUGUCAAUCUAAACAACGCGAUCUAAACUGAAUAUUGCUCAAUAAAUAAUAACAUACAUUUAUUAAGAUUAAAAAAAAACAACAAUUGUUUUUUAAUUAUUAAUGAUAAUAAUUAAACAAUCUCCUGUUUAAGUACUAGAUAAAAAUUUCAAUUUUAUAAACCAACAGCUACAUAUUCUGAAUUCCGUCCCAAAUAUAUAAAUAUAUAAAUUUAAUUUAAAGGUACAACAAUUCCGUUCCGUUUAUAUUUUGCAUUAUUUAUAAAAUAUAUAUUUUGUAAAUUUAAUCUUUAACUAAUCCGUUAAACCUAAAACCUAGGUUUACAUAAAAUAUAGAUCUAUUGAUGACAAUAUCAAUAACAAUAUAAGUAUUAUUUAGAAAUUAAGAUAAUUGAUUUCAUAAACUCUUCAGCCGUUAUUGAUGAGUAUACGUGUUGGUGAAAUAAUAAUUUAUAUAUAAGAAAUGUAUAGUACACACAAUGAAAAGGUUAACUUUAAAUUGUUAAAAAUGAAUAUAAAUUUUGUUUUCAUAUAGAUUUAAAAAACAAUACUAACACUGAAAGUGAAUUCAACAAUGCAAAGCAUAUAUAAAACGCUGUCCAAGGAAAAUGGGAACGGGUGCAGCCACUGUUGUAGGUGAAAAGUUAGGAAGGUAGGAUAUAAACGGUAAUUUAAUAUAUAUCUGUAUGCAACGAUUAAUCAUUGCUAACGAAAAAACGAUUCUGAGAAGAGUUCGGUUGAUAGUGUUGUUUUGUCAACAAUAAAUAUGCCAUAUUAUGGUAAAUAAUUGCAUAUACAUUAAACAUUUUUUUUAAUAAUAUUUUUAGAUUCUGAGCAGAGCCAAGAAUGUAUUGGUUUUACAAUGAUGUUUUUUUUUUCUGUGGACAACUUUUUUACCAGCAAUUUUGAUUCGAUUUACAAUGAUAGCACUUUUUCAAAACAGAAAUCUGACUGGGGAGAUUUAGGGAGUUCAUUGUUUGGUUUUCCCUGAAGUUUUCCCAGUAAAUAGUAAAAAAACGGGAAAAAGGUAUGAAAAACAGGAAAAUAGGUACAAUAUUAAAAAAAUAUUAAAUAAAAUGUUUAGUGCAUAUAUUAUGCACUAAACAUUUUAUGGUAAUUAUAUACCAUACUAUGACAUAUAUUAUUGACAAAACAACACUACCAACCAAACUCCGCUCAGAAUCGUUUAUUCGUUAGUAAUGGUUAAUCGUUGCUUACAGAUUAAAUUACCUAUAGCGAUGGCUGCACCUGUCCCUAUUAUCUUAGGACGGCUUUUUUAAUAUUAUACAUAUUUCCCGUUCACCUAGUUUUUUCAUGAUUUUUCCAGUUUUCCCAUUAUUAGGAAAACUGGGAAAAUCAAAAAAUAACCUCUCUAAAGUACCACCCCAGUCAGAUUUCCUUUCAGAAAAAGUUCUAUUAUUGUAAACGGGAGAAAAAUUGCUUGUAGAAAAGUUGUCCACAGAAAAAAAAAAGUCCGUAAUAUUUUACUAUAAUAUACAUUUCAUGCAUUUUCCCGUUUUUCCUCAGUUUUUAUCUGGUUUUCCAUCUUAUUGAGAUAACUCCUGGGAAAAUCAAAAAAUUAUCUCUCUAAAGUACCUCCCCAGUCCGAUUUCCCUUCGGAAAAACUACGAUCACUAUAAAUUGAAUCAAAAUUUCUGAUAAAAGUUGUACAUGGAAAAAAAUAAAUAAAUAAACACAAAACCAAUACAUUCCUCGCUCCACUUAGAACCUAAAAUUAGUAAAUUUUUAAAUAUUUAUAUUAAAUAUAUUACAAUUUUGUAAGUUGACCGCCAAGAGGGUUUUCACUAUGUCAUGUAUAUUAUUCCUUUUUAACACAAAUAAUGGUUUUUUAUAAGUAGUAUAUAAAAGAUCACAUGGUGAUCCGUAUUUUAAUAAUAUAAUAAAAUAAGUACAUACUUCAAAUAAUGGUAAUAAAGUAAAAUAAUUUUUUAAAUCAAGAAAAAAAUAAAGAAAUUGUCUUCAAAAUUUUAAACCACAACCAUGAUAGAACUAAAGAAAAUAAUUUAAAUCGCCAAAAACUUAAUAAAAAUUAAAAAGAAAAGCUGUUGAUGAUAUUUAUAAAAAAAACAGCGAAACUUAAUCAUAUAGAAUUUUCUAAUAAUGGUGAUAAUUAAUAUAAUAAUAUUAUAAUAAACCUUCUUUUUAUUAGGGACAGAAUUGGUAUACAUACUUUUUUUUUAACAGGGACGGAAUUGAUAUAAAAAUGGUUAUUGGAACGAAACCCGGAUGCGGCCAAACCAACAAUUGAUAAGAACUGUAUAAUAUGUUUUUAAUUAUUUUUCAGCCAUCUCGACUACUUUCGAAACAGAAGAGAGUUCAAAAGUAACAAACAUUUUACCGCAUUCGAGCCCUUCGGACGUUUUGCAGACGAGCACGAUGAUGCCAAACGAAACAACAGAACCGUUUUGUCUCGUAAUGGGUAAGAGGCCCGCGUUUGUUUGAUCGUCAAGAUGAACAUGUUGAUUGUAAUAGAAUAUUAAAUAUUUCAGGGGUUAGAUAUAAACCUGGGAGCGUUUUGCCGAGAGAUACGGGGUCCUGUUUGGAGUGUCAGUGUGGCCGAAACUCGCAGAUUACGUGCAGCCCAAAGGACUGCAUAACGUUAAAUUCGUUGGGAGAUGAAGAUACUUCCGAACCAGAAUUCUACGGUAACAAUAACGGCGAACAGAACAAUGAAAAUUUCAAUUUAGACAUGUUUGCAGUCAACGUCGUUUGAAAAACAAAAACAAAACAAAAUUAAUUUCAAAACCAACUACAUUAUUAUUAAUAAAGUUCGUUUUACUUUAAUAAUUACUUGUAAUAUCCGUUAAAAAAACCCUUCCCUUCAGCCUGUUAUGUAUAUUUUGUUUUAUUUUAAUAUAAAAGUAGUUGGAUACAUUACAUAGGUUGGAUAUUGGCUACAUACUUUUUUUUUUUUUUUUUAACAAUAAGUUGCAAAAAAUAGCAAAUAAUUGUUUUGUAAUUAUCACAAAAUACAAUUAAAAACAUUCGUCCUUUGAAAAAAAAAGUAUAAACUCAUCAGAAUUUAGAAGUUAUUGAACGAAAUGUCGGAAUUUCGUUACCAUAAUAUUUUAACAAAAAAAAAAAAGAUAAAAGUAACUUUUACAAUUUGAAAAUAUAAUCACUAUACAUGGUAUAUUGUAUACCUAUGAGUGUUUGUUUGAUUAAAAUGUUCACAAGUAUACAUCUACAUCAUUGUUUGAUAAAUGUAAUAUACCUACCCACAAAAACGUUACAUGCGCUAUGUAGAUAAUACACAAACCCUAAAUCAUGUCCCACGAGGAUUUUAUCGUACCUAUUGGAUUGAAUGAUGUUUAUAUUGCUGUCAGUGUAUACCUAUGUUCUAAUCAUUUUAAAAGAGAGUAAAUUGUCGUGGAAAAGGCAUAAUUUGCAAAACAUUUAUUUGAUUUAGUACCUAUAUAUAUUUAUGGAGAAGAAAUAAUUAUGUGUUCAUCACUAAGCACGUGUCCCACCGUAUUUGACAGAUUUUUCUAGGAUUUAAUAUUUAAAAAAAAAAAAAUGUUUUAUCUGCUUUUCUUUCAGUGGACAUCUAUUUAAAAAAAAUUUAAAUUAUAUUUUCAUCUAAUCAUUGAAAAACAAAUUACUUUUUAUUUAUUCACUUUACAACAUAUUAUUAAAAUAGCUAUUUUGUAAAAGAUAUUGUUAUUCAAAUUUGAAUGCAUCAUACAAUCCAUAUCCUGCAAUCAAUAGUUUUUUAGUUACAGUCGCUUUAAUUUAUAACAUUUUCAAUUUAAAAUAACACAAUAAAUAAAGUUAUCACAUUACACGGUAAAUUCGUUAUUCGAACCUUUUUUCUAGAAAUUAAAAUUACUGUUAUUUAAAAAACUAUUGAUUAGAUAUGAAUGUAUAAUACAUUAAAAUAUUCAAAAUAAUUUCGAUGAUGUUGUAAAGUAAAUAAAUAAUAUUUAGAAAUUAGUAGAUGAAAAUAAAAAUUUAAUUUUUAUCUACAUACAAUGUAUCCCUCUCAAAUAAAAACGGACUGAAAAACAAAUUUAAUAUUAACAGUUCUUGAAAAAUCCGUCGAACACGAUUUAUAUAUACAUAUAUUUCUCACGUUCCUAUAGAUUCUAAAUAUAUCAGAUAUACCUACCUAAUAAUUUUCUACAGUGCAUACCAUGAUUGAAGUAUACCAGGUAAUUACAUUUACACGCCCACUCUAAUGUUUUCUUGUAGGUACUUACAAAUUACAAAUAAUAGCAUAAGAGGCUCUUCUUUGUCAGUUAUGAUUGGUUCAAAUGUUGCUGUUGAAAAUUUAAAAAUUGUAAAAUAAACUAAAAUGUAUGAUAAGUUUGUAGUUAAAUAAACGGUUGAUUUUAAAUUGAAUAAGCAUAAUAAUUAAUGAUAACAUAAUGGCUGGGUAGCCAUGUAAUAAUACAGAAUCUGAUGUACCUACCUAUCACCCUGUCAUUUUAUUUUUGAUUUCAUAACGUCAACACGUAGGUAUAUGCAAUAACCUGGUAUAUUUCAAUCAUGUUACAUACUUACUCUGUUCAGUGAAUACAUAAUAUGCUGCACUCGAUUCGUGCCUAAUACAUAAAAAUGUAGUCAAUACAAAUAUUAUUAUAGGGGUAAUUAAUUUCGUUUUAUUUACAUGUCUAUAUAAUAUACCUGCCUCGUAUACGAAUACGUCUGCGGAAAAGUACCUAAUAAUCAAUACGAAAUAACUUAUUCCUCUUGACAUAAUAUUAUUUCGAUUAUUAACACGAUCAAUUAUUAAUUAAUUCCAAAACCGUUAUAUGAGAAAUAUAAAACAAUAUAAUAUAACAAUUGAUUAGGUAUCUACAGACGAGUGUAGUCAAUUUGCACCAAAAUUUACCCUAAAUGUAUACAACAUUUGUAAUUUUCACCAACACUUUUUAACUGCGCUUAUAAUUUACACCAAAAUAAAGAUAUGUGAUUGGCACCAAAAUUUAAAUCGAUAAUAUUCUUUCGAUAGUAUCUACGAUUAGUAUGACAUACAUAUAGUACAUAUAGUAUUCGAUCUACGCAGUUUCAAUAUUAGAUAUUCGAUAUCCCAGAAAUAAUACAUAUAUAUAUAUUAUCGUUUUAAGUGUGAAAAUAGAAUAAUAUAAAAAUGUAUGAUAGUUUAAAAAUAACAAUUAAAUAAUGUAAUAUUAAUAUUUUAUAAAACGAGUGUAUAUAAAUAAAUUCAUUCUUUAAAAAAAAAAUAUUCUAAAGAUAAACUUAUCUUAAAGAAAACAAUAAUUUUUGGAUUUUUAAAAUUAGUAGCAUAGGCAGCUAAAAUUUUCUAUUAUUUCUGUGGAUCAAUCGAAUAGAUAUUUGAAAAUUGAAUACAUAUAUCAUAAAUACUCAUUUUUUUGCAAAUUACAGAAGUAUUUUCAACUACCUACGGUGACGCAAAUUGCAUACCCUUAUUUUGGUACAAAUUACAAACUGCCUUACAGACAGGUAGGUUGUAUGCAUAAAGAGAAGUUUUAGGGGUUUAAUUUUCCCUCGCUCCGAAAUUUAAAAAACUCAUUAUAUAUUUGUUCUACAGUUCAAAAUGUUUAACUUGUGUUUACUUAUGAAUAAUAUUAGAGCCCCCAUCAAUCCCAAAAUUAAAUUGUUAUUCAAUGUACAUGCCUGAUAAAAUGGAUAUUCGAUUUUUUUAUUUUGUUAACAUCAUAUGCGUAUACAAUAGAAACUUUUACUGGUUUACCUACAUACAAUUUAAUAAAACAUAUUGAUUAUGAUUUUUUGUUUUUUUUAAGUUAACAAUUUCCUUUGUAAUAAUAAAUAAAUAUUACUCCAAUAAAUGUACCAAUAUAAACAAACUACAUACUUAAAAGAAAAUUCUACAUAUUUUUUUUUUUUUUUAUGAACACAUUUGUUGUACACCCAGAACUCUUAUAAAAUAUCAUUUUAUUACUAUAAAUUAUACCUUAUUAUAUUAAUUUGUCAUAUUGAAUUAUAUAAUAUUUAAGUAUCGUAAUUGUAGUGUCGCUCUAAAAUAUCAUAUUAUUAUGUACAUUCAUUUUACAAUACAUAUCUGUUUAGAUAUACAGUUUUUCUAUAAAAAAAAAAAUAAUAAUAAUAAGAUGUAUUAAGAAAACCUAAAUAUUAAGAAAAUAAUAAAUUAUAAACCUAUACUCUAAAUAUCAUUCAUUACCU